AUGUACAGCUGGGAGGCGGUUGGAAACGGACAGAAGGAGGGGGUUGGAAACGGACAGAAGGAGGGGGUUGGAAACGGACAGAAGGAGGGGGUUGGAAACAGACAGAAGGAGGGGGUUGGAAACAGACAGAAGGAGGGGGUUGGCAGGAUGUAAUAAAGAGCAAUGUGUUUGAUUUGAUUUGAUUUCGUUCAGUUAUAUUUGUAGAGUUUUCUUUGUAGAGGACUCAACAAAGCCCCAAAAUCCCACAUGAAGUACUGGGACAUAGUCAGGGUAGUAUUAGUCUCAUUUGGGGGUGGAGUGUGUUUCCUGUAUGCAUUUUUUGUGUGUGGGUGGACUUUGGGGUCUGGUGUGUGAUGAUAGAGGGGUGUCAUUCUGCAGUCAUAGAGUGUGUGUGUGUGUGUGUGUGUGUGUGUGUGUGCACGAUUGUGUUCGUGCAGUGUGUGUGUGAGAGAGAGAAAGUGUCAGUGUGUGAGUCAGUGGUGUCUAGUGGUGAGUCAAUGGCUGCUGACAGCUAUGGAACAUGCAGUCACAGUGCUCCAGUCCUGAGGGAAUCCCUGAUUGGUCCAACCCACAGAGCCUCAACAGAUAACGCCGCAGCUGCCCGCUCAAUGCCACUGACAUUUACUCUCACAGGGAAACAUCCACACUGAAGGGAACUCAAUGCAAAAUGGCAGCUCACAUACUGUACAUGCUGAUAAGAAUUCAAUACAAAACAGAAGCCCACUAUACAGGUAUAUUUUGAAAAUAAAACUUUAUAUCAUGUGGGAAAAGUGUCAGCACUACAGGAAAAGGAGGGCCGAACACGCCCCCAUUCACAUCGAUGGGGCUGUAGUGGAGUGGGUCGAGAGUUUCAAGUUCCUUGAUGUCCACAUCACCAACAAACUAUCAUGGUCCAAACACACCAAGAAAGUCGUCAAGAGGGCACGACAAUGCCUUUUCCCCCUCAGGAGACUGAAAAGAUUUGGCAUGAGCCCCCAGAUCCUCAAAAAGUCCUACAGCUGCACCAUCGAGAGCAGCCUGACCGGUUGCAUCACCGCCUGGUAUGGCAACUGCUCCGCAUCUGACCGUAAGGUGCUACAGAGGACCUAUAUACUAGGCGGUGUCAGAGGAAGGCCCAAAAAAUUAUCAAAGACUCCAGCCACCCAAGUCAUAGACUGUUCUCUCUGCUACCGCACGGCAAGCGGUACCAGAGUGCCAUGUCUAAGUCCAAAAAGCUCCUUAACAGCUUCUACCCCCAAGCCGUAAGACUGCUGAACAAUUAAUCAAAUGGCCACCCGGACUAUUUGCAUUUUACACUGUUGCUACUCGCCGUUUAUUAUCUAUGCAUAGUCACUUUACCCCUACAUACAUGUACAAAUUACCUUGACUAACCUGUACCCCCGCACAUUGACUCGGUACCGGUACCCCCUGUAUAUAACCUCAUUAUUGUUAUUUAAUUGUGUUACUUUAUUUUUUUACUUUAGUUUAUUUAGUAAAUAUUUUCUUAACUCUAUUUUCUUAACUGCAUUGUUGGUUAAGGGCUUGUAAGUAAGCAUUUCACAGUAAGGUCUACACCUGUAUUCGGCGCAUGUGACAAAUACAUUUUGAUUUGAUUGAAAACUGAAUUUUCUCAUGUGAGUGCUUUUCCCCCCAGAACCGAAUUCUUCAGAACUCUAGUUAACAUUCCACUUCACCCCCUCCCCUCCUCUGUGUGAGUGUGCUGUUGAUGUCCCUACCAUCCACCAGAUGGUGUCAUUAGGCCAAAUGAUGUAGAUGUCUCUCUGGUUCCCUCUCUCAACACCCCCCUCCCCAUAUCCCACCAUCACCAUCCAUCCAUCCACCCCACAAUCUUGUUUUGUCUCUCUUUCCAUAUUUUUCAAUUUUUUUAAUGUACUGUAUCUCCUUUCCGCCGUUCUGCUUUGAUUAUAUCGAGAACAUGUUCAAAUGGAAUGUGGGAGAGGGGAUGUAACAAAUCUGGAUUUCUAUUUGGCAAAUGUUUUAAAUGUGCAUAAUUGGGGGAGGGGGUGUUAUGUAUGUCGGUAUCGGUUUGUGUAUAAAUUAUUGUGGCUGUGUGUACGUGUGUUUUGUAAAUGUAUAUUUGUAUGCAUAUUUAUCAGAGGAGGCUGGUGAGCGAUUUAAGAUAAAUAUCACUUUAUUGCUCAAUUACCCACUAAGUCCAACCGAAAUUUUACUUCCGCUUUUAACAAACACAUGCACAUACACAUAAAUAUUUAUUAAUGUGUAUCUGCUUGUGUGUAUGUGUUCGUCACAGCAUGCAUGCCCAUUUCCAUGCACGUGAGAGUGUGUAUUAGUUACUCCCAGUUCAGGGAAGGGUUAAUGUUGUCUGUAACAGGAUAUAUUCCCAAAUGGAAGACUAUUAGCUGCUGAACUUAAUUGGCAUGACAUGACCCAGGCACCCAGCCAACCUGCCUGGACAUUCCACAGCUGUGUGUGUGGAUGGAUGGAUGGAUGGAUGGGGAGGGAGAGAGAGAUAGGGAGAGGAAGACAGGUAAGGAAAGGGAGAGGGAGUGAGGGAGAUAAGGAGAGAAAAAAGAAAGGGUGUGAGGGAGGGAAAGAGAUGGGGGGAUAUAAUACCUAAUCUGUUUAUCAGCCCUUCUAUCUUUCCAUUUACUUAUCUUUGCUUCCAUUCUGUAAAACAAUAAAUACUCAAGGCCUAUAAUGUUUUGCAUGUGAAUAAUAAUACAAAUAGAUGAUUAAACAGCUUAUCAUGUAAACUCCGCAAAAAAAGAAACUUCCUCUCACUGUCAACUGCGUUUAUUUUCAGCAAAUUUAACAUGUGUAAAUAUUUGUAUGAACAUUCAAGAUUCAACAACUGAGACAUAAACUGAACAAAUUCCACAGACGUGACAAACAGAAAUUGAAUAAUGUGUCCCUGAACAAAGGGGGGGUCAAAAUCAAAAGUAACAGUCAGUAUCUGGUGUGGCCACCAGCUGCAUUAAGUACUGCAGUGCAUCUCCUCCUCAUGGACUGCACCAGAUUUGCCAGUUCAUGCUGUGAGAUGUUACCCCACUCUUCCACCAAGGCACCUGCAAGUUCCCGGACAUUUCUGGGGGGAAUGGCCCUAGCCCUCACCCUCCGUUCCAACAGGUCCCAGACAUGCUCAAUGGGAUUCGCUGGCCAUGGCAGAACACUGACAUUCCUGUCUUGCAGGAAAUCACGCACAGAACAAGAAGUAUGGCUGGUGGCAUUGUCAUGCUGGAGGGUCAUGCUGGAGGGCCUGCAAUGACAACAAGCUCAGUCCGAUGAUGCUGUGACACACCGCCCCAGACCAUGACGGACCCUCCACCUCCAAAUCGAUCCCGCUCCAGAGUACAGGCCUCGGUGUAAUGCUCAUUCCUUCGACGAUAAACGCGAAUCCGACCAUCACCCCUGGUGAGACAAAACUGUGACUCGUCAGUGAAGAGCAUUUUUUGCAAGUCCUGUCUGGUCCAGCGACGGUGGGUUUGUGCCCAUAGGCGACGUUGUUGCCGGUGAUGUCUGGUGAGGACCUGCCUUACAACAGGCCUACAAGCCCUCAGUCCAGCCUCUCUCAGCCUUUUGCGGACAGUCUGAGCACUGAUGGAGGGAUUGUGCGUUCCUGGUGUAACUCGGGCAGUUGUUGUUGCCAUCCUGUACCUGUCCCAAAGCUGUGAUGUUCGGAUGUACCGAUCCUGUGCAGGUGUUGUUACACGUGGUCUGCCACUGCGAGGACGAUCAGCUGUCCGUCCUGUCUCCCUGUAGCGCUGUCUUAGGUGUCUCACAGUACGGACAUUGCAAUUUAUUGCUCUGGCCACAUCUGCAGUUCUCAUGCCUCCUUGCAGCAUGCCUAAGGCACGUUCACGCAGAUGAGCUGGGCAUCUUUCUUUUGGUGUUUUUCAGAGUCAGUAGAAAGGCCUCUUUAGUGUCCUAAGUUUUCAUAACUGUGACCUUAAUUGCCUACCGUCUGUAAGCUGUUAGUGUCAUAACGACCGUUCCACAGGUGGAUGUUCAUUAAUUGUUUAUGGUUCAUUGAACAAGCAUGGGAAACAGUGUUUACAAUGAAGAUCUGUGAAGUUAUUUGGAUUUUUACGAAUUAUCUUUGAAAGACAGGGUCCUGAAAAAGGGACGUUUCUUUUUUUGCUGAGUUUAUGUGUGUUGUGUAGUCAGUUUCCAUUACCGGAUCCAGAACAGAGCCUGUAGUGUUUUAACUGUUCUGUUUUAACAUUUGGACUUGGCUGGGUACAACAGAGUAAGCCUUUCUCAAUGCAGUUUUCUGUUGAACAAAGGACAUUUCAGGGCUAUAUCUGGUGUAAUGCACCAGAUCUUGUGUAAUGCAGUUCCUGUCUCCUUUUGUUCACAUGGAUGUUCACACCAGUGGCGGUCGGUGAUGUUUAAGAGGGAGGACAAUACUUUUUUUUAAAUGAGCAUGCCUUAUUUCAAUUACAGCAUAUUGGAUGACUGUCAUUCAUAUUCCAUUCACCCAGCUCAAUGUAACUUUGAGAGGUUUAGGCUACUACAUGAUACUCAAGUUUUCCCUAUACCCAUCAUGAGGUUGCUACAACCUAGCCUAUGAGUGAAAGUUUACAACGUAGGUGCACAGGUCGAGAGGAAUUUGAGUAAUCAAGGUGACAGACAGUGACAGACCGUGACACAUUCAAUACCGCCUUGCACACUCUUGCCUGCAUCUAGCUGAUCUAGGGUGUAACCAUUAGUCCAACAAUUGCAGAGAAGAGUUUCUAUUGGACAUAUUCAGGUUCUGUUGAAGUCAGAAAUUUACAUACACUUAGGUUGGAGUCAUUAAAACUUGUUUUUCAACAAAUUUCCACAAAUGUUUUGUUAACAAACUAUAGUUUUGGCAAAUCGGUUAGGACAUCUACUUUGUGCAUGACACAAGUAAUUUUUCCAACAAUUGUUUACAGACCGAUUAUUUCCCCUAUAAUUCACUGUAUCACAAUUCCAGUGGGUCAGAAGUUUACAUACACUAAGUUGACUGUGCCUUUAAACAGCUUGGAAAUUUCAGAAAAUGAUGUCAUGGCUUUAAAAGCUUCUACUAGGCUAAUUGACAUAAUUUGAGUCAAUUGGAGGUGUACCUGUGGAUGUAUUUCAAGGCCUACCUUCAAACUCAGUGCCUCUUUGCUUGACAUCAUGGGAAAAUGAAAAGAAAUCAGCCAAGACCUCAGAAUUUUUUGUUGUAAAUGUGUUCAUCCUUGGGAGCAAUUUCCAAACGCCGGAAGGUACCAUGUUCAUCUGUACAAACAAUGGUACGCAAGUAUAAACACCAUGGGACCACGCAGCCAUCAUACCGCUCAGGAAGGAGACGCGUUCUGUCUCCUAGAGAUUAAUGUACUUUGGUGCGAAAAGUGAAAAUCAAUCCCAGAACAACAGCAAAGGACCUUGUGAAGUUGCUGGAGGAAACAGGUACAAACGUAUCUAUAUCCACAGUAAAACACGUCCUAUAUCGACAUAACCUGAAAGGCCAUUCAGCAAGGAAGAAGCCGCUGCUCCAAAACCGCCAUAAAAAGCCAGACUACGGUUUACAACUGCACAUGGGGACAAAGAUUGUACUUUUUGGAGAAAUGUCCUCUGGUCUGAUUAAACUAAAAUAGAACUGUUUGGCCAUAAUGACCAUUGUUUUGUUUGGAGGAAAAAGGGUUUUUUGCCAUCCGAAGAACACCAUCCCAACCGUCAAGCACGGGGGUGGCACCAUCAUGCUGUGGGGGUGUUUUGCUGCAGGAGGGACUGGUGCACUUCACAAAAUAGAUGGCAUCAUGAGGAAGGAAAAUAAUGUGGAUAUAUUGAAGGUGAAAAAACCUUUCCAAGCCAAACCUUCAUAUCAUAACUGCUAACUGCUACACACAGCCUACAUCGUUGUCACCAUAUUAGCUAACAUUAUAGUCAACAUAGCUACUAGAACUAACGUGUUAGUAAACCCACUACAAUCUUGCAGUACAGUGUAGUCAGCAAAAGUUUAGCAGUUACACCGGCGGGCCCCGGUGGCAAUAAAUUCAUAAAACCAAAUGCUUCUCUGACUUGGAAGAGUUUCAGUGUUGGAUAGCCAUAGCCAGUUAGCUAACAUAGCAUCCUUCUGUGUUUGAGCCGGGUGCUUGAGUAGGCUAAACUAGCUAGCUGCAUUCGCUAGCUAAGUGAAAGUGAAAGAAAUACAAAUAAAUAUAGCUAGCUCUUGCUCUCUCUUUGAGUCAACUACUCACCACAUUUUAUCCACUGCAGUGCUAACUAGCUGUAGCUUAUGCUUUCAGUACUAGAUUCAUUCUCUGAUCCUUUGAUUGGGUAGACAUGUCAGUUCAUGCUGCAAGAGCUCUGAUAGGUUGGAGGACGUCCUCCAGAAGUUGUCAUAAUUACUGUGUAAGUCUAUGGAAGGGGGUGAGAACCAUGAUGUUCUCUUGAUAAGUGUGUGAAUUAGACAAUUUUCCUGUCCUGCUAAGCAUUCAAAAUGUAACGAGUACUUUUGGGUGUCAGGGAAAAUGUAUGGAGAAAAAAGUACAUAAUUGUGUUUAGGAAUGUAGUGAAGUAAAAGUAGUCAAAAAUAUAAAUAGUAAAGUACAGAUACCCCAAUAAACUACUUAAGUAGUACUUGAAAGUAUUUUUACUUAAGUACUUUACACCACAGGCGCUUUCUCAUCCUACAGUUACAAAAAACAACUCCAUUCAGACUAUUAAGUAGCAGCCUACCUGUUGGCUCUUUGUCGUUGUUGCCUAUCCUUCUCCUUUAAUUCCGUCAUUUUAAUUCCAUCUUCCAUUGAUUAGAUAUCUCCUAACUUUUGCCACACACGGAGGCUCUAUGACUGUAGCCUAUUGCCACUUUGAUGACUUAUGAUUGGCCAACAACAAGCGCCACGCUCCACUCUCCUGAAAAGCAAGAGAAGCAGCAAAAUUAUAAAAUGCAGCAAUCUCAUUCGGAUCUGUACGGGCCCUUCGAGACAAGUCAGUUAAAAUUACACAUACCCGAGACCCCUGACAAUCAUAUCAGCUCCAACCCAGAACCGUAAUAUUAUUUAGAAUUCUGGAUCCCGACCCACUUGGGUCCCGGAUUGGGUAUUGGGUAUUCGGGUACAGGUGGAUCCAUGAAGACCUCUACCUCUAACCCUAAACCUAACCCUUAACCGAACCCUAACCUUAACCCCAAACCCUUAAUUCUAAUUCUAACCCUGAACCUAGGGACCAGCGAAAUGUCCCCACAAAUGUUCCUUGUUCUAUUAUCCUUGUGAGGACUUCUGGUCCUCACAAAGAUAGUAAAACCAAAAACACACACAGUGACCACAAUUACAUGCGCACAGUAUUCCGAAUAGUAGCUCAUAACCCGCUUAAGGUUUUAUUCGGGAUAAGCUGUUUACAUGCAUCUUCGAUAUCCCGCUCAUGAGUAUCCCUGUACCCAUGAAGAAACAGAAUAUUCCUCAUUUAAGUUAAUAUGGGUUAAAUGGAAUAGGAAUAGUAACUGAAAUAUGGACACCGAGUGUAGUCCUAUAACCUCUCACAUGUAGAGUAAUAUAAUAUUAACUCCUGCAGAAUUUUUUAUUUCUUGCAGUGAAAUUAUACAACAAAUGUUAAUUUUGUCUCAGGAGCAGGAGUGGAGAAAUAUAAUUUAUUUCUUUCAGCAUCUCUUGAGGAAAUGCGAAUGCGUGUGUAAUGUGCUGUCUUUGACACUGUUAUGAAUGCAGACAGUAUUUCAACCACAUAAAAUAUGCACUCCACACUAACUGAAGUCUUAUCAGAAAGGUGUUUUCAUAGUUUUCUCAGCUUUUCAUUUCCUUAAAACCGGUCAAAAUGACGACAUUUUGCACAAGACCAACCUGUCCACUGUUUUGGAGUUAUUGCGUUUUCUCCCCGGUCCCUAAACGAAAGACAACUUUAACAGUUUUAACUACAUAGAUUACUAAUGCAUUCAUCGAUGUGAGACAUUAUUCUGGUGAGCACUACUUCAUUUAGUCUUCCGGGCAACAAGUUAUGACAGAAAGAAGCUGCAAGUAUCAAACUAUAGUUGGGAAAAAAAUGACCCACCAAAUUAUGAUAUGGCCUACCAAAUGUUGGUAAUUAUAAGUAGAAACGUAAUUUAAAUUAUAGUAAAUUAAUUAAUGUAGGCUAAAUUAUAAAGGAAUUAUUAUGGUGGAACGAACUACGCUGGUAGCCUACUCUGAAGGGAUUUCUUUGACAAUCAGAUGAAAUCAUCAUCAUACAACACCCAUGAUAUGCGAAACUGAGCCUGUGCAGACUGCAAAAACAACAGUAAAUGGGAUAAGAUGUUUACAUGCCACAGUAUCCAGUCUUAGAUAAGCAUAUCCCAGGCAUCUUAUCUUGUUGUGACCCGUCAUUAAAGAGCCCCACAUUUUUAGCUUACAAAAUAAAUAAAUACAAAUGUAUUAAUUUUUUUGGCUUGCCUGUUUUGCAUGUUAUUUUGGAAUUAAUAUCUGUCACAUAUCAGUUUGCAAACAAUGUAAAAAAAUAAAAAUAAUAAUAAUUGAGUUAAUAAAGCCACAUACAAACAUGGUCUCUUUUUUGCUUUCUUGAGUAAGGCAGCUCCAAAAUGCAGGUGUUUCAGCCUAGCUCAGUGCUUUCUGUGGUGGUGGGGCAGCCAGCAGAAAAUACGGAGCGUAGGUGUUGGUAAUGUUCUCUACUUGCGGCGUGAUUGGCUCAGUGUUCUGUCACUCAUGGGGACACUACAUCACCACCAAGUCUAAGGGUAGAGCUUGAAAAUUCAAGCCCCUUGGGUGCUGCCAUAGAGUUACAUUAGAAGUGCCCAUCCAAGAAGGCUCAAGGUCAUUGGCCACAGAUAAAAUUAUGUCAAAUCACAUAUCUACAGUAGCUUUGAUUGGACUGAUCAUGUCAACAUCAUACUUUCAAAAUCUUAGCUAGCAGUCAUCAUCAUGAAUCAAGUCGACAAUCUACUGGCAAAUCCUUUUUAAUCCUUGUCAUAUGAAGGUAAAUAAUGAAGAGAAAUUAUAGAUCAAACAUAUCGGUGCUCAUCAGCCAUUGGACAUAAACAUUACACAACAAGUUGGAAAUCGCAAAUUCAACAAUGAGUGGUUUGGAAGGAAUCAGUGGCUAACUGCAAGCAUUGCAAAGCAAUCACUAGCCUGCUAUUCAGUGGAGUGGCUGUGUGGUCCCAAAUCUGGGAUUAAGGGUCUCUUUUCCAAAUUUUAAAUGAUAAACAUUCAACAUUGGCCAUGCUGUCAAUGAAGCAUGAUUUGUGCCGCGCUCAAAACAACUGUUAACUCGGAACUGCGAAAACUUGACUUCAGUGAGUUCAAGACAACUGGGAACUCUGGGGAAAAAAUUUGCUCCGACUGGGAAAAUACAUUUUGAAUGGUCAUCCAACUCAGAAUUGUAAAUCCGGAACUCGGGCCUCUUUCUAGAGCUACGACCUGAAGAUUACUGGCGUCAUCGUGAUUCGAUCUUGUUUUUUUCAGAGUUCCCAGUUAUCUUGAAAGCACCAUAAAUCCAGAGAAUGCCAGACUUUGAUGACAAAAUUUGCCCAUGAAGGAACGCUGCACCACCUUCCUGUUCAAGUGAGCACAGCACAACAAGGUGAGUCCAAAAAUGUAUUGUAUGCUGCUGCAUAAAUGAUUUAAUAUGCCAGGGAGAUAUGUAUACUGUAGCUAAGAAAGUAAUAAGUGUAUGUUGUGUAGUAAGCUGUUAGUAGCCCAUGUGCCUCACCCUAAUAAUUUGGUCUAUUUUCCCCUCUUAAUUUCGCCUACUGUUCUGACUUGGUGGUGCACAUGUAGCCUAUAACCUGUUUUAGCAAAAUGUAAUCAUCGACUAUUAUAAGAGCUUUCUUUGUCUGCUUAUAUGCCCCCUUUAUUUAUCCUACGGUUCUGACUUGGGGUACAGGGAGAACACUGUAAGAACGGCCCAUGUUCUGAAUUCUGUCGCUGUACAUUUCAAAAUGCUAAACAAAUAGUUACAGUGGGGAAAAAAAGUAUUUAGUCAGCCACCAAUUGUGCAAGUUCUCCCACUUAAAAAGAUGAGAGAGGCCUGUAAUUUUCAUCAUAGGUACACAUCAACUAUGACAGACAAAUUGAGAAAAGAAAAUCCAGAAAAUCACAUUGUAGGAUUUUUAAUGAAUUUAUUUGCAAAUUAUGGUGGAAAAUAAGUAUUUGGUCACCUACAAUCAAGCAAGAUUUCUGGCUCUCACAGACCUGUAACUUCUUCUUUAAGAGGCUCCUCUGUCCUCCACUCGUUACCUGUAUUAAUGGCACCUGUUUGAACUUGUUAUCAGUAUAAAAGACACCUGUCCACAACCUCAAACAGUCACACUCCAAACUCCACUAUGGCCAAGACCAAAGAGCUGUCAAAGGACACCAGAAACAAAAUUGUAGACCUGCACCAGGCUGGGAAGACUGAAUCUGCAAUAGGUAAGCAGCUUGGUUUGAAGAAAUCAACUGUGGGAGCAAUUAUUAGGAAAUGGAAGACAUACAAGACCACUGAUAAUCUCCCUCGAUGUCACGAUCGUCGUAGAGAGUAGACCAAUGCGCAGCAUUAGUUGCGAACAUACUUAACUUUAUUAUCUUAAGUGAUAAUAUAACAACAAAACAAUAAACGAAACAUGCAGUCCUACGGUUAACACAGAAACAACCAAACGGAAACAAGAUCCCACAAACACUAAGGGAAACAGACUGUUUAAAUAUGGCUCCCAAUCAGAGACAACCAGCAACAGCUGACACUCGUUGCCUCUGAUUGGGAGCCACUCUGGCCAACAUAGAAAUACACAAACUAGAACUCCCACACAGAACAUAAACACAUAGAAUCUACACACCCUGGCUCAACAUAUAGAGUCCCCAGAGCCAGGGUGUGACAGUACCCCCCCCCCCAAAGGCGCGGACUGCGACCGCGCCUCAACUUGAACCAAACAGGGGAGGGCUGGGUGGGCAUUCCUCCUCGGAGGCGGUUCCGGCUCCGGGCUUGCCCACCACCCUCCAAUAAUCCCCCCAUAGCGCCCCUGGUCCGGUCUGGCCCCGCUGGCUGGAGCUGAACUGGACAUCGUAGGAGCGGAUAGCUUCAGCUCCGGUGUGUAGUAGCUGACCGGUACCUGACCAGGCACCGGUGACCCAGGCACGGGUUGUGCCGGACUGACGACGCACACCCCUGGCUUGGUGCGUGGAGCAGGAACGGGCCGGACCGGGCUGACGAUGCGCACCCCUGGCUUGGUGCGUGGAGCAGCUACGGGCCGGACCGGGCUGACGAUGCGCACCCCUGGCUUGGUGCGUGGAGCAGCUACGGGCCGGACCGGGCUGACGAUGCGCACCCCUGGCUUGGUGCGUGGAGCAGCAACGGGCCGGACCUGGCUGACGAUGCGCACCCCUGGCUUGGUGCGUGGAGCCGGAACGGGCCUUACCCGGGCUGACGACUCGCACCCCUGGCUUGGUGCGUGGAGCAAGAACGGGCCUUACCAGGCUGACGACUCGCACCCCUGGCUUGGUGCGUGGAGCAGGAACGGGCCUUACCAGGCUGACGACUCGCACCCCUGGCUUGGUGCGAGUAGCAGGAAUAGGCCGGGCCGGGCUGGCGACGCGCACCCCUGGCUUGGUGCGUGGAGCAGGAACGGGCCUUACCAGGCUGACGACUCGCACCCCUGGCUUGGUGCGAGUAGCAGGAACAGGCCGGGCCGGGCUGGCGACGCGCACCGUAGGUUUGGUGCGAAGGGCAGGAACAGGCCGGGCUGGGCUGGCGACGCACACCAUAGGCUUGGUGCGAGUGGCAGGAACAGGCCGGGCCGGGCUGGCGACGCGCACCGUAGGCUUGGUGCGAAGGGCAGGAACAGGCCGGGCCGGGCUGGCGACGCGCACCGUAGGCUUGGUGCGAAGGGCAGGAACAGGCCGGACCGGGCUGGCGACGCGCACCGUAGGCUUGGUGCGAGUGGCAGGAACAGGCCGGGCCGGGCUGGCGACGCACACCGUAGGCUUGGUGCGAGUGGCAGGAACAGGCCAGGCCGGGCCGGGCUGGCGACGCGCACCGUAGGCUUGGUGCGAGGGGCAGGGACAGGCCGGACCGUACUGGGAACACACACCACUGGCCUUAAACGGGGAUCAGGAACGGGCCGGACCGGACUGGCAAUACACCUCAGUACCUCUCGCCGCGCCUCUACAUCUUCCUUCCCUCUUCUCACCAAUGGCUCCCGUAACCUGGUGGCCUUCUGAAUUCGCCCCUUAUCUGCCUCCAGCAGCCCCGUCGUCCAUGCCAUGUGCCCCCCCCUAAAUUUUUUUGGGGGUUGCCUCUCAUCCAUCCGACGACGACACUGUUGACGCCGUUGCUCCUCUCUCGCCAGGGCCUUAAUCCUAGCCCAUGGCCCUUUUCCCCCAAGCAUGUCCUCCCAGGACCACACUUUGCCCACCUGGGCCAUCGCCAACCUCUCCAGCUCCUUUCCCGGCGCUUCCUCCCAUGUCCAGGCUGCCUGCUCCUGGACACGCUGCUUGGUCAUGGAGUGGUGGGAUCUUCUGUCACGAUCGUCGUAGAGAGUAGACCAAUGCGCAGCGUUAGUUGCGAACAUUCUUAACUUUAUUAUCUUAAGUGAUAAUAUAACAACAAAACAAUAAACGAAACGUGCAGUCCUACGGUUAACACAGAAACAACCAAACGGAAACAAGAUCCCACAAACACUAAGGGAAACAGACUGUUUAAAUAUGGCUCCCAAUCAGAGACAACCAGCAACAGCUGACACUCGUUGCCUCUGAUUGGGAGCCACUCUGGCCAACAUAGAAAUACACAAACUAGAACUCCCACACAGAACAUAAACACAUAGAAUCUACACACCCUGGCUCAACAUAUAGAGUCCCCAGAGCCAGGGUGUGACACUCGAUCUGGGGCUCCACGCAAGAUCUCACCCGUGGGGUCAAAAUGAUCACAAGAACGGUGAGCAAAAAUCCCAGAACCACACGGGGGGACCUAGUGAAUGACCUGCAGAGAGCUGGGACCAAAGUAACAAAGCCUACCAUCAGUAACACACUACGCCGCCAGGGACUCAAAUCCUGCAGUGCCAGACGUGUCCCCCUGCUUAAGCCAGUACAUGUCCAGGCCCGUCUGACGUUUGCUAGAGUGCAUUUGGAUGAUCUAGAAGAGGAUUGGGAGAAUGUCAUAUGGUCAGAUGAAACCAAAAUAUAACUUUUUGGUAAAAACUCAACUCGUCGUGUUUGGAGGACAAAGAAUGCUGAGUUGCAUCCAAAGAAUACCAUACCUACUGUGAAGCAUGGGGGUGGAAACAUCAUGCUUUGGGGCUGUUUUUCUGCAAAGGGACCAGGACGACUGAUCCGUGUAAAGGAAAGAAUGAAUGGGGCCAUGUAUCGUGAGAUUUUGAGUGAAAACCUCCUUCCAUCAGCAAGGGCAUUGAAGAUGAAACGUGGCUGGGUCUUUCAGCAUGACAAUGAUCCCAAACACACCGCCCGGGCAAUGAAGGAGUGGCUUCGUAAGAAGCAUUUCAAGGUCCUGGAGUGGCCUAGCCAGUCUCCAGAUCUCAACCCCAUAGAAAAUCUUUGGAGGGAGUUGAAAGUCUGUGUUGCCCAGCGACAGCCCCAAAACAUCACUGCUCUAGAGGAGAUCUGCAUGGAGGAAUGGGCCAAAAUACCAGCAACAGUGUGUGAAAACCUUGUGAAGACUUACAGAAAACGUUUGACCUGUGUCAUUGCCAACAAAGGGUAUAUAACAAAGUAUUGAGAAACUUUUGUUAUUGACCAAAUACUUAUUUUCCAGCAUAAUUUGCUAAUAAAUUCAUUAAAAAUCCUACAAUGUGAUUUUCUGGGUUUUUUUCUUCUCAUUUUGCCUGUCAUAGUUGACGUGUACCUAUGAUGAAAAUUACAGGCCUCUCUCAUCUUUUUAAGUGGGAGAACUUGCACAAUUGGUGGCUGACUAAAUACUUUUUUCCCACACUGUAUAUUGACUACGUCCGUCCUAGCUCGCUCAUUAAUGUCUUAAUCGAAAUUAUGGAUCGCCGCUUGUCGUCCCCUUAUGCCAUAGUUUGUACAUCUCAAUUGUCAGUAGAAACCACAUUUGUUUAAGCAAGUCAGCCAUAUCAGCUAUGUUUUCUUUUUAAAGGCAGUAAAUGAGGCUGAAUGAACUGUUUCGCUGCCAGACAAGGCUCCACUGAUAGCCAGGUGUAGCAGUGGUAAGGUGUUGGGACUGCUGUUGGGAAUCUGCUGUUGGGACAGCUUUAUGUAGGCCCUAACAGUUUGUGUUCACCGUUUGUCACCAUUAUAGUGCAAUUAAUGUAUUGUUUAGUGUUGUGUUGUGUAGUGGCUUUGCUGGCAUGCAUCCCACAAUGUUUUGUUUGUUUGCCCAACCAAGAUUUACAUGCUAAAAUUGCCGCUGAUCUUAUCCAGGUUUCUCAUAACUGGGAUACAAGCUUUUUCGGGAUAUUGUAAAACGGGAUAUGAUGUUUAUAUGCAUCAACUCAAAAACAGAAUACUUGAGUAUCCCGAAUAAUAACGGGAUAUUGGUGUGCAUGUAAACGUGGUCAGUGUUGUCCACACUCUCCCGUACUCUAGAGCCCAGCUGUUUUGGGCCAGUUAAACAACAGAGCUCCCCCAAGGAUUUUCCUAACAUGGCAUCAUGAAAUUUUCAACAUUGACAUCCACCGUCUGCCCCUCAGCCAGCAGGCACAUGCUCUUGCUCUUUCUCUCGCACUCACUCACUCACGCACUCACUCACGCACUCACUCACUCGCAGCAUCUGGUCACUAGAAUCCCUGCCAGUACAUUUUACACUUACAUGAAUGCAUCCUGGUGUGAGACUGUUUUAUAGAGAGAGAAGCAUCAGACAUCUGAUGAAGGCAAGGAGGUAGACAGGGAGACAGAACCAAACACACAUUCACUGGAAGAUAUUACUAGACAAAUGGCCUGCAAAGAUAAAAUAUUUAAUAUAAAAGUAACUGUAAUAGAAUGAUGGGUACAUACAUGGUCAUAGUAGAUGUUACGUAUUUGUUCCAAAUGUAUGCACAUGACCAUUGGGUUUUGUCACUGUGUGUGACAUGCACACUGCGUGUUUGUGCAUGCAGGAUGUGUGUAUGCAUGCACGUUUGUGUGUGUGUGUUUGUGUGUGUGGUGUGUAUUUUGUCUUAUGCAUAACUUACAUUGUCCUCCCUCGACACUGCCAUACACUCUAGUCUUCCACAGAGUCAGGCAGUGAAAAAAGCUGUUAUCCACUGCAGCCUGCCUGAAUCCCAAUUAGUCACACAAUUGGCUUUAGCCAAGCAGCGUGAUCAGAGUACAGUACAUAGCCCAGAGGAAAGUACUGCAGCACUCCACUCACAGGCCGCACCAAGAAUGUGCUGGCUGGCUUCAUAGGGAAACUGACUCACACAGACAAACAGGAGAUUUACUGUGGAGGGCAGGCAUAUGUACUGUACAUAUUUAUACGCUUAUAUACGCCUACACAUACAGUAUAUACAACAACAUUAUAGAUACGUCAUACACACCAUAUUGUACAAAAGAGUGUUUUAUUGUCACAAACACCGGAUAGGUGCAGUGAAAUGUGUUGUUUUUACAGGGUCAGCAAUGGUAGUACAGCGCCCCUGGAACAAAUUAGGGUUAAGUGCCUUGCUCAAUGGCACAUAGACAGAUUUUUCACGGGCUCGGGUAUUCGAACCAGCGACCUUUCGGUUACUGGCCCAACGCUCUAACCACUAGGCUGCCUGCUACCUAUUAUACCUGUAUGUGUGAUAUAUUACACAGUCAUACACAUAGAGGAAAGAGGGAGCACUGAACAAAGAUAGCAACAUAUAACCGAUAUGUCAAUAGUAACAUGCAUGCAAACCCACAACCUCAAACUGUAUGCAGGCACAAAACGCCAGCAGGCAUGUAUGCUUUAUAGGACCCAGAGAGAGAGAGAGACAGACACACACAAAUAUGAGUAGCUGCCAACACACGUCCGUGUGUGAGCGGGAGGCGGUAGUGAGAUGGAAAUGAGCCUGAUCCAAGUUUGGAUGCUUGUCUUGUUUCCUGGAGAUUCUCCACAUUCAUAUCAAAACACAGGCGGCGUGCAUACCAUCCACCGCUUCAGAGUAUAUUACUCUCCCAAUCUGAAAUACCUCACUAUCAAAUGCAAUCGCAUUACCUCACAAGAUAAUUUUCUCCGGUCAUCGUCACUGCUGUGUAUAUUCCCCCCCCCAAGCCGACACCGCGAUGGCUCUCAAGGAACUACACUGGACUGUGCAAACUGGAAACCGAAUAUCCUGAGGGAGCAUUUAUUGCAGACUUUAAUAAAGGAAAUCUGAGGAAAAUGCUACCAAAAGCCUAUCAACACUCUCCCUUCCGGGAUGGCUACGAGGCCCUACCCCGCCCUCCCUUCAGCAAAUCAGAUCACGCCUCCAUUCUGCUUCUUCCCACCUAUAGGCAAAAACUUAAACAGGAAGCUCCUGUGGUAAGGACUGUUUAACGUUGGUCUGACCAAUCGGAAUCUAUACUUCAAGAAAUAGGAAAUGUUCCAGGUCGCCUCUGAGAAUAGUAUCGACGUAAACCCUGACUCGGUGACAGGGUUCAUUAGGAAGUGUACAGAGGAUGUUGUUCCCACUGUGACGAUUAUAACUUAUCCAAACCAAAAACCGUGAAUAGAUGGCAGCAUUCGCGCAAAACUGAAAUUGCGAACCACCGCAUUUAACCAUGGUACCGUGACUGGGAACAUAGAUGUGUACAAAACAGACCAGCUACGACCUCCAUAAGCCAAUCAAAGAGGCAAAACAACAGAACAGGAACAAAGUAGAGUAGCAAUUCAACGGCUCAGACACGAGACGUACACUGCAUUCGGAAAGUAUUCAGACCCCUUCACUUUUUCCACAUUCUUAUAAAAUGUAUUAAAUAUUUUUUUCCCUCAUCAAUCUACACAAAAUACCCCAUAAUGACAAAGCAAAAACAGGUUGUUAGACAUUUUUGUAAAUGUAUUAAAAAUAAACUGAAAUAUUACAUUUACAUACUGUAAAUAUUCAGACCCUUUACUCAGUACUUUGUUGAACCACCUUUGGCAGAAUUUACAGCCUCGUCUUCUGGGUAUGGCGCUACAAGCUUGGCACACCUGUAUUUGAGGAGUUUCUGCCAUUCUUCUCUGCAGAUCCUCUCAAGAUUUGUCAGGUUGGAUGGGGAGCGUCGCUGGACAACUAUUUUCAGGUCUCUCCAGAGAUGUUAGUUCGGGUUCAAGUCCGGGUUCUGGCUGGGCCACUCAAGGACAUUCAGAGACUUGUCCCGAAGCCACACCUGCGUUGUCUUGGCUGUGGGUCAUUGUCCUGUUGGAAGGUGAACCUUCGCCCCCAGUCUGAGGUCCUGAGCACUCUGGAGCAGGUUUUCAUCAAGGAUCUCUCAGUACUUUGCUCCAUUCAUCUAUCCCUUGAUCCUGACUAGUCUCCCAGUCCCUGCCACUGAAAAACAUCCCCACAGAAUGAUGCUGCCACCACCAUGCUUCACCGUAGGGAUGGUAUUGGCCAGGUGAUGAGUGGUGCCUUGUUUCCUCCAGAUGUGAUGCUUGACAUUCAGGCCAAAGAGUUCAAUCCUGGUUUCAUCAGACCAAAGAAUCUUGUUUCUCAUGGUCUGAGAGACCUUUAAGUGCCCUUUGGCAAACUCCAAGAGGGCUGUCAUGUGCCUUUUACUGAGGAGUGGCUUCCGUCUGGCCACUCUACCAUAAAGGCCAAAUUGGUGGAGUGCUGCAGAGAUGGUUGUACUUCUGGAAGGUUCUCCCAUCUCCACAGAGGAACUCUGGAGCUCUGUCAGAGUCACCAUCGGGUUCUUGGUCACCUCCCUGACCAAGGCCCUUCUCCCCCGAAUGCUCAGUUUGGCCGGGCGGCCAGCUCUAGGAAGAGUCUUGGUGGUUCCAAACUUCUUCCAUUUAAGAAUGAUGGAGGCCACUGUAUUCUUGGGGACCUUCAAUGCUGCAGAAAUGUGAUACCCUUCCCCAGAUCUGUGCCUCGACAUAAUCCUGUGUUGGAGUUCUACGGAACAAUUCCUUCAACCCCAUGGCUUGGUUUUUGCUCUGACAUGCACUGUCCACUGUGGGACCUUAUAUAGACAGGUGUGUGCCUUUCCAAAUCAUGUCCAAUCAAUUUAAUUUACCAAAGGUGGACUCCAAUCAAAUUGUAGAAACAUCUCAAGGAUGAUCAAUGGAAACAGGAUGCACCUGAGCUCAAUUUCGAGUCUCAUAGCAAAGGUUCUGAAUACUUAUGUUAAUAAGGUAUUUCUGUUUUGUAUUUUUAAUACAUUUUUAAUACAUUUGCAAAACUUUCUAAAAACCUGUUUUCGCUUUGUCGUUAUGGGGUAUUGUGCAGACAAGCUGGCUGGAGUGUUUACAUGUAACCACUGUGAAAUGGCUAGCUAGUUAGUGGUGCUAGCUAGUUGGCGUUUCAAUCGGUGACGUCACUCGGGCCGACCCCAAGUGGUUAAGGUAGGCAACAACACCUGCGCCAUGCUGAUCCUCAACACAGGGGCCCCACAGGGAUGCAUGCUCAGCCCCCUCCUGUACUCCCUGUUCACCCAUGACUGUGUGGCCGCGCACAUCUCCAACUCAAUCAUCAAGUUUGCUGAUGACACAACAGUGGUAGACCUGAUUACCAACAACGAUGAGCCAGCCUACAGGGAGGAGGUGAGAGCCCUGGCGGAGUGGUGCCAGGAAAAUAAUCUCUCCCUCAACGUCAACAAAACGAAGGAGCUGAUUGACAGGAGACAGCAGAGAGAGCACGACCCCAUCCACAUUGACAGGGCCACAAUGGAGAGGGUCAAAAGCUUCAAGUUCCUCGGCGUGCACAACACUGAAUACUAUGCAUCUUCGAGGUCUAAAUUUGGAUUUCUCAUUCAGACAUUUGUAGAUUAUAUGGCUGCUCUGUAUUUUUUAUGUUUAUGUAUUUCAAUUCAAUUACAAUCUUUCUAUCCAGAUGUCAAUUUUUUAUACCCAAAAGCAUCUAUUUUUGUAGGCUUUACUGUGCAAUAGGAAUGUCUCACAUUUCCUACAUGUCAUCAUGAUACCUAAAUGCUAUUUAUCAAGUUUAUUCUGCUGAUCUGUGUAUUUGUAUAUGUAUUUCUAUGUACACUACAUGACAAAGUAUGUGGAUUCCUGCUCGUCGAACAUCUCAUUCCAAAAUCAUGGGCAUUAAUAUGGAGUUGGUCCCCCCUUUGCUGCUAUAACAGCCUCCACUCUUCUGGAAAGGAUUUCCACUAGAUGUUGGAACAUUGCUGCGGGCGGGGACUUGCUUCCAUUCAGCCAAAAGAGCAUUAGUGAGGUUGGGCAAUGAUGUUGGGCGAUUAGGCCUGGCUCGCAAUCGGCGUUCCAAUUAAUCCCAAAGGUGUUCAUUGGGGUUGAGGUCAGGGCUCUGUGCAGGCCAGUCAAGUUCUUCCACACCGAUCUCGAUAAAACAUUUCUGUAUGGACCUCGCUUUGUGCACAGGGGCAUUGUCAUGCUGAAACAGGAAAGGGCCUUCUCCAAACUGUUGCUACAAGUUGGAAGCACAGAAUCAUCUAGAAUGUCAUUGUAUGCUGUAACUAAGGGGCCUUGCCUGAACCAUGAAAAACAGCCCCAGACCAUUAUUCCUCCUCCACCAAACUUUACAGUUGGCACUAUGCAUUGGGGCAGGUAGCGUUCUCCAGAUUCAUCCGUCAGACUGCCAGAUGGUGAAGCGUGAUUCAUCACUCCAGAGAAUGCGUUUCCACUGCUCCAGAGUCCAAUGGCUGCAAGCUUUACACAACUCCAGCCCACGCUUGGCAUUGCACAUGGUCUUCUUGUGUGCGGUUGCUCGGCCAUGGAAAUCCAUUUAAUGAAGCUCCCGACGAACAGUUCUUGUGCUGACUCGGUAGUGGGUGUUGCAACCGAGGACAGAUAAUUUUUACGCGCUUCAGCACUCGGCGGUCCCGUUCUGUGAGCUUCACGGAUGAGCCGUUGUUACUCCUAGACGUUUCCACUUCACAAUAACAGCGCUUACAGUUGACUGCUCGAUUUUAUACACCUGUCAGCAACGGGUGUGGCUGAAAUAGCCGAAUCCACUAAUUUGAAGGGGUGUCCACAUACUUUUGUAUAUAUCGUGUAUUUUGUAACAAUUGUUGGUUCACUAAUGUUUUUAUUACCACUAUGUACCGCCCUCACACAGGUGUGGUCAAUUGUAAUUAUCACCCAGGCACCUGCAUAUAAAAAAAACAAUGGCUUUGGCACAUCUUUUGAUGCUUUGAUUAAGGCAUAACUGCUGAAGUACGUUAGCCUGGCUGGCCGAAAAUAAAAAGGUGAAAUGAGGUGAUGUUUAAAAAAAAAAAUGUUUUGUUGUGCUACCGUUUCCCAAUGUUUCUUGAACUUGGGAUUUUAUUUAAAGAUCAUCAAGUACCUCAGCCACAGCCUGUUCACCCUGCUACCAUCUAGAAGGCAGAGACAGUACAGAUGCUUUAAAGCUGGGACCGAGAGACUGAGAAACAGCUUCUAUCUCCAGGCAAACAGACUGUUAAACAGUCACCACUAACCUUAGUCACUGUUUUAGCUGGCUACCACCUGGUACUGUACCCUGCACCAUAGAGACUGCUGCCCUAUGUACAGUAUCUUACAUAGUCAUUGACCAUUGGUCACUCUAAUAAUGUGUACAUACAAAAAUACACCAUUAUAUGUAUAUAUUUAUAUACAUUCUAUGUACAUAUAUUUAUAUUCCGGUCUCUGACAUUGCUUAUUCUGAUAUUUCUUCAUUAUGUGUGUAUUGUGUUUUUUAUUUUAAUUUUAUUGCUAGGUAUUACAGCACUGUUGGAGCUAGAAACACAAGCAUUUCGCUGCACCUGCGAUUUGACAAACACAUUUGUAGAUACAGGCUCAACUGUGCACCCCCACCUCCAAAUCCAACAGGAUAUAAGUGGGAUAAACCUAAUUGGCAGUGUGAAAGGGAAUGUCCACAUGAACACACCCAAAUAGCCAAAUGUUUUCACUGCUGGGUCAGGGGAGUGCUAGCGCUCUGGACCUGAGGACACAGUACAGGUAAAACACAUGGACGCUGUUCACAUCAUUUUCAUUUGAACUGUUCACCCAAUAUCAACAUCCAGCUUGUCCAGAGUUUCACAUUUGAAGGGAAUGGUUUUUUCAACUGCCAUUGUAUUUCACUUAAUGUAUUUGUCCUUUGAGGUUGAAAUCUGCAACAGUUGAAUGUGUGCUACUGUGAACUAAGGAGGAGCUGCUGUGUUCAGAGCUGAGAGAGAGAGAGAGAGAGAGAGAGAGAGAGAGAGAGAGAGAGAGAGAGAGAGAGAGAGAGCUGAAUCCAUUCAACCGAAAUGUGUCUUCCUCAUUUAACCCAACCCCUCUGAAUCAGGGAGAGAGAGAGGUGAGUCACUACUCUGAGGGUGGCUGUAGGCAAUGAGGUACAGGGCCAAAGGUGGAAAACACUUUCUCAUGGAAUAGGCUUCAUCUACCAGAGCGAUCGAUGCUUACUGACAAGUGUGUGUAACUCUGUGUGUUUAUGUUGGUGUGUGUGCAGCAGAUAACAGAGUCAUAGACAGGGACAGAGUGACAACACUGUUUCAAACGGGGAGGCUUUCAAAGCAGACAGCUGGAGUGAGUUCAAAGCUCUGGGUUCUGAGACCUCUGCAUUGCUUUACAGUAACAUGUUAUAGAAAUACAGAGUACUGCAUCAACAAACGUUAGUCUGCGACUAAUCUGUAGGUUGCAGAUGCAAAAAAAGUAUAGUAGAGAGACUCCUCGCUGUCUUAAAUCUUCUUAUGUUGACAGAAUAAGAAAUACACAGACACACACACAUCAUAUUCUGUCCAUGCCAUGGAAUGGUCCCAUCUGAGGAUACUGUAAACAGAAUCAUUCCAGCUUUGAAAAUAACAUAAGGGUAAUUUUUCCAGUCUCCCUCACUGAAUUUCUAAUCUUUUAUUCGGACUGCGGGAAUGGGUGGGAAGCUUACCCGCUCAGCUUGAAUACAGCAGUCCUUAUUGAAGAAUUGAAAUUAACGGCAUAAUUUACUGAGCAUUUAUGUAGCAUGACUGACAGCAGGAGUCGGUGAAGGUAUGUGUGUGUGCAGAAUAAAUUGGAACUUCAAUGCACACAAUCCUCACAGACUUCUCAACCACCGCCCACAGCCAGUCAUUGGCCAUCCAAGCCAUGAUUGGUCAGACUUUCACAAUGAUGUCAAGACCGAACGUGGGACAAAGUGGUGCCUAUUGGCUAAAGUAGGCACCACGCUCGACCAAUCAGAGAGCGAUUAGACACUUUGACAGUGGCAAGCUUUUAAGGUGGUCCUGAAGUAUUACGGUAUGUUCUUGUUUCCUCAAAUUGAAUCAUCUCAGAGGAGGGUAUCAUGCCUUGACGCUAAUGUUGGUCUGUCUCGUCACAGUUAUGUUAUCUGUACAUAGUUGUUUACAGCUAGGGCUGUCCUUUAAAAAAAAUAUUAUAUGUUUAGGCUGGUUCUUUUUUCAUCAUUGAUUGAGUGAAUUUAUUUGAUGCCGCUUAGAUAACAAACUACAUGAGUGUAUUUUGAAAAAAAAGCGGGGUAACUCACUUGACUAGGCUUAUAGUUUCAACUGCCAACGAAGGCAAAUAUGAUUGCAAUCUGAUACAGUAUCACCCACAGCUUGCACGUCUAUAGAAAUAUAAUAAUGUUGCAGCGCUGUUGACUAAAGGUAGGCUAUGAUAUCAUUAUGCACACUGUGGUCACAGGUAGGUUCGAAGCCCUCCUGAGAGGUGAGAUUGAUGCAGACAGAACUUUUGUCAUUAGGGAGAAUUUUUUGUAUUAUUAUUAUUUUUUAAUUAGGGAGAUGCCAUGAAAUUACUAUAAAAAUGGCUAUUAUAGGCCAAUCCUGCAUGCAGGUAGUCUGAUUAAUCAGGCUGUAAUACACAGUAAUUGGUAUAUACUACCUGACACGAAUGCCCACAAAAUCGUGUAAAUGUUCCUUACAAGCCAGAAUGUUUAAUAAAAUUACGGUUCAACUUACUCACCGGUUCUGUGUGGUUUGUCUUUCAGCUGCUAUAAAUGUUUGACUAAAUAUCCACAGAUAAGUAGUCCUAUUGUUUACUCAACUUUUUUGAUUGCUGGUAGAUAUCUGGCUCGGCACUGAGCUAAAUUAGUUUUAUAUUGGAUAUUCGUUUUUCUCUCAUCAAUAGCUAUUGAACCAAGCAUGCCAUGAAUUUAAUUAGAGAUUUUUAGAAGAUUGAAAUCAGAAUUUAAAAAAAAAUAGAAAUUAAAAAUACACACACAAAAAGGUGUUGAUUGUUCUCCACCCCCCCAGGUUCAAUAGCUAUUUACGAGAGAUUAUCCAGUAUAAAACUAAUCUUACCUCAGUGCCUAAAUGAACCAUAUACCUACCAGCUCUCUAAACAGUUUGGUAAACAAUACUUUCCUGUGGAUAUUUUGUCUCAAAUUUCGAGCAGCUGAAGAACAAACCGCACAUACAACCGGUAGAGUAAGUUUAAAUGUAAUUUUAUUCAACAUUCUGCCUUGUAAGGCUGAUUAAUCAGACUAACGUGCAGGUAGACUACUCAUACAGUAAGGAUUUUAUUGUCUUUGUUUUGUGUCUAUAGAUCACCACCUGACAUCAAUCAAGUUCAUACAGUAUGGUAAGAUAUGAAUAAGAAUAUAAUAUGCAAAUGUGACUUGCUUAAGUAGAUUAUACACUGCAAGAGCAGGUAGAGGGGUCAGUAAAGGAGGGGUUAUUUAAGUCGGAUAAGGGCCGUAUAGACUUGAGUAUGGAGAAUCACAAACACUGGUCAAAAACACUGGUACCACCUACAAUAGCUGACCACCAUACUGUGUGACCGCUAUACUUGUGUUCUCAGGCCCAUCUCAAGGUGCCUGUGUAGACAUGAACACAGUCAUCCAUAUUUAGCCAGCACCCAGCCCUGUUUAUCCAGCACAACCCAGCCAGCCCUAUGUAGACUAGACAGCCUAUCAGCCCUGAACCCUGUGCUCUCGAUCAGCUCUCUCAGGGAAACAGACUCAGAGUCAUGUGAAUAAUUACCUGCCUAAUCCCUGCAAUUAGAUAACUAUGAUUAGUGCAAUCCCUUACCUGCCUGGGAGGAGGGGUGGAGGGUGAGGGAAUACCUACCUCAGGGAGAGGAGCGGGGUGGGGUGGCUGAUUAGUUAUGGAUGAUGAAGUGUGUGAGAUGAAGAGAUGGAUGGAUAAACAAUGUGAGAGGGGAGUGAGGGUUAGUUAGGGAUACGAAUAACGCCAGUUACUGCCUGUAAGAGAGAAGGAGAACAUAUCUGAGCAGAAAUAACCGCUACAUUAUUAGUAUGUCUUGAGACAUUUUUCGACAUUGUAUGUUUAACAUAGCCUAUAUAUUGUAGACCCAGUUCUUUGCUGAGGAUACAUUUAUGUACUGAAAGGACUAUUUUCUUCUUGACAUUCAAAUAAAUACAGGGGUAUUGAAAUCUGUGAAAUCCCUCUCUCUCUCUGUGUGAGUGUGUUUUUGUGUGUGUGUUGUCAGCGUGUGUGCGUGUGUGAAUUAGAAUACUGACAUACCUUUUUAUCUCUUCAGAAUGACUAAUUAUCUGUGUUUGUGUGAGUGGUUCGUUUACGAGUGUGUGUGCACUCGUAUCUGUAACGAUAGUGUGUGAGGAUGUGUGUUUCUGUUUGUGCCUGUCUCUUUGUGCAUGGCUGAUUGCUUUGUCCAUCUGACUACAAUUGAAAGGGGAUCUCUAUAUAUCUCCGUGUUGGUGUCACUGUAUCCCAGCCGCUCCACCUUAAAGGGAGCUUUAGCAGGCUGUCUUGUUUAUGUUGAAGCCAACAGGCACAAUAUAUUACAGUCUAGGGCUCCCUGCUGAAAAUCCUACUGGAUCUUCUAGUGACCUGCUGUUCUUUCCUGCUUUCCUGUUUUUUUAUUUUUUUUAUUUAGAUUAAAGGCAAAGCUCGCUCUCUGUCAGUUUUUCACCCUCUUUUCUUUAUUUAUUUUGUAUUCCAACAGAGAAGGCAACCCUUCAGUUUCAGGUUCUGCUCUCUCCUAUGAGAAGAAGAGGGCUGGAGGUACUGUAGAUUGUAGGUGAAUUUGGAUGGAGGAGUGUAGUGUUUGUAUCUUGUUGGAGGGGUUGGUGAAGGGACAGGAAAGAGGGGGUACUUGGGUGUAACGCUCAAGCUUCACUGCCAUGUCAGUGCGUGUGGACUCUAACUGAUCACAGAGCGAGAGAGAGAGAAACGAGAGUGAGACUUUGGUUAUACCGAGGAAACGGGAAGAAGGAAAAGGAGCCUGAGUGUGAGUGUGGGGAUUUGUUUUACCGUGAGACUCGUUUGACGGAUGCACUGACAGACAGAGCUCUCCCAGCUGUGUCGACAGGCUCCGUGUCAGACAGAGACAGAGCAGAGCUGAACGGAAAGAAGAGAAGAGAGCAGGACUGGGCAGGAGGGAGGACUGCUCUCUCCAACCUUGCCUGAGACCACACCAAAGCAGGGGGAAAGCUCUGGACUGGGCUGUGUUCCUGGUGGAGGGCAGAGGAGUUGAGGGCCAGGGGACGGGCACUGACCUGGCCAUCAAACAGACUGUGAACAUAUCCUCUCCUGGGACCAUGUACCCUCAGGGCAGGCAUCCGGUAAGUGGGCCCUCUUUUUCUCUUUAUCUGACUACUGCUUAGUGACAGAGACGGGGACUGCACUGAGAGGGACAGAGACGGGGACUGCACUGAGAGAGACCGAGACGGGGACUGUUCAGUGACAGGGAUAGAGACAGGGACUGCACUGAGAGGGACAGAGAUGGGGACUGCACUGAGAGGGACAGAAACAUGGAACAGUUAGGGUGUAUGAAGAGAUUCCUUCUAACACACACACAAACACACGCAUGCAGUCACACCCACACACACACACAUAUACACACACACGAGUGAUGUGAGAGUCAGCUAUACCACCCACACAACUACCUUUCAACUACCUCUCAACAGCACCUGGGUGCAGCUGACAGGGGAAAGACAGGGGAGGGUGGGUGUGUGUGUGGUUUUACUAUCCUUGUGGGGAUUUCGCCAGUCCCCACAAGGAAAAAGGUAUAUUUUAGGCUUAGGGGUUACAAUUAGGGUUAGGGUUUGGGGUUAAGGUUAGGGUUGAGAUUAGGUUGAGGGUUAGGGUUAGGGAAAAUAGGAUUUUGAAUGGGAAUCAAUUGUUUGGAUAGUAAAACAAACGUGUGUGUGUGUGUGUGUGUGUGCGUGCGCUCUGUGCUGUAUCUUUGUUUAUGUGUCCAAGGAUAGUGUGUUAGAAGGCAGUGGAAGGUAUUCCCUUCAGUCCCCUCUCUCCCUACCACCCUCCUCUCAUUAUUUACUGAACUACAGUAUUAGGAACUGAAGGAUGAAGCUGGAAGAGGGGGUAGCUUUGACCAUACAUGCGAGAGAGGCGGAAAGAGAGAUACGAGGUCUAGUUUCUAUAGUCAGAUUUGUUGUCCGUGUCUUUGUAUCUGGUGCAAAUGUGUCAGUGAACACUCCGUUUUCAGCCUGCAAUCACAGAGAAUUAUAGCCGACAUUUUCAGAAGAGGGGGCAUGUGAAAUCAAUUAUAUGUACAGAGAGAAUGCAAAUCAGUGGAAUAGAAUGGAAGCAAGAUUGAAAGAGAACCGAGGCAUUGUGAAUUAGAAAUGGAAAUGAAUAGGAGAUCACACAGGUUAUAGGACUAUACUCAGUCUCUGUUCUCUUUAGUCCCUUCAGAGAUUUUGUUCAGAGUUGUACGGUGUUUGUGAUAAAGUUUGGUUCCAGAUUGAGCCAACCUUAACAGAUCAAUACAUACUGCUGCUGCCAGUGGAAUUGUACUUCUGCUGCCUACUGGUGUAAUGGGAUCUACAGCACAGAGUGAGGGUGCAAGGAACGUGUGCGUGUGUGUGUGUGAGCUUGAGAGAGAAUGAGGAAAAGAGGGUGACUGCGUAGACUUUGAAAUAGCCCCUUGUACCCAUUACUGUCAAGAGACUAGUUUCUUUGCAUCUCAUUUUCCAAAGGUAGUCAUGUUUUGUAUGUAUCCCAAGCCUCAUCUUGUUAUACUAUUAAUAUCCUAUCAAUCAAUGUCUUAUUUUGUAUCAAUGAAACAUAUGAAUGUCCAGAUAAUUUAAACGUCAGACUCACUGGACUUGACUAGCGGUAUCUGUAUACAUCCUGUAUGUACCAUCCAAGACCAAGAAGAGAAGAAAGGGCCUCCAUCUCCCCUAUCACUCACAAAUGUCACUGGCCUUUUGAAAUGAUAACUGAAAACAUAAACCACAUAGACAUGGCAACACCACUGUGAUGUGUUGACUCCUGUGACGGAAAAGAGACAUUGUUCUCUGUUCAGUGGUCCUCCUAAAGGGUUAAACCCAGGGCUGCUUUACAAGGCAAACAGAAACAGUCUAACAUAAUUGGUUCCACUGGAUGCUUGUGGCUGAAGUGAGGAACUGCUCUGUGAACUACGGUUGGGCGAUGUCAAUCUUUGUCACAUCAUUAUUAUGUACUCAUUAAACAUCGUGAUAUACUCUGGUAUAGCCCCCUAUUGCUAUACUCUGGUAUAGCCCCCCCCCCCCCAGAAACACGUUUUUAAAAGAUGCCAGCGCGAGCUCGCAUGCUAUGGGAGGGAUGAGAUAAAUCCCGACAUUGACCAAAUAUAUUUAGUGAAUCUGUGGCACGACUGGGGUGUGUGUGGGCAUGUAUGUGUGUGCUGCAGCGCGCAAAUAGAGCGAGUGACACUGUCAAAGAGCCUCGCUGGCUGUGCAUUGUGCAAUGGGUUGUAAAUCAUCAUGGGCUGCAGACAGAACAAGCAACUCUGCUGUCCUCAGAACUGGAUAAUUAAAAACUGUUUAGCAUUUUAGCCUAAUCCUCUCUUAUUAGGUCUAGGGUACUAGGCUUUGAAGGUAGGUUGUACAUUGCUAGAAUAAUAUGGAAAUAGGCCCAGGCGAACUAGUUUACACAUCGUGUUAUUUCAUAAACUUUCCUCAGCUGUAGCCUCAGUUUUCUUUAGACUUCUCAUUCGAUUUUUCCAUCUUUGUAUUGUUUGCUUUCAUAACUUAAUUUGUCUUAAUGCUUUUAUGUUAUUUAAAUUAUUAGGAUUUUGCCCGUUUGUUUCACAAUGUCAAGGAGGGAUUUUUUUUCGGCCUUGCAUGCAUGCAUGCACGCAAGCAUAUUUUCUCUCAUAUACUGCUUUGCUCAACUGUCAGGUUUGUUAACAUUUCUCAUUAGAUGUUUCUAUCUUGCUAUUGUUUGUUUUCUCUCUCUCAUUAUUACCUUAAGCCUACCAUAUUUGUAGGUUAUUCAAAAACAAUGUAUAGGUGCUACACAUAGGAUUUAUAUUUUUGCAAUGUAAUUUCUGAAAUGUCCAUCAUAUAUCUGCAGUAAUAGUGGAAUGAUAGUGUUUCACAGUAUAAUAGUGGAAUGAUAGUGUUUCAUGGUGUUGUGAUAUUCGCCUAUUGCUGGCUUCUGUUGACAAAAUGGGAAAACUGUUUUGGCUGUGUUUAUCUAGUGGAAACCGGGAAAGGGACCAAUGGUCAUUUCCUGGAUGCUAAAAAUCUACACAGUCCGCUCAAUUUCAGUUUAUGUGAGAGAAAAAAAUAGUGUAGCACUGAAUAGUGUAGGGAAUCAUUGUACCAUCUAAAUCACUGUGAAAUAUAUUUUCUAUAACUAAAAAUAUAGUUUUUACAUCGGUUUUAAAACUGGUGGACGAAACCGAAAGUAAAAACUGAAGCGUGAGUCUCCACCAUGUUAAGGUGAAAUGAGAUGCGGAGGAGGGGGAGAUUUGUUUUGAAUGCGGCCUAGUGUUCUUGCAAUUCACAUAGCUUACACAUGGGGGAGAAAUGCAAUAUGUAGCACCUUUAAAACUUUCUGAGAUAGAUUCAUUGUUUGAUCAUGAAAUAGCACAGCGGGAAAAAUCAUCCACUAUUGGAGAGAGAGAAAAAACGAAAACAUAUUUUCUGACCAGACAUUUAGCGCUGCUUUGGUGGAACUUAGCCAUGUCUACAUUGUUCUGUUGCAUUCUGUAAAUAAAACAUAUUAAUUUAAAUGGGCGAUAGCAAAUAGGAAUAUAGGCAAUUUACUCAGACUGUCACCCAUGCACUGCCCUGCUGUGCACUGCAUGGCCAGUCAUGUUGAAAUGGGUUAAGUAUAGUCUGUCACAUCACAAUGUCGUCACCAUUGACGAUGGCUGACCUCAAUAGACGAUACUAUCGUAAUAUCGCCCACCCUACUGUGAACCACCGCCAGCCCAGGCCUAGAACAAUAAAACCAGGCUGUGAAUGCUUGAGCUGUCACGCCCUGAGUUUCCACAGUUACCAAACACACAUUUCCAACCGCUGCAGCAAGAGCCAUGGGAGGCAGGCCUGAUAGUGGAUAGAUGGAUAGAUGGACACGGUCCUUAUCUACAUAGACAGAGUAGGUAGCAGUUGCCACAACCACUACAACCCCCCUAAUGAGUUUAAAAUUAGAGGUAUGGUAGGUAAUCUGAGCCUAGAUUUGUGCUAAAGCUAAAGUCUACUUUGAGGUCUGUGAAACACUAGCUGAUUCUCAGUACAUCCACUGACUAGACCACUCUGUCUUUACCUGUAGGGACUCACAGCAUGGACUAAAAUGAACAUGGCAUUACACUAUGUUAAACACAGACAGAAUCCUUGUAGUUGACAUAUUUUUGUUGGUGCAGUUCAGAGUUUUGUUUUUGUUUUUUGGAUGUUGCAGGCUUGGGUGGUGGACAUUAGCUCCUGCACGCUUAGACUGAGUUGUGUGUGUGUGUGUGUUUGUUGACUGAACGACCCCCCCAGAGACUGUUGUGAUAGGUGUCUGGAGAGAGUUGAUCUGGCCCUGGACUGAUCCUGAUUUAAUGGGAGUAGACUCACACAGGAGGGGACAUACCACAGGCAGACAGGGACACAGGUCCAGUGUGUGUGUAUACAGCAGGGACAGAGAGCAUACUACUAACUGCUUCACCAGGGUGCCAGUGUUACAGCAGUAAUCUCUCAUCUGCCUAGUAAAUCUAGCCUUAAGUCUGGCCUAUGUGUUCCACCUCCUGACCAAUAGGUCCAUAUUAAUACUCUAGCUGGGAGCUGUCUGUGUACUGGGUCUGGUCUCACUUCUCUGCGCCUCUCAGGGUAACACUUUGUUUUUACGGCCAAGUAAACAAACCAACGCCAAAUAUCUGGCUGCACAAAUCACAUAUGUUCCCUUAAUUAGGUUAGGGCGAGUGGUGGUGUGCGUGCGUUAGCUCUCUCUUGCUUUUGGGUUGUUCGCCUGUUUUCCUCUGGAUACAUCUGUAUUGUGGAGCUUGUUUUCCUGUUCAUGCAUCAGGAUUUUAAUUAAAUACAGGUACAUCAUGGAUAUUUUCUGGCAGAUGUAACCAUCAUCUUCAUCCAUACUGUUACCUGUUUACAUUUCAGAUAACAAACAGGUUCUUUAUGAAGUCAAUUAUGAACACAUCAAUCCAAAUUAACUGUGCUCUCCAAUCCUUACACUCAUUCUCCCCUCAGUCAAAGCCUUUGUUGGUUUUUAUAAAAAGAGCUGAUCUGACCAAAUUUUGGAUCCACUCCAAGCCCUCUUUUCACCGCCAAUCCUUCCAUUUCUAAUCCAGUAUUGGAUGGCGUUGGCUUUUGCCUCUCACCACAAUGUAUUGUGACUAAGUGGCAGGCUGGCUAGUGCCAUGGUAUCAAAGGGCGGCAGGUAGCUUAGCAAGUAAGAGCAUUGGGCCAGUAACCAAAACGUUGCUGGUUCGAAUCCCCGUGCCGACUAGGUGAAAAAUCUGUCUGUGCCCUUGAGCAAGACACUUAACCCUAAAUUACUAAAAUGUAUCAAAACCUUCAAGUGAUAAAUGAGGGCUCCGCUCCAGCUAAGAUGUUGCUGCUGACUGCCCUGAAAGUGUGUGUCCUCAUCCUCUACUCCUCUUAGGACUUUGGUGGGUGUGUCCCACCCCACUAGCCCUAGUCCCUACAAAGUCGAGCCUCCUGGAGCCUGCUAUCAGCCAGCCUUUACACAGGACAGACCCAGACCAGAGCUCUAUAACUCCUGAAGUAAGGAGAAGAGAUAGACAACAGACCGAGAGGAGAGAGCGGGACAGAAGAGAUGGAGACACCAGACCAAGAGGAGAGAGGGGGACACCCAGAGGAGAAAGAGUGGAGGGAAAAAUAAAAAGAGAGAACAGGAGUGAUGUGUAGGACACACCCACCCACCCACACACGUUUCCUACACCGGAGAUCACAUGAACACUUCCCUUCUACACUUGGUACUCUUCAUCUAUUCAUGUGCCUUUACCCUAAAUAUUUCACCAGCAGAUGAUUAUUUCAUGCCCCUCUGAACAUCUCUCUCCCCAGCCUGUCUGAAACAGAGAAAGAGAGAGCCAGAGAGGGAGAUGGAGAGAGAAAGACUGAGGGAGGGAGAGAGGGAGCGGGCAGGGUGGCAGAACAGAAAGUAUGCCACAGAGCAGACAGACGCUCUGCAGUCCCGAUCAGUCCUAGACCCGCAUCUGUUUCAGCCCAGAAACAGCGGCCUAAAUCAAAUGUUUCCCCCAGUGAUUGAUGGACAGAUUAGGGGGAGUGAUGAGUGGACGGACGGAGGGAGGAGGGCUGUGGCCCAGCUGCCGGCUCUGUACUGUUAUGUGAUCUCCUGGCCCUGUCUCUCCCCUCCCUCUCUCCCUGCCUCCACCCCCCCACCCAUAGAUAAUCCUUCUAAAUUCUCGGCUCACCCUGCUCCAGCUCUGCUCCAGCUCCUCUAAAUUGUGAUUGACUGCUGUCGUCCCACAUGGCUGGCCUGUCUGUCUCCCCCCUCCCUCCCUCCCCUCCUCUCCUAGAUUAACCGGAUCUGUUUGGUGUUUCAGGAUCCCCCAUGCUGUCUGACACCACCAGGGCCCAACUGAGCCACACUGAGAUGAGAACCCGCUGGGUCUAUAGUCAUAUCUCUCUCUGUCUGAGACAGACAAUCACAACCUGACCCAUACAGAAAACCUGACUACAUUGAGGAAUGUGUUAUUGUGAGUGAGUGCUGAUGUAAAAUGGACAGUGGUCAGUCUGGAAUGUAGUCUGUGGUGGUCAACUGUCUGUUCGGACGAUUUGUUAGAGAAGAGAUGGCAUAUCUCCCUCCCUCCCCCCUCCCCUGCGUGUGUGUCAGAACAGUAUGGUAUGAAUGAAGGUCAGUGGGGCUCAGUCGGCAGCCGCCCCUCCCCCUCAGGGGUUGUGUACUGAGUGGAGCCCAUCAGUCCAGGAAGCCGCCACACAGCCACAGCACUAGGGACAAACUGAGCUGCACAACCCUCAGCUUAAUUACUGGAAAGCCCACAGAGUGUCUGACCUCCACCAUUAGCCUAAUUGAAAUUUAAUUGAAUUUCCUUGUCUAGACUAAUUAAGCUCCUACUGAAACAGGCAAUCUUUUAGCCACCUAGCUAGCCUCUGGACAGACAGGAUUCGCACCCUAUGCUGUGGGAAGAAGGGAAAGAAAGGGGGAGGAAAAAGGCAGAGAGAAGAUAGAGAGGGUAAAGAGGUGGAGCGGAGAAGGGCAAAGGGGAGCAGUCUGAUAUUGGCUCUCAGGGCUGGGUGUGGUGAGAGAGGGAUGGAGUGAGGGAAUGAGAGGAGGGAGAGAGAUGGACAGAUAGAGUUGUGCAGACUAAAGUGAGGUCAUGGCGUGUGAGGUGAGGUAAGCAGCCUACACCACUGAUCGGGAGUAUUUGGUUGAAUAACACUGAGCAAUGGCAUGCAUAGGGCCUCCUAUAGCUCAGUUGGUAGAGCAUGGCGCUUGCAAUGGCAGGUUUGUGGGUUUGAUUCCCACGGGGGGGCAGUAUGAAACAUUUAUGCACUCACUAACUGUAAGUCGCUCUGGAUAAGAGCGUCUGCUAAAUGACUAAAAUGUCAAAUGUAAUGCAUGAUCUUUUUAGCCUCAGUUGUGUGUGUGCGUGUGUGCGUGCACGUGCCUGUAUGUGUGUUUCAGUAGUAUGUCCCUCCCUCAUGACACUUCCAUCCCCUCAGCUACAAAGUGCCCAAGAAAGGGAAAAUAACUGAACUGAAUGACUACCGACCCAUAGCACUCACUUCCAUCAUCAUGAAGUGCUUCGAGAGGCUCGUCAAUGACCACAUCACCUCCUCCCUCCCUGACACAUUCAACCCUCUCCAAUUCGCCUACCGCCCGACAGUUCCACGGAUGACGCAAUCGCUGUUUCACUGCACACUACCCUCACCCACCUGGAGAAAAGGAAUGCAUAUGGGAGGAUAUUGUUCAUCGAUUACAGCAGGGCCUUUUAAUACCAUAGUGCCCCCUUAGCUCACCACAAAGCUCAUGGCCCUGGGACUGAACUCCUCCCUAUGCAACUGGGUCCUGGACUUCCUGAUGGGCCGCCCCCAGGUGGUGAAGGUAGGCAACAUUACCUCCUCCACACUGAUCCUCGACACGGGGGCCCCACAAGGGUGCGUCCUCAGUCCCCUCCUGUACUCCCUGUAUACCCACAACUGCAUGGCCUCACACAGGUCCAACUCCAUCAUCAAGUUCGCUGACGACAUGACAGUAGUAGGCCUGAUUACCAACAAUGACGAGACGGCCUACAGAGAGGAGGUAGGCACUCUGACAGAGUGGUGCCAAGUAAACAACAACCUCUCCCUCAAUGUCAGCAAAUCAAAGGAGCUGAUUGUGGACUUCAAGAGGAACCAGGCUGGGCACGCCCCGAUCCUCAUCAAUGGGGCUGCCAUGGAGACGGUCAAAAGCUUCAAGUUCAGGAGGCUGAAGAAAUUCAGCCUGUCCCCAAGGGCCCUCAGUGUUCUACAGGAGCACCAUUGAGAGCAUACUGUUGGGCUGCAUCACAGCCUGGUACGACAACUCCACCGCCGCUGACCACAAGGCGCUACAGGGCGUGAUACGUUCAGCCGAAUGCACCAUUGGGUGCACUCUGCUGCCCUCCAGGACACCUACAACACCAGGUGUCACAGGAAGGCCAAGAAGAUCAUCAGGGACCCCAUCCACCCGAGCCAUGUACUGUUCAUCCUGCUUCCAUCACACAGACAUGGGCAGUACAGGAGCAUCAUGGUAAAAACUGAAAGACUGGCCAAUAGCUUCUACCUCCAGAUCAUAGUCCUAGUCCCCCUCCUGCACCCCCGGACUUCCUUACUGCUCCCCCUAUGGACAUCCCCCCCCCACCCCCCCCCCCCCACCUCAACAGACACUUACCCUGCCCCCAUCCAAUGAACAUUUAUCAUGCUGCAUAGCCGGCACUAAUAAGCUAACUGCUCCACCCCCCACAACCACCUCCUUCCCGGUUAUAUCGCUCUGCCUCUAAAACAACAUCCCUGCUGUGUUUGUGUUCCCCCAACUACACAGCGAGGGGAACAACACCUAAAGUGCUUCAGACGGGCUCCAGGGGGAAGCAGGGUUCUCCUGGGGGGCAUUUGUUGAGAUUCUUUGCUUUUAGCAGGUGAAAGACAGUGCCGUUUUAAUGUUUGUGAUUCACCAUGAGUUAUUCAUUUGACAUUUUCCCUUCUCAGAGCUUUGUAGGCAGGAAUACAUUAGAAAAAAGCAUCCUAGCAGAGGAGAGAGGGAGGUGAGGAGAGAGGGAGGAGAGGAAAGAGAUGCUAAUGUGAGAGGGGGGAGGGAGACAGUCAGGAGAGAGAGAGGAGAAGGAAACGGGAGAGAAGAAGAGGGUGGUAGGAGAGAGAAGAGCGAGAGAGUGUUUGUGAAAGAGGGGGGCAGAGAGAUAAAGAGCGCAACGACAAUGUUUUUUUUAUGGUGUGUGUUGAAGUGACCUUACUCUCCCUUCUUCUUUCCUCUCUCUCCUUUCUUUUCUCUCCCCCAGGUCCCUGUUCAGCCUGGCCAGUCUUUCAAGUUCACAGUCCUGGAGACCCUGGACCGCAUCAAGGAGGAGUUCCAGUUCCUCCAGGCUCAAUACCACAGGUACUGUAUACUCUACCCUCCACCUCACCUCAGGCCCUUAUAGACUAUACAGAUAGUAUAUACACACCACCCUCCAUCUUACCCCAUGCAGGCGUAUGUAGGCACAAUCCAAAACUCCCAUCUUCAGACACACAGAUACAUGGAUAGCACAGACUUUUACUUCUAUCGUGUAUUGAUGUUUAUGCACAAUAGAAGUAAAAGUCUGUGCUAUCCAUGUAUCUGUGUGUCUGAAGAUGGGAGUCUGAGGAUUGUGUCCUAUAUGAAUGUAUGUACCUCAGGCGGGAACUGCCCCUCCUCUCUCCAAAGGACUGGGGGAUCCCCCUGGGAACCACUGCCGCACUUCUACUGCUCCACUUAUUAGUCUGUGGAAUAUUACACGAUCUAGAUUAAACGUCAGGCUUAAUAAUACUGUAUGUGGUGUAUGUGAAAGCCAAGGACGGGUGCAGUGAACUAUAUGGUUGAUAUAACACAGUCAUACACAGGCAGAUCAAAUGCAGGUAGAGAUUCUAAUCUUAUCCAUCAUAGUCUUCCUGGCACAGUGGCAGGGUGCAAGCCUGGUCCCAGAUCUGUUUGUGCUGUUUUGCCGACUCCUAUGCUCGAUGUCACAGGCUAGCAGGGUGUGGUGAUAUUGGUCUAUUCUUCCAUAUCAUAGCAGAGAAGAGUUGACCUCCAGACAGUGACCUUGGUGCUGAGAGCCCAGCUUCACAGCAUGAGCUGAAUACUCAUGGCCAUAACUCUCUCGUCACAGCAGUGAACAGUGUGCUGAAACUAACGUUGUUCUCCUACUGCAGCCUGGAUCCCAUCGGUCUCUUUGUCUAAUUGAUCUAGACCCAUAACCUUUUUUCAGCUUUGACACAAAGGAGAGAUUCAGGUUGAGCUGCAGCAGGGUAGGUCCUGCCUUAGAUCAGUUUGUUGACGUGUGUGUGUGUGUGUGUUCUCUCUCUUUCUCUACAGCCUGAAACUGGAGUGUGAGAAGCUGGCCAGUGAGAAGACAGAGAUGCAGAGACACUACAUCAUGGUAAGUUCUAUUCUAUUUACACCUACGCACCACCGCUGGUUCACAGGCAUCAAUCAGACAACGUGGAGAGGGAAGUCUCAGUCUGCCUUUACAAAUAUACCCCUCUCCACUACGCCAACAUAGAAAAAUAUCUAGCCCAGGAAUGGGCAACUCCAGUCCUUGGAGGCCGGAGCGGUGUCACACUUUUCCCCCAUCCCUAGCAAACACAGUUGAUUAAACUAAUUGCGUUCUAAACAGAAUAUCAUGGUUAGUUGAUUAUUGGAGUCAGGUGUGUUAGCUGGGGCUGGGGCAAAAGUGUGACACCAAUCAGGCCCCCCGAGGACUGGAGUUGCCCAUCCCUGAUUCUAGCUUGUUGAGGAGCAUCAUCUUGAGUUAGGAGGAUGAGACUCUGAGCAGAACAUCUCUCUCUCUCACUCCCUCUGCAACAGCUUGAGCCCCUCCACAGUCUGUCUGCCUAAAGACUUGUAUGUUAAUAACUAUGUCUAUGUCUGUGGUACAAACACAGUGAGGACAGAACCUGAAUACGAUAUGAACCAUCUGCUGAGCAGCUCCCAUUUCAUCAAAGGGAGGGAGUGAGUGAUAGAGAGAGAGAGACGGAAGAAAGAGAGCGAAAGGGAAGGGCAGUGCACAAUGGUAGACAGACAGACAGACACUACCUCAGACUAAGAGUAAUCACAGACUGUUCUCUGUGACUGUGAGAGGCUGUACUUUAUGGAUGAUUUCACGUUUGCAGGGUUUGAUGGAUGGUUGAGUUGGCGGCAGUUGGAUAGAUGUGUAGGAGCCUUUACUCCAAUAUGAGGAGAGACUUCAGUGUACUCUGUGUUAUAGACUGGGGGCAGUCAGUGACAUUUGAUCAACCCUCACACAUACAUACUAAAUGUCAUGACCUUUGUGACCACAGGACUAUUGGUCAAAAGCAGGAAGAAAUAGGCUAAAACGUCGGCGAAUUAAGGCUUUUCCCUAGUGUUGGACUCCCUGGUCUCCAUAGAGAUGGAGGAUAGCUGGGGCAGGUCAGAUAUGCAUGUACACUCUUAGAAAAAAGGGUUCCAAAAGGGUUCUUCGGCUGUCCCCAUAGGAUAACCCUUUUUGGUUCCAGGUAGAACUUUUUUGGGUUCCGUGUAGAAUCCUCUGUGUAAAGGGCUCUACAUGGAACUCAAAAGGGUUCUAACUGUAACCAAAAGGGUUCAACUUGGAACCAAAAAGGGUUCUUCAAAGGGUUCUCCUAUGGGGACAGCCGAGAACCCUUUUAGGUUCUAGAUAGCACCUUUUUUUCUAAGAGUAUAUACAGUGCAUUCGGAAAGUAUUCAAAACCCUUGACCUUUUCCACAUUUUGUUACGUUACAGCCUGAUUCUAAAAUUGAUUAAAUAAAUAAAAAUCCUCAUCAAUCUACACACAAUACCCCAUAAUGACAAAGCAAAAACAGGUUUAGACAUUUUAGCAAAUGUAUUAAAAAUGAAAAACAUAAAUACUUUAUUUACAUAAGUAUUCAGACCCUUUGCUAUGAGACUCAAAAUUGAGCUAAAAUGCAUCCUCUUUCAAUUGAUCAUCCUUGAGAUGUUUCUACAACUUGAUUGGAUUCCACCUGUGGUCAAUUCAAUUGAUUGGACAUGAUUUGGAAAGGCACACACCUGUCUAUAUAAGGUCCCACAGUUGACAGUGCAUGUCAGAGCAAAAACCAAAGGAAUUGUCCGUAGAGCUCCGAGACAGGAUUGUGUCGAGGCACAGAUCUGGGGAAGGGUACCAAAAAAUGUCUGCAGCAUUGAAGGUCCCCAAGAACACAAUGGCCUCCAUUGUUUUUAAAUGGAAGACGUUUGGAACCACCAAGACUCUUCCUAGAGCUGGCCGCCUGGCCAAACUGAGCAAUUGGGGGAGAAGAGCCUUGGUCAGGGAGGUGACCAAGAACCUGAUGGUCACUCUGAUUGAGCUCUAGAGGUCCUCUGUGGAGAUGGGAGAAACUUCCAGAAGGACAACCAUCUCUGCAGCACUCCACCAAUCAGGCCUUUGUGGUAGAGUGACCAGACGGAAGCCACUCCUCAGUAAAAGGCACAUGAAAUCCCGCUUGGAGUUUGCCAAAUGGCAUUUAACGACUCAGACCAUGAGCAACAAGAUUCUCUGGUCUGAUGAAACCAAGAUUGAACUCUUUGGCCUGAAUGCCAAGCGUCACGUCUGGAGGAAACCUGGCACCAUCCCUACGGUGAAGCAUGGUGGUGGCAGCAUCAUGCUGUGGGGAUGUUCUCCAGCGGCAGGGACUGGGAGACUAGUCAGGAUCGAGGGAAAGAUGAAUGGAGCAAAGUACAGAGAGAUCCUUGAUGAAAACCUGCUCCAGAGAGCUCAGGACCUCAGACUGGGGUGAAGGUUCACCUUCCAACAGGACAACGACCCUAAGCACACAGCCAAGACAACGCAGGAGUGGCUUCGGGACAAGUCUCUGAAUGUCCUUGAGUGGCCCAGCCAGAGCCCGGCCUUGAAUCCGAUCGAUCAUCUCUGGAGAGACCUGAAAAUAGCUGUGCAGCAACGCUCCCCAUCCAACCUGACAGAGCUUGAGAGGAUCUGCAGAGAAGAAUGGGAGAAACUCCCCAAAUACAGGUGUGCCAAGCUUAUAGCAUCAUACCCAAGAAGACUCAAGGCUGUAUUCGCUGCCAAAGGUGCUUCAACAAAGUACUGAGUAAAGGGUCUGAAUACUUAUGUAAAUGUGAUAUUUCAGUUUUGUAUAUUUUAAUACAUUUGCAAAAAUGUUUUAAGUUUUUGCUUUGUCAUCAAUUUUAGAAUAAGGCUGUAACAAAAUGUGGAAAACAUCAAGGGGUCUGAAUACUUUCCGAAUGCAUGUAAUGUACAGUGCUGUGAAAAAGUAGUUGCCCCCUUUCUGAUUUUCUCUAUUUUUGAGUAUUUUUGGUAUUUUAUUAGGAUCCCCAUUAGCUGUUGCGAAAGCAGCAGCUACUCUUCCUGGGGUCCACAGAUCUUCAACCUAAACCUAAAAUAUAUAUUUUAUAAAAGUUAUGCAACACCCAAUUCCUGAGGCAGCAAAGCAUCCCCAAAACCAUCACACUACCACCACCACGCUUGACCGUUGGUAUGAGGUUCUUACUGUGGAAUGCAGUGUUUGGUUUUCGCCAGACAUAAUAGGACCCAUCUGGUCCAAAAAGUUGACUCAAGUUUGCCAAAAAGUACCUGAAAGCACCUGGAUGUUCAUCAAGACUCUUGGAAGAAUGUUCUAUGGACAGACUAGUCAAAAGUAUAACUUUUUGGACGACAGGGGUCCCAUUUAUGUCUGGCAAAAACGAUACACUGCAUUCCAAAGUAAGAACCUCAUACCAACGGUCAAGCAUGGUGGUGGUAGUGUGAUGGUUUGGGGAUGCUUUGUUGCCUCAGGACCUGGACGACUUGCCUUAAUAGAAGGAACCAUGAAUUAUGCUCUGUAUCAGAGAAUUCUACAGGAGAAUGUCAGGCCAUCCGUCUGUAAGUGGAAGCUGAAGCACAGCUGGGUCAUGCAGCAAGACAAUGAUCCAAAACACACAAUCAAGUCUACAUGAAAAUGGUUAAAAAGCAACAAAGUAUACAUUUGGAAUGGCCUAGUCAAAGUCCAGACCUAAUCCCAAUUGAGAUGUUGUGGCAGGACUUGAAACGAGCCGUUCAUGCUUGAAAACCCACAAAUGUCGCUGAGUUAAAGAAGUUCUGCAUGCAAGAGUGGGCCAAAAUUCAUCCACAGCGAUGUGAGAGACUGAUCAACAACUACAGGAAGCAUUUGGUUGCAGUCAUUGCAGCUAAAAGUGGCACAACCAGUUAUUGAGAGUAAGGGGGCAAUUAAUUUUUCACACAGGGGAACUGGAUGUUGCAGAACUUUGUUAACCAAAAAAUAUAUAUUUAUUUAAUUAUUUGUAAACUCAGGUUCCCUUUAUCUAAUAUUAGGUUUUGGUUGACGAUCUGAUAACAUUCAGUAUCACAAAUAGAGAAAAUCACAAAGGGUGCAAAUAAUUUUUCUUGGCAUUGUAUAUUGGUGUACAUACAGUACACAUUAUGUUGAGUAGCCUAUGAAUGGCUGUGGUUGAGGUUAGAUCUGAGGAAUGGUCUCUACCAUCUGUGUCUGUGAUGCCUACUGUACAGUGGGGGGAAAAAGUAUUUAGUCAGCCACCAAUUGUGCAAGUUCUCCCACUUAAAAAGAUGAGAGAGGCCUGUAAUUUUCAUCAUAGGUACACGUCAACUAUGACAGACAAAUUGAGAAAAGAAAAUCCAGAAAAUCACAUUGUAGGAUUUUUAAUGAAUUUAUUUGCAAAUUAUGGUGGAAAAUAAGUAUUUGGUCACCUACAAACAAGCAAGAUUUCUGGCUCUCACAGACCUGUAACUUCUUCUUUAAGAGGCUCCUCUGUCCUCCACUCGUUACCUAUAUUAAUGGCACCUGUUUGAACUUGUUAUCAGUAUAAAAGACACCUGUCCACAACCUCAAACAGUCACACUCCAAACUCCACUAUGGCCAAGACCAAAGAGCUGUCAAAGGACACCAGAAACAAAAUUGUAGACCUGCACCAGGCUGGGAAGACUGAAUCUGCAAUAGGUAAGCAGCUUGGUUUGAAGAAAUCAACUGUGGGAGCAAUUAUUAGGAAAUGGAAGACAUACAAGACCACUGAUAAUCUCCCUCGAUCUGGGGCUCCACGCAAGAUCUCACCCCGUGGGGUCAAAAUGAUCACAAGAACGGUGAGCAAAAAUCCCAGAACCACACAGGGGGACCUAGUGAAUGACCUGCAGAGAGCUGGGACCAAAGUAACAAAGCCUACCAUCAGUAACACACUACGCUGCCAGGGACUCAAAUCCUGCAGUGCCAGACGUGUCCCCCUGCUUAAGCCAGUACAUGUCCAGGCCCGUCUGAAGUUUGCUAGAGUGCAUUUGGAUGAUCCAGAAGAGGAUUGGGAGAACGUCAUAUGGUCAGAUGAAACCAAAAUAUAACUUUUUGGUAAAAACUCAACUCAUCGUGUUUGGAGGACAAAGAAUGCUGAGUUGCAUCCAAAGAACACCAUACCUACUGUGAAGCAUGGGGGUGGAAACAUCAUGCUUUGGGGCUGUUUUUCUGCAAAGGGACCAGGACGACUGAUCCGUGUAAGGGAAAGAAUGAAUGGGGCCAUGUAUCGUGAGAUUUUGAGUGAAAACCUCCUAUCAGCAAGGGCAUUGAAGAUGAAACGUGGCUGGGUCUUUCAGCAUGACAAUGAUCCCAAACACACCGCCCGGGCAACGAAGGAGUGGCUUCGUAAGAAGCAUUUCAAGGUCCUGGAGUGGCCUAGCCAGUCUCCAGAUCUCAACCCCAUAGAAAAUCUUUGGAGGGAGUUGAAAGUCCGUGUUGCCCAGCGACAGCCCCAAAACAUCACUGCUCUAGAGGAGAUCUGCAUGGAGGAAUGGGCCAAAAUACCAGCAACAGUGUGUGAAAACCUUGUGAAGACUUACAGAAAACGUUUGACCUGUGUCAUUGCCAACAAAGGGUAUAUAACAAAGUAUUGAGAAACUUUUGUUAUUGACCAAAUACUUAUUUUCCACCAUAAUUUGCAAAUAAAUUCAUAAAAAAUCCUACAAUGUGAUUUUCUGGAUUAUUUUUUCUCAUUUUGUCUGUCAUAGUUGAAGUGUACCUAUGAUGAAAAUUACAGGCCUCUCUCAUCUUUUUAAGUGGAAGAACUUGCACAAUUGGUGGCUGACUAAAUACUUUUUUCCCCACUGUAUGGGCAGUGAUCUGGAGGGAGGGAGUGUAAGGAACAGAAAGUGAGAGGGAGGGACAGGGGCUCAGGAGUGAGAAAGUGAGAGAAAAAAAUAGAAAAGAGAGGCUGCCAGACAGAGAGACAAAACCAACAGAGAUAGACAGAGAACGACAAAGAUAGAGUGGCUGAGAUGGAUGGGAGGAAAAGAGAGGGAUGGAGAAAGAGAGCGCGAGCACAGACACGUAAAUAAUGUGAAGUAACAAGGUCUCAGUGGCUCCACAGUGGAGCUAACACCAGAAGGCUAUAUUUAGGUAGUUAAGACAGUAGACUUAAGACUUGUUUGCACAGGCAGCCCAGUCUUUCUUUAGACUGCUUCUGUCAUUCAUUAUUCUGUAACUUUAAAAACAAGGUACGUGAUGUUCCCGCCCGCUAACGUACUACUUCCAGGGAAUGACUUAUGACUCGGCUGAUGAUGAUGAUAUUUAGCAUGGAAUAGACAUCAGGAUUCAUUUGGAGCAAAAUAUUGGAAUGUUGCCUCCAUAAAACAAGGUCAAAGCAUAAGCAGGCAGCAGGGGUGUUUUAUACGUUUGGUUAACGCACGCUGCAGCUUUAUGCAUAAGCUAUAUGGAACCCGUCUCUGUUAGUCUUCUGUGGUAGUCUACAGAGACAUGAUCAGUGUGUUACCACAGUGUUCCUCAAACACGCUCACGCGCACACUCACACUCUCACAAGAGGGGUGUCUGUGGGCGCCUUGUGCUUCUGGCUGUUGUAUUUAUAAUUCAUGGGGCUCAGAUUUCCCAGCUCUCCUGGAAUCUGUAUUUGCAGACGUUUUUAUCUCGAUAUCAAAUCAUUUCUGGGUAACAAUUAAGUACCUUACUGUGAUUGUUUUCAAUUAAAAUGGUAAAAAAAAUAAUUAAAAAUAGCUUCUUAGCAAAGGGCAAUUUCUCAAGCAAGAACUUUGCUAGGACUGUCUGGGAGUGGUCUGAGUGGGGAGGGGGAAAAUCUAAACUAGCUGUUAUUGGCAGAGGUUUGCUGAAAUUUCAGGCAGGCUUUUCAAACAGCUCUUACACUAAAAGGGCAUUAUCAUAAUUUUCACAAUUUCACAGUACUAUUCCAACCUCAGAGUGUGGAAAUAUAUAUAACACACAGAAAAAUCACGUUUUUGACUGCACUGGGCCUUUAAAUAAGACCGUAUUGUUUCACUGUCUAAUCAGAGACUGAGAGGUGUCUGUCAGUGUCAGGCCUGAGACAGGGAGACAGAAGAGGUUGGCAUAUGUCUGUGUCAUUUGUGUUGGUUUUAUGUGUGUGUGUGUGUGUGUGUGUGUGUGUGUGUGUGUGUGUGUGUGUGUUAGUAUUUGUGUGUAGUGUUUGUGUUUGAAAUAGAAGGGAUCUGCAGGGUUCCAGUUUUAAUGACCAUCCAUGUGGUCACACAUCCACUGUAACCCUGUGUGUUCAUGUGCGUUUGCGUGCUAUAUAACCCCGCAGGAGGGGUGUGUGUGUGAGUGGGGUGGAUUAAUGCACUACUCUUAGCUGCUUACUCCACCCCCAGCUUAUCUGUCUGAAUCAGCCUGACAAACUGUCCUCUCUUCAGGAACAUUACAGUCACAGAUUGCCAAAGAGAGAUGGAGAGAGGGAGAUGGAGAGAGAGAUGGAGGGAGUGUCAGAAGAGGGGAGGGGAGGAAGGAGAGAACCAGGGCAGAGGGGGAGAGGGGAAGGGACGAGCAUAGAAUUGUAAAAUGAAUGCUCCCCAGUAAGCUAACCGUCUCUAAGACAUAUGAUAGUGUGAGCUGAGGAUUUAGGGAGAAAGAAAAGGGUCCAGAUGUAGCUGAGGAUUGUGGCUGUUUUAAGAGUCUUAAACCUGCCUGGACUGUCUGAUAACAUGCAGGAACACAGCAGAACACACAUCUUCACAAAGAUUGGCUGCUGGUGGCACCAUCAACAUAUGCCUCCUCAUACUAGGCCCAAUGAGAAAGGCUACUCCAAGGUCAAUCCAUUUUGGUUGGUUAUUUCUCCAACUCUGAUGAUGAAUCAAUUUCCCUAUGUGGAGUUAAUACAGAGCUAAAAGUCAGACCUCGCUAGUCUUAAGGACAUGUGAGAACAGCUUGCUAAUGAAUUUAUUAAUACACUGAUGGUAUCUGUUGCUGUGGGAGGAGAGAGAAAGAAGUGGAGAGAAAGGCACACCUGAGGGACGCUGAUAAACAGUGCAGUCUACGUACACGCACACACCAUUUAGCCAAAUCACCUUGGAUUAGAUGCACUCCACAAGUCUGGAGAUUUAACAGAAUAGUAAAGACACUGGCUGGCUGGCGAGACUCUGACACUCACUCAACACGAUGAGUCACACUGAAAUGGAGGGAGGGAGAAAGAGAGAGAGAGAGAGAGAGAGAGAAAAAUAUGAAGGACUGACUGCUUUAUGCAUUGGUUGCUCAGAUGACUGUGUGUUAGAGAAGGGAAUAGAAAGCCUGAGUGGGGGUGAUGUUGUCGAUGGUUUAGGACUAUCACAUGACUAGAGAUUAGUUAGCCAAACAGACAUCGUCUCACUACAGUGACCCAGCAGGGUCUAGCGUGAGGGCCCAACACACUCACACACACACCCAGCCACAUGGUGGAUCCUCGCCAUCCAGUUAACGCACACGCGCACACACACACACACACACACACACACACAGGCAAACCUAUAUACUGCGACAUACACCCUCAUCUCUGUCUCACCCUCUCUUUCUGUCUGUCGCUCUGCCACAUGUCGUGCACAAGCUGCUCCAGACUGACACAAAUAUACACAUGCAUACACCAGGUAUUAUACACAUAGCGCUCAAUGAGAAUGCCCUGACACGAGAGGGAGAUUAUAUAAUGGUGGUCGGUGGGGGAGUAGGAGGGGGACGGGGGGCUGACAGUCAGGCAGGCAGCUAGGAAGAUGAAGCCAUUUAAGAAACAGAACAGAGAAACAUGCACAAUGCUACAACAACACUGCUCUGCUCUGCUAUCUGUUUGUAGGAGAUCAGCCUUGAUCAGUCCCCUGUAGCUCAGUUGGUAGAGCAUGGCGCUUGCAACGCCAGGGUUGUGGGUUCGUUUCCCAUGGGGGGCCAGUAUGAAAAUGUAUGCACUCACUAACUGUAAGUCGCUCUGGAUAAGAGCGUUUGCUAAAUGACUAAAAUGUUAAAUGUAAGAACAGCUCUGUGGCUGCCUGCUGUUGUUUUGUAGUGUGGGCCUCUUAGCUAGCUCAGCUUCUCUUUUUUCACCUGGGAUCAUAAGCCUGCAUGGGGAUUUUAGCGUUGUUCUUUUAUACGGCUGAGAAUGAUAGUACAUCCUUGGAAUAGUAUGUCUGGAGAGUUAUAGGAAUGUGAACCAUUCAAAUGAAUGAGGGUAGAUUAGAUUAUUGAGAAUAUGCAGGACAUGACAGAGAUGUAUUUUGGUGUGGUUAAGCUGGACAGAUUCCUUGUAGUGCAGUGUGUUGCAUGCUAAGGAUCAUGUGUGGAUGGUAUAGUAUCUUGAUCUUUCAUGCCAUUUAAUUAAUUCAGCCUGCCUCUCUAUCAGUGUUGACUUUGCCUGAGGAGUAUCCUCACACAGACAGACAGACAGACAGACACACACACACACAUUAAGACAUAUUCUUUAUAAAUCCAUGCAUAUUAUAAAAUACAUAAAUAUACACUGAGUGUACAAAACAUUAAGGACACCUGCUCUUUCCAUGACAUAGACUGACCAGAUUAAUCCAAAGCUAUGAUCCCUUAUUGAUGUCACUUGUUAAAUCCACUUCAAUCAGUGUAGAUGAAGGAGAAGAGACAGGAGUUUUAAGUCUUGAGAUAAAUGAGACAUGGGUUGUGUAUUAGGAAGGUUCUUAAUGUUUGGUAUACUCUGUGUAUAUGUUCAUUACAGUACUCCAUUCCCACAUUGUUCACCUCUCUGCAUGGGUCCAGCAAUGGUGGUUCUCUAUAGAGCCUUAUACACAGUGUCUUUCAGCCUAUAGCAUGCUAUGUAGAGUAUUCUAAAGCCUUUACAUAGUCCUUAUUCAUCCAUACAGACUGCUCUGUGAAGAGGCUUACAUUGUCCAGUACAUGGCUACAUUAGCAUACUGGUCCUCAGAACCUACUUAUCUAAUAUGAGAGAGAGAAUUAAUAGGAAUGGUUAGAGAGAGAGAAUUAAAAGGAAUGGUUAGAGUGCAAGAGAAAAAGAGAGAGAUGGGGAAUGGAUGGAGAGGUAGAGGGAGGGAGGACAUGAUGAGGAGAGAUGGCACAAAAGAACAUGGCUUUUAUGAUGCUGGAGAGAGGAGAGGAUUCAGAGAUGGACAAAGGAAGGAAGGCUCAAGAGGACCGUGUGUGUGUACUGUGUGAGCGUGUGUGUGUACUGUGUGAGCGUGUAUGUCUACUGUGUGAGUGUGUGUGUACUGUGUGAGCAUGUGUGUCUACUGUGUGAGCGCGCGUGUGUGCAUGCAUCGUACGUGUGUGUGUGUGAGAGAGAGAAACAGAUAGAGAUACGCCAGAGAGAGAGAGUGAUCAAGAGAUGGAGAGAGAUAGAAAGAGAUUCUGAGAGGGCGAGAAGAGACAAAGACAGAGAGAGUGAUACAGAGACAGAGGAAGGGGGAGGGAGGGAGUGAGAGAGAGAGGGGGGGGGGGGGGGGGGGGGAGAGAGGGAGAGAGGGAGAAGUCAGGAUGGAAAUCAUUCUCAGUGCUGUUCAUGUGCCUGCUGAGACUGGCUAUGUCACAAUGAUCCCCCGUCUCUCCAGCCCGGGAUGGAAGUUAUUACUGUGUACACACACCCACACUGGUGCUGAGACAGACAAACACAGCCUCAUACACACAGACACUGACAACGACAUACACACAUUCACAUUUCCACCAUGCACACAUGAACAGACCCACACACACCUGAUCACCUGAUUAUAUUUAAUCUAUUACCUCUGUGUACUUAUUGAAUGUUGUUGUUUCUCUCUCCCUACAGUACUAUGAGAUGUCCUAUGGGCUGAACAUAGAGAUGCACAAGCAGGUAAGUGAGACGUUACUGUAUGUCAGUAUUACUGUGUGUGUUGUCUGUGUCUGGUCUCUUCCAGUAAUGGUCUUUACAGGGAGCAGCAUAGGGCAGACACCACAGUCACCAUCCCUCUCAGCCCUUUCUGACACAAGCCACUCUCUCUAUCACACACACACACCCUCAAACUGUUUCACACUCAUGAACUGUAGUAUUUAUCAUACUCUCUGAAAGAGUGUGUGUUCGUCGCAGUAGGGUGUUUGUGUGUGUGUGCGUUCGUUCGUUCGUUUGGUGUGUGUGAGCAGCAGAGUCCUGGCAGGCACCCCACGUCCCUUUCUGUGUGCGUUGUGGCGCAUUAUCCACUUGACUGACGUCUUCAUUCAAGGUGACUUACAGGCUCAUUCUACUCCAUCGUCACGGAGAGCAGUGAAACUGUCCGGUGGUGUUUAGCAGUCCACAUACUGGACCCAGAUCCAGAGCUAGGCACAGAACCAAACGGACCCAGAACCAUAGUGAAUAUGUGCCGUUAGCCAGUAGCCAGGCAGGCAGGGCAAAGCUCCACUGUCAGCUCUACUGUCACCACAGAGGAGACAUGAACAGAGAUAUGCCUGUGCUACUCUAGAAACAGAGGAAUUGAGGGAGGGAGAGGAAGAAUGGGGGGGGGGAAUGAGAGUGACGAAGAGAGCAGCUGAGGAGAGAGAGAGGGGGAGGGAGCCUGCUGGCAGGGGACACGGGAGAAGGAGGGCUGAGACAGGGAAAAGAGAGAGGGGGAGAGAGAGGUGAUGAGCAAGAGAGCGAAAGAGAUACAUUUGAGAGAGAACAGAGAGAGGGUGAGGGGAAAUUAAAUAGUGUGAUAUGAGAGAGAAAAAGAGAUAGUAAAAAAAGAGAGAGAAAGGAUGAGCCAGAGAGAAAGGAUGAGCCAGAGAGAGAGAAAGGAUGAGCCAGAGAGACUGAGAGAGAGAAAGGAUGAGCCAGAGAGAGAGAAAGGAUGAGCCAGAGAGAGAAAGGAUGAGAGAGAGAGAGAGAGAGAGAAAGGAUGAGCCGGAGAGAGAGAAAGGAUGAGCCGGAGAGCGAGAAAGGAUGAGCCGGAGAGCGAGAAAGGAUGAGCCAGAGAGAGAGAAAGGAUGAGAGAGAGAGAGAGAGAAAGCAUGAGCCAGAGAGAGACAAAGGAUGAGCCAGAGAGAGAAAGGAUGAGAGAGAGAGAAAGGAUGAGCCAGAGAGAGAAAGGAUGGGAGAGAGAGAGAGAGAAAGGAUGAGCCAGGGAGAGAAAGGAUGAGCCAGAGAGAGAGAAAGGAUGAGCCAGGAGAGAAAGGAUGAGAGAGAGAGAAAGAAUGAGCCGGAGAGAGAGAGAAAGAAUGAGCCAGAGAAAGAGAAAGGAUGAGAGCAAGAGCGAAAGGAUGAGCCAGAGAGAGAGAAAGGAUGAGCCAGAGAGAGAGAACGGAUGAGCCAGAGAGAGAGAAAGGAUGAGCCAGAGAGAGAGAGAAAGGAUGAGCCAGAGAGAGAGAGAGAGAGAGAAAGGAUGAGACAGAGAGAGAGAGAGAAAGGAUGAGCCAGAGAGAGAAAGGAUGAGCCAGAGAGAGCGAGAGAGAGGAUGAGCCAGAGAGAGAGAGAGAGAAAGGAUGAGAGAGAGAGAAAGGAUGAGCCAGAGAGAGAGAAAGGAUGAGCCAGAGAGAGAGAGAGAAAGGAUGAGAGAGAGAGAAAGGAUGAGCCAGAGAGAGAGAGAAAGGAUGAGCCAGAGAGAGGGUGAAAGUCAAAAAAAAAAAAAAGAGCAAGAGUGCACCAAGAAACGACAAGGGGAGCUUUGAGCUCUAGCAAGGAAUAAUGAAUCAUGAAUAGAUUUAACAGUAUCUGCUCUUAGUUCCUCUCUUCCCAGCCUCAACCGUGUGCCAUUACUCUCCUCCUUAUCACAUGCGGGGCCAUCACGUGGUGUGCUGCUGCCAUUAAUUGAGCCAUCAAGCAGUCACUCGCUGUCUACAGGAGUCAGUAGUCCCUUUAGCUUCUACUGAUCAGGGAGGGGUGUAUAGGGAGGAUUUGGAGGGAAUGAGCCAUCUGCCACCAGGGCUGCUCAUACCAACUGAUCUGAUAGUAUAUGUCUGUGUGUGUGUGUGUGUGUGUUCUGUCUGCCCCUCCCUCCCUUCCUGCCGUGGAGAUGGUGAUCACUGAUCAGCCAUGGCAUCAUGGUGGCUUCAACACAGCAGGCGCGGCACAACACACACCUUCCUGCCUCACUGGGAGAGAGAGGAGGACAACUGAUAUGUAGGAACACUGACACCUUAGUUUAAUGGAGUUACAUACAGUGGGGAAAAAAAGUAUUUAGUCAGCCACCAAUUGUGCAAGUUCUCCCACUUAAAAAGAUGAGAGAGGCCUGUAAUUUUCAUCAUAGGUACACGUCAACUAUGACAGACAAAAUGAGAAAAAAAAUCCAGAAAAUCACAUUGUAGGAUUUUUAAUGAAUUUAUUUGCAAAUUAUGGUGGAAAAUAAGUAUUUGGUCAAUAACAAAAGUUUCUCAAUACUUUGUUUUAUACCCUUUGUUGGCAAUGACACAGGUCAAACGUUUUCUGUAAGUCUUCACAAGGUUUUCACACACUGUUGCUGGUAUUUUGGCCCAUUCCUCCAUGCAGAUCUCCUCUAGAGCAGUGAUGUUUUGGAGCUGUCGCUGGGCAACACGGACUUUCAACUCCUUCCAAAGAUUUUCUAUGGGGUUGAGAUCUGGAGACUGGCUAGGCCACUCCAGGACCUUGAAAUGCUUCUUACGAAGCCACUCCUUCGUUGCCCGGGCGGUGUGUUUGGGAUCAUUGUCAUGCUGAAAGACCCAGCCACGUUUCGUCUUCAAUGCCCUUGCUUUUCACUCAAAAUCUCACGAUACAUGGCCCCAUUCAUUCUUUCCUUUACACGGAUCAGUCGUCCUGAUCCCUUUGCAGAAAAACAGCCCCAAAGCAUGAUGUUUCCACCCCCAUGCUUCACAGUAGGUAUGGUGUUCUUUGAAUGCAACUCAGCAUUCUUUGUCCUCCAAACACGACGAGUUGAGUUUUUACCAAAAAGUUCUAUUUUGGUUUCAUCUGACCAUAUGACAUUCUCCCAAUCCUCUUCUGGAUCAUCCAAAUGCACUCUAGCAAACUUCAGACGGGCCUGGACAUGUACUGGCUUAAGCAGGGGGACACGUCUGGCACUGCAGGAUUUGAGUCCCUGGCGGCGUAGUGUGUUACUGAUGGUAGGCUUUGUUACUUUGGUCCCAGCUCUCUGCAGGUCAUUCACUAGGUCCCCCCGUGUGGUUGUGGACAGGUGUCUUUUAUACUGAUAACAAGUUCAAACAGGUGCCAUUAAUACAGGUAACGAGUGGAGGACAGAGGAGCCUCUUAAAGAAGAAGUUACAGGUCUGUGAGAGCCAGAAAUCUUGCUUGUUUGUAGGUGACCAAAUACUUAUUUUCCACCAUAAUUUGCAAAUAAAUUCAUUAAAAAUCCUACAAUGUGAUUUUCUGGAUUUUUUUUUCUCAAUUUGUCUGUCAUAGUUGACGUGACCUAUGAUGAAAAUUACAGGCCUCUCUCAUCUUUUUAAGUGGGAGAACUUGCACAAUUGGUGGCUGACUAAAUACUUUUUUCCCCCACUCUAUGUAGUGUUAUACAGGAAAUGUCGGCAGCAAUAAAGUCAUAUCAUCGCGUGUGAAGUUUUAGGUCUGCAGACAGCUAGUUAUAUAUUCCAUGCUAUACAGUCGUGGUCAAAAGUUUUGAGAACGACACAAAUAUUAAUUUUCACAAAGUCUGCUGCCUCAGUUUUUAUUAUGGCAAUUUGCAUUUACUCCAGAAUGUUAUGAAGAGUGAUCAGAUGAAUUGCAAUUAAUUGCAAAGUCCCUAUUUGCCAUGUAAAUGAACUUAAUCCCCAAAAAACAUUUCCACAGCAUUUCAGCCCUGCCACAAAAGGACCAGCUGCCAUCAUGUCAGUGAUUCUCUCGUUAACACAGGUGAGAGAGUUGACGAGGACAAGGCUGGAGAUCACUCUGUCAUGCUGAUUGAGUUAGAAUAACAGACUUUAAAAGGAGGGUGGUGCUUGAAAUCAUUGUUCUUCCUCUGUUAACCAUGGUUACCUGCAAGGAAACACGUGCCAUCAUCAUUGCUUUGCACAAAAAGGGCUUCACAGGCAAGGAUAUUGCUUCUAGUAAGAUUGCACCUAAAUCAACCAUUUAUCGGAUCAUCAAGAACUUCAAGGAGAGAGGUUCAAUUGUUGUCCUAUUUGUAAGUCGCUCUGGAUAAGAGCGUCUGCUAAAUGACGUAAAUGUAAAUGUAAAUGUUGUGAAGAAGGCUUCAGGGCGCCCAAGAAAGUCUAGCAAACACCAGGAUCGUCUCCUAAAGUUGAUUCAGCUGCGGGAUUGGGGCACCACCAGUGCAGAGCUUGCUCAGGAAUGGCAGCAGGCAGGUGUGAGUGCAUAUGCACGCACAGUGAAGCAAAUACUUUUGGAGGAUGGCCUGGUGUCAAGAAGGGCAGCGAGGAAGCCACUUCUCUCCAGGAAAAACAUCAGGGACAGACUGAUAUUCUGCAAAGGGUACAGGGAUUGGACUGCUGAGGACUGGGGAAAGUCAUUUUCUCUGAUGAAUCCCCUUUCCGAUUGUUUGGGGCAUCCGGAAAAAAGCUUGUCCGGAGAGGACUACCAUCAGUCCUGUGUCAUGCCAACAGUAAAGCAUCCUGAGACCAUUCAUGUGUGGGGUUGCUUCUCAGCCAAGGGAGUGGGCUCACUCACAAUUUUUUCUAAGAACACAGCCAUGAAUAAAGAAUGGUACCAACACAUCCUCCAAGAGCAACUUCUCCCAACCAUCGAAGAACAGUUUGGUGACGAACAAUGCCUUUUCCAGCAUGAUGGAGCACCUUGCCAUAAGGCAAAAGUGAUAACUAAGUGGCUCGGGGAACAAAACAUCGACAUUGUGGGUCCAUGGCCAGGAAACUCCCCAGACCUUAAUCCCAUUGAGAACUAGUGGUCAAUCCUCAAGAGGCGGGUGGACAAACAAAAACCCACAAACUCCAAGCAUUGAUUAUGCAAGAAUGGGCUGGCAUCAGUCAGGAUGUGGUCCAGAAGUUAAUUGACAGCAUGCCAGGGCGGAUUGCAGAGGUCUUGAAAAAGAAGGGUCAACACUGCAAAUAUUGACUCUUUGCAUAAACUUAAUGUAAUUGUCAAUAAAAGCCUUUGACACUUAUGGAAUGCUUGUAAUUAUACUUCAGUAUACCAUAGUAACAUCUGACAAAAAUAUCUAAAAACACUGACGCAGCAAACUUUGUGAAGACCAAUCCUUGUGUCAUUCUCAAAACUUUUGACCACGACUGUACAUUCUCAGAAGGCUCAGGGAUAUGGUGGUAUACAGUGCAUUUGGAAAGUAUUCAGACCCUUUCCCUUUUUCCACAUUUUGUUACAUUGCAGCCUUAUUCUAAAAUGGAUUAAAUUAAAACAUAUCCUCAAUCUACACACAAUACCCCAUAAUGACAAAGCAAAAACAGGUUUUUAGAAAUGUUUUCAAAUUUAUUAAAAAUGAAAAACAUUAAGUAUUCAGACCCUUUGCUAUGAGACUCGAAAUUGAGCUCAGGUGCAUCCUGUUUCCAUUGAUCAUCCUUGAGAUGUUUCUACAACUUGACUGGAGUCCACCUGUGGUAAAUUCAAUUGAUUGGACAUGAUUUGGAAAGGCACACACCUGUCUAUAUAAAGGUCCCACAGUUGACAGUGCAUGUCAGAGCAAAAACCAAACAAUAAGGUCGAAGGAAUUGUCCGUAGAGCUCCGAGACAGGAUUGUGUCGAGGCACAGAUCUGGGGAAGGGUACCAAAACAUUUCUGCAGCAUUGAAGGUCCCCAAGAACACAGUGGCCUCCAUCAUUCUUCAAUGGAAGAAGUUUAGACCCACCAAGACUCUUCCUAGAGCUUGCCGCCCGGCCAAACUGAGCAAUCGGGGGAAAAGGGCCUUGGUCAGGGAGGUGACCAAGAACCCGAUAGUCACUCUGAUAGAGCUCCAGAGUUCCUCUGUGGAGAUGGGAGAACCUUCCAGAAGGACAACCAUCUCUGCAGCACUCCACCAAUCAGGCCUUUAUGGUAGAGUGGCCAGACGGAAGCCACUCCUCAGUAAAAGGCACAUGACAGCCCGCUUGGAGUUUGCCAAAAGGCACCUAAAGGACUCUCAGACCAUGAGAAACAAGAUUCUUUGGUCUGAUGAAACCAAGAUUGAACUCUUUGGCCUGAAUGCCAAGCGUCACGUCUGGAGGAAACCUGGCACCAUCCCUACGGUGAAGCAUGGUGGUGGCAGCAUCAUGCUGUGGGGAUGUUUUUCCUUCGGUAGGGACUGAGAGACUAAUCAGGAUCGAGGGAAAAAUGAACGGAGCAAAGUACAGAGAGAUCCUUGAUGAAAACUUGCUCCAGAGUGCUCAGGACCUCAGACUGGGGCGAAGGUUCACCUUCCAACAGGACAACAACCCUAAGCACACAGCCAAGACAACGCAGGAGUGGCCUCGGGACAAGUCUCUGAAUGUCCUUGAGUGACCCAGCCAGAGCCCGGACUUGAACUCAAUCGAACAUCUCUGGAGAGACCUGAAAAUAGCUGUGCAGCGACGCUCCCCAUCCAACCUGACAGAGCUUGAGAGGAUCUGCAGAGAAGAAUAAUGAAUCUAGUACUGAAAUUAUAAGCUACAGCUAACACUGCAGUGCAUAAAAUGUGGUGAGUAGUUGACUCAAAGUGAGAGAAAUGAAUUUCUUCCAAAAUUUGAGAGAGAGAGAGAGAGAGAAAUAACUACCGUGGGAUAUGCGUCAACAGCAGACUACUUCAUUUCCUCAGUGAAAACAAUGUACUGAGCAAAUGUCAAAUUCGCUUUUUACCAAAUUACCACACGACAGACCACGUAUUCACCCUGCACACCCUAAUUGACAAACAAAGGCAUAGUCUUCUCAUGCUUUGUUGAUUUCAAAAAAGCUUUUGACUCAAUUUGGCAUGAGGGUCUGCUAUACAAAUUGAUGGAAAGUGGGGUUGGGGGAAAAACAAACGACAUUAUAAAAUCCAUGUACACAAACAACAAGUGUGCCGGUUAAAAUUGGCAGAAAACACACACAUUUCUUUCCACGGGGCCGUGGGGUGAGACAGGGAUGCAGUUUAAGCCCCACCCUCUUCAACAUAUACAGUGAGGGAAGAAAGUAUUUGAUCCCCUGCUGAUUUUGUACGUUUGCCCACUGACAAAGAAAUGAUCAGUCUAUAAUUUUAAUGGUAGGUUUAUUUGAACAGUGAGAGACAGAAUAACAACAAAAAAAUCCAGAAAAAUGCAUGUCAAAAAUGUUAUGAAUUGAUUUGCAUUUUAAUGAGGGAAAUAAGUAUUUGACCCCUCUGCAAAACAUGACUUAGUACUUGGUGACAAAACCCUUGUUGGCAAUCACAGAGGUCAGACGUUUCUUGUAGUUGGCCACCAGGUUUGCACACAUCUCAGGAGGGAUUUUGUCCCACUCCUCUUUGCAGAUCUUCUCCAAGUCAUUAAGGUUUCAAGGCUGACAUUUGGCAACUCGAACCUUCAGCUCCCUCCACAGAUUUUCUAUGGGAUUAAGGUCUGGAGACUGGCUAGGCCACUCCAGGACCUUAAUGUGCUUCUUCUUGAGCCACUCCUUUGUUGCCUUGGCCGUGUGUUUUGGGUCAUUGUCAUGCUGGAAUACCCAUCCACGACCCAUUUUCAAUGCCCUGGCUGAGGGAAGGAGGUUCUCACCCAAGACUUGACGGUACAUGGCCCCGUCCAUCGUCCCUUUGAUGCGGUGAAGUUGUCCUGUCCCCUUAGCAGAAAAACACCCCCAAAGCACAAUGUUUCCACCUCCAUGUUUGACGGUGGGGAUGUUGUUCUUGGGGUCAUAGGCAGCAUUCCUCCUCCUCCAAACACGGCGAGUUGAGUUGAUGCCAAAGACCUCCAUUUUGGUCUCAUCUGACCACAACACUUUCACCCAGUUCUCCUCUGAAUCAUUCAGAUGUUCAUUGGCAAACUUCAGACAGGCAUGUAUAUGUGCUUUCUUGAGCAGGGGGACCUUGCGGGCGCUGCAGGAUUUCAGUCCUUCACGGCGUAGUGUGUUACCAAUUGUUUUCUUGGUGACUAUGGUCCCAGCUGCCUUGAGAUCAUUGACAAGAUCCUCCCGUGUAGUUCUGGGCUGAUUCCUCACCGUUCUCAUGAUCAUUGAAACUCCACAAGGUGAGAUCUUGCAUGGAGCCCCAGGCCGAGGGAGAUUGACAGUUAUUUUGUGUUUCUUCCAUUUGCAAAUAAUCGCACCAACUGUUGUCACCUUCUCACCAAGCUGCUUGGUGAUGGUCUUGUAGCCCAUUCCAGCCUUGUGUAGGUCUAAAAUCUUGUCCCUGACAUCCUUGGAGAGCUCUUUGGUCUUGGCCAUGGUGGAGAGUUUGGAAUCGGAUUGAUUGAUUGCUUCUGUGGACAGGUGUCUUUUAUACAGAUAACAAGCUGAGAUUAGGAGCACUCCCUUUAAGAGUGUGCUCCUAAUCUCAGCUCGUUACCUGUAUAAAAGACACCUGGGAGCCAGAAAACUGUCUGAUUGAGAGGGGGUCAAAUACUUUUUUCUCUCAUUAAAAUGCAAAUCAAUUGAUAAAAUUUUUGACAUGCGUUUUUCUGGAUAUUUUUGUUGUUAUUCUGUCUCUCAUUGUUCAAAUAAACCUACCAUUAAAAUUAUAGACUGAUCAUUUCUUUGUCAGUGGGCAAACAUACAAAAUCAGCAGGGGAUCAAAUACUUUUUCCCCUCACUGUAUAUCAACGAAUUGGCGAGGGCACUAGAACAGUCUGCAGCACCCGGCCUCACCCUACUAGAAUCUGAAGUCAAAUGUCUACUGUUUGCUGAUGAUCUGGUGCUUCUGUCACCAACCAAGGAGGGCCUACAGCAGCACCUAGAUAUUCUGCACAGAUUCUGUCAGACCUGAGCCCUGACAGUAAUUCUCAGUAAGACAAAAAGAAUGGUGUUCCAAAAAAGGUCCAGUUGCCAGGACCACAAAUAUAAAUUCAUCUAGACACUGUUGCCCUAGAGCACACAAAAAACUAUACAUACCUCUGCCUAAACAUCAGCGCCACAGGUAAUGUGGUGAAUUAUUAUUAAUGAACUGUAGAGUUUAAUGGACUAUGAGGUAGAACUGGGUUAAUCAAUAACAUAGAGUUAGAUUUCUUUGUUACUGGGCCAGGAUUGAAUUGGGUCAUUUUACUGUGUGUGUGGGGUUUGUGUAUGUUUCAAGGAUUUAGGGCCUUGUCAUGUUUAAACUAAACAUGAGUGUGUGUGCAAGACAGGGGAGUGAGUUAUUGGUUGGAGUAUUAUGUGCAUAAUAAAAGUUGAGUUUAGCCGCCCUCAGAGACAAAGGAAGUGGGCGGAGCAAUAAAAGAGCGGGAAACUGAAGAGGGGAUAUAUAAGUUGGAGGGAGAGAGUAAGAGGGGUUUCCAAUCUGCAGAUUGACCUGGCUGUGUUGAAUUAAAAAUAAAGUCAUUCUUGAUGCAACAAAAACUCUGUAAGAACUUUGAUUUUUAAUAAAGUAUAGUGGUUAUUUUCCACAACAGUAACUUCCACAAAGCUGUGAACGAUCUGAGAGACAAGGCAAGAAGGGCCUUCUAUGCCAUCAAAAGGAACAUAAGAUUUGACAUAUCAAUUAGGAUCUGGCUAAAAAUACUUGAAUCAGUCAUAGAACCCAUUGCCCUUUAUGGUUGUGAGGUCUGGGGUCUGCUCACCAACCAAGAAUUCACAAAAUGGGACAAACACCAAAUUGAGACUCUGCAUGCAGAAUUCUGCAAAAAUAUCCUCAGUGUACAACGAAAAACACAAAAUAAUGCAUGCAGAGCAGAAUUAGGCCGAUACCCGCUAAUUAUCAAAAUCCAGAAAAGAGCCGUUAAAUUCUAUAACCACUUAAACGGAAGCGAUUCCCAAACCUUCCAUAACAAAGCCAUCACCAACAGAGAGAUGAACUUGGAGAAGUGUCCCCUAAGUAAGCUGGUCCUGGGGCUCUGUUCACAAACACAAACAUACCCCACAGAGCCCCAGGACAACAACAACAACACAAUUAGACCUAACCAAAUCAUGAGAAAACAAAAAGAGAAUUACUUGACACAUUGGAAAGAAUUAACAAAAAAACAGAGCAAACUAGAACGCUAUUUAGCUCUAAACAGAGAGUACACAGUGGCAGAAUACCUGACCACUGUUACUGACCCAAACUUAAGGAAAGCUUUGAGCUAUGUACAUACUCAGUGAGCAUAGCCUUGCUAUUGAGAAAGGCCACCGUAGGCAGACCUGGCUCUCAAGAGAAGACAGACAAUGUGCACACUGCCCACAAAAUGAGGUGGAAACUGAGCUGCACUUCCUAACCUCCUGCCAAAUGUAUGGCCAUAUUAGAGACACAUAUUUCCCUCAGAUUACAGAGAUCCACAAAGAAUUUGAAAACAAACCCAAUUUUGAUAAACUCCCUUAUCUACUGGGUGAAAAACCAGCGUGCCAUCACGCUGGUUUUAGAGCCCGUAGAUACAGUGAGGGAAAAAAGUAUUUGAUCCCCUGCUGAUUUUGUACGUUUGCCCACUGACAAAGAAAUGAUCAGUCUAUAAUUUUAAUGGUAGGUUUAUUUGAACAGUGAGAGACAGAAUAACAACAAAGAAAUCCAGAAAAAUGCUUGUAAAAAAAUGUAUACAUUGAUUUGCAUUUUAAUUAGGGAAAUAAGUAUUUGUCCACUUAGGAAGCAACACUGAAUGACAAUAAAUGUCACAUGCUGUUGUGCAAAUGGAAUAGACAACAGGUGGAAAUUAUAGGCAAUUAGCAAGACACCCCCAAUAAAGGACUGGUUUUGCAGGUGGUGACCACAGACCACUUCUCAGUUCCUAUGCUUCCUGGCUGAUGUUUUGGUCACUUUUGAAUGCUGGCGGUGCUUUCACUCUAGUGGUAGCAUGAGACGGAGUCUACAACCCACACAAGUGGCUCAGGUAGUGCAGCUCAUCCAGGAUGGCACAUCAAUGCGAGCUGUGGCAAGAAGGUUUGCUGUGUCUGUCAGCGUAGUGUCCAGAGCAUGGAGGCGCUACCAGGAGACAGGCCAGUACAUCAGGAGACAUGGAGGAGGCCGUAGGAGGGCAACAACCCAGCAGCAGGACUGCUACCUCCGCCUUUGUGCAAGGAGGAGCAGGAGGAGCACUGCCAGAGCCCUGCAAAAUGACCUCCAGCAGGCCACAAAUGUGCAUGUGUCUGCUCAAACGGUCAGAAACAGACUCCAUGAGGGUGGUAUGAGGGCCCGACGUCCACAGGUGGGGGUUGUGCUUACAGCCCAACAGCGUGCAGGACGUUUGGCAUUUGCCAGAGAACACCAAGAUUGGCAAAUUCGCCACUGGCGCCCUGUGCUCUUCACAGAUGAAAGCAGGUUCACACAGCACAUGUGACAGACGUGACAGAGUCUGGAGACGCCGUGGAGAACGUUCUGCUGCCUGCAACAUCCUCCAGCAUGACCGGUUUGGCGGUGGGUCAGUCAUGGUGUGGGGUGGCAUUUCUUUGGGGGGCCGCACAGCCCUCCAUGUGCUCACCAGAGGUAGCCUGAUUGCCAUUAGGUACCGAGAUGAGAUCCUCAGACCCCUUGUGAGACCAUAUGCUGGUGCGGUUGGCCCUGGGUUCCUCCUAAUGCAAGACAAUGCUAGACCUCAUGUGGCUGGAGCAGUUCCUGCAAGAGGAAGGCAUUGAUGCUAUGGACUGGCCCACCCGUUCCCCAGACCUGAAUCCAAUUGAGCACAUCUGGGACAUCAUGUCUCGCUCCAUCCACCAACGCCACGUUGCACCACAGACUGUCCAGGAGUUGGCGGAUGCUUUAGUCCAGGUCUGGGAGGAGAUCCCUCAGGAGACCAUCCGCCACCUCAUCAGGAGCAUGCCCAGGCGUUGUAGGGAGGUCAUACAGGCACGUGGAGGCCACACACACUACUGAGCCUCAUUUUGACUUGUUUUAAGGACAUUACAUCAAAGUUGGAUCAGCCUGUAGUGUGGUUUUCCACUUUAAUUUUGAGGGUGACUCCAAAUCCAGACCUCCAUGGGUUGAUACAUUUGAUUUCCAUUUAUCAUUUUUGUGUGAUUUUGUUGUCAGCACAUUCGACUAUGUAAAGAAAAAAAGUAUUUAAUAAGAUUAUUUCAUUCAUUCAGAUCUAGGAUGUGUUAUUUUAGUGUUCCCUUUAUUUUUUUGAGCAGUGUAUAUACAAUGAGCAAAGUGAUCAUGCUGUUUUUAUGUGACUGCUAUGAAAGCCAACUGUGUUUGCGUGUGAUCAGGGGUGUAUUCAUUCUUAAAUGAAACGGGUAUAAACAUAUUUGAAUUUGUCUAAUAGAAACUCUCAUUUGCAACUGUUGGACUAAUGAUUACACCCUAGAUCAGCUCGAUCACAGGAGGCUGAUUCAGGUAUGGUAUAUCAUACACUGCAGUUGAGGAACAAUGGGAAAGUAAUUCUGCUUUAAAAGUUGAUAAACUUGUAACCCCACUUUUGAGAAAAUGGCCCUUGAAAGUUUUGGUACACCUACUGGAGAGCUCUUCUUUGUUUACACCGAUUCAGCAUCGUUCACACCCUCUUAAGCCUCAGCUCAUCCAUCUUUAAGGAUUCACUUGAGGCCAUGUGCUAAACAGAGUGAGUAAGGUAGUGUAGUAAACAACCAAAGAUAUCAAAACUUAAAGUGGUGAAAGUAGUGAAAGUAGAAGCAUAAAUACACUAUCUAGUCCUUGGCCUAUAUCCUAAUCUAACUUUGGUGCAGGUCAUGUUGUUCUUCACAUUACCGUCUCUGGUAAACACACACGAUAUCAAAUAAAAUCAAAGUUUAUUUGUCACAUGCACAGGAUACAGAAGGUGUAAACGGUACAGUGAAAUGGUUACUUGCAUAGUAGCAAUAUCAAAAUAGAAAGUGUCCAGAUAAAUAUUGUAUAAAUAUUUUAUAAUUAUUAGAUGAUUCUUACCCAGACACACUUGUCUAAAUUGAUGGGUCAUGUGAAAGAAAUGCUAUAACCACCCCACAGCCACUAUUGUCCAGACAUGUACACAUGUUCAUGAAAUAUAAUAGAUGACCGUAAUCACCCCCAGACACACCUGGCUAACCUGAUGGGUCGGUCAUGUAAUCAUCUGGUGAAGUGGAGUCUUUUGUUUAGAUAUGUAGCUAGCUUUGCUAGCUAAACAAUGAACCUAAUAGUGCUUUCAAGACAAUUGGCAAAAUACGAGGUCAAAUCAUGACGUCGUCAGUGAUCUUCAUGUCAGAAAGUUGGGGCUCUAGAAAGAGGUCAGAGUUCCGGGUUGGAAUUCCGGGUUGGAUGACGUUCAAAACUAUUUUUCCCAGUCGGAGCUAAUUUUUUUCAGUGUUCCCAGUUGUCUUGAAAGCGCUGAAGUUGGAAAUCUGAGAUUUCCGAGUUGUUCUGAACGCGGCAAUAAUCCCAGCUAGCCACCAUGCAUAAAUCUGCAGGUAGCUAAAGCUAACCAACUAGGUUUAAUGUUAGCUAGCUAGCUAACAUUAGGCUAUAACUAGCAAUGCAUGCAAUGGAUUUCUGAGAUACUAAUAAUAUUACUACAUAGAUCAUACACGUAACGUUAGCUAGCGAGCCAGCCAGCUAACGUUAGCUGGCUAGCUAACAGUACGCUUUAACUUGCAAUGAAAAUUACUUUGACAAAAUGAGAAACGUAUAAUAUCUGAAAAUGUAGCUAGCUAGACUCUUAACCAUAUACAUGAAUGAACGCUUCUCCCUCUCUGUCACGGAUGCCAUGGUUGCCCUCAGUUUGAAGAUGUAAUCCGGAGACAGGUGUUUUAUACAACAGCGUUCUGUGUGUUCUCUUUUCGACUCCCUUCGCCUAUUUUCAAUCUAACGCCUGAAUAUUCUCCAUCUCAUUACCUAUCAUAAUCUGCAUCCACCGGGCAUUCCACUGAUUUCAAAACUCGGUCAACUUCUUCCUUGACAACAACACUGUUGAUCCUCGUUUCUUCCCCAUCACUGUCAUCAGAAGACUACAAUAUCUGGUUCAAUGAAAAUGUUUUUACCUAAAUCAGGGAUUUCCUCAUCGUCUGAUUCAUUUUCAGAGUCAGAGAGAGUCAGCAUGGCACAAUCGUCCUCCAGAAAGUGGAGAGCAGUAGCAACACUUUUGCAGUUCUUCAUGAUAUCUUUCAAAAAAGCCGCAGUAGAAAGGAUUAUCUACACAUACUGAGCAGCUCAUAGACAGAAGAAUGCUACAUGGCAGACCAAUCCGAACUCAUCUCUUGGCUAGCGGGAAGGUUCCUGUCUUUUUCCGUGGCUAAACCAACUAGGCUCAUAAUUUAACAAUUUUAUUCGUUACCGGUGACAUACAAGUUAGUUAUUAAGGCAAAUUAAAGUUCACAUGUUCCAGAAGGCAUUUCUGCCCACAAAUGCAUUUUAAUUUUAAAAAAGGUUUUACGUUGAAUUGCUUCUCCUGUGAAGUAGUGAUGUGCAACAUACACCUAGUUUCCUGAAACAAGUCACAAAUAUUCUAAAACAUGCAUCCUGUUUGCAAUAAGGCACUAAAGUAAAACUGCAAAAAAAUGUGGCAAAGAAAUUAACUUUAUGUCCUGAAUACAAAAUGUUAUGUUUGGGGCAAAUCCAACACAACACAUCACUGAGUACCACUUUUCAUAUUUUCAAGCAUGGUGGUGGCUGCAUCAUGUUAUGGGUACGCUUGACAUCGGCAAGGACUAGGGAGUUCUUUUUAGGAUGAAAAUAAAUGGAAUAGAGCUAUUCACAGGCAAACUCCUAGAGGAAAACCUGGUUCAGUCUGCGUUCCAACAGACACUGGAAGACCACUUUUAGCAGGACAAUAACCCACUGGAGUUGCAUACCAAGACGACAUUGAACGUUCCUGAGUGGCCUAGUUACAGUUUUGACUUAAAUCGGCUUGAAAAUCACCUGAAAUGGCUGUCUAGCAAUGAUCAACAACCAACUUGACAGAGCUUGAAGAAUUUAAAAAAGAAUAAUGUGCAAAUAUUGUACAAUCAAAUCUCUUAGAGACUUACCCAGAAAGAUUCACAGCUGUAAUCGCUGCCAAAGUUGAUUCUAACAUGUAUUGUUGACUCAGGGGUCUGAAUACUUAUGUAAAUGAGCUAUUUCUGUAUUUCAUUUUCAAUACAUUUGCAAACAUUUCUAAAAACAUGUUUUCACUUUGUCAUUAUGGGGUAUUGUGUGUAGAUUGGUGAGAGAGAAAAAAUAUAUUUUUAAUUCAGGCUAUAACACAACAAAAUGUGUAAUAAGUCAAGACGUAUGAAUACUUUCUGAAGGCACUGUAGUUAGUGAUGACUGCCUACAGAAGGCUGGGGUGUGUGUGAUGUUUUUAGAGUUGCUCUGCUCUAUCCCCAGUAGACUCCUAAGGACAGAUGAAGCAGCUGGCGCUCCUUCCUGUUCCAUCCAUAUGUGUGUGUAAGCGAGAGAAAGAGAGAGAGUUAGAGACCGAGAAAGUGAGAGGGUUUUAUGAAAAGUGUGUGAGUAUGUGUGUGCUCUAGCAUCUGCAUAAUAUAUAUAUGUGUGUGUGUGUGUUUUUUCUCGCUCAUGCCUAAUUACCGCUAGCUAUGUGCUCAGACAGCCCAGUGCAUGUUUCUAUGUAAUUCAGAUUAAUACACAUCCUCCUCUGGUUGUGCUUGGCUGGCGUUAUGACCUGAAUCCAGAGGUGUGUGUGUGUGUGUGUGUGUAACAAAGCUCAUUUGGAAAGGGAGAGAGAGAUUCCCAGGGAGCUAGCCUUUUAGCAUAAUGGGUUUGUCACUCGAUCAAAAGGCCUCUGAGUAGCUGCACAUGCCCUGCUGGGUGUUUGUGUGUGAGCCCAUCUGUGUGUGUAUGUGUACGUGCCUGAAUGCAUCUGUGUGCGUGUUUACAGGUGUGUGUGUAUGUACAUGCAUGUGUGUGAGACUGAAAGCAUAAACAAAUGUCUGUGUUUGCCUGCAUGUGUGUGUCAGUAUGUGUCUGCGUUUGUACGGUACGGUACACUCCAGUGACUUUCAGCUGUGUGUGUACUACCAUGGUGUAUAUGUGUGUGUGCUUCCACAGUGUGUGUAUGUAUCUGUUCUGUGUGUGUGGCCAGUGUACGGGGCUAGUUGUGUAUUGUAUAAUUGCUUUGUGGUGGACAGGAGUUUAAAGCUGUAGCAGUCUGUCAGGCCAAGCUGGUAAGCUGGCAGUGUGUGAAUAUGAACGUCAGAGUAAUGGGUAAGCGCAUUAUAUUGCUGGGAAGCCUAGGAGAGAUAUUGUUAAGAACUGGGACUCAGGCAGAAAUUUGUCCGCAGGACUGCAUUUUUACAGAUGCCCUAUAAAGGCUUCUCUGUCUGCUUAAGAGCCGCUGUUUGUGUGUUUUCAGUGUGUGUGUGUGUGUUUUGUGUGUGUGCGUGUUUUGGUUUAACUAUCCUUGUGGGGACCAGAUGUAUUCACAAGGAUAUUAAAACAAGGAAAAUUCAGACAAGUGGAGACAUUUAGCUAUUUUAGGCUUAGGGGUUAGGGUUACACUUAGGGUUAGGAGUUAGGUUUAGUUUUAGGGUUAAGGUUAGGGAAAAUAGGAUUUUGAAUAUAAAUAAAUGUUUUGGUCCCCACAAGGAUAGUAAACAAACUGUUUGAUGGGUCUCACUGUGUGAGUCUGCUUGCUCAGUACAUAGGUCUAUGUGUGUGUGUGUGUGCUCUGUUCUGCACUGUUUGUGUUUGUUGUCAGUGUGUGUGUGCAUGCUUGUGAAUGUGUGCUUUACUGCUCUCCUUUCCUCUUUCCCUCUGUAUGUUUCUCUUCCUCCUCUUCCCGAAUAGAGGGGCCAUCAAUCAGAGAGGAGGGAAGGGGGGCUGGCGCUCUGCCCAGGAGGGAGAGGAAGGGGGGGGGGGGGAGAGAGCGAGAGAGAGAGAGAGAGAGAAAGAGGGAGAGGGAGAGAGAGAGAGAGAUCAGUUAUUUUUUUGAUCUGUGGCCACAACCAGUGGCUCGUUAGCGCGUCAUUGGUUACUAAUAUUUGUCUUGAAGUGUUUGCAGAGAGAGGAGAGCAGUGCCAUUAGGCAUCAGGGGGAGGGAGAUAAGGCUAGACUAGGGCUGGCUGACAAGGAUCUCUCUCUCUCUCUGGUGUUACAGGGCUGAGUGGGACUGGGGGGACUCCUGCUAAACAUGCAAGCAUACACUGAGAUACAUUGCAGUCAGGAAGGCACGCACAAACACAUAAAAUAAAAUACUCACACACAUAACACACACCCACAUCUACGCACGCACACGCACACACACACACACACACACACACACACACACACACACACCCUCCCUCCCUCUAAAGCUGACCAGCACAGCCACACUGGGGCUCAGGGAAAGACACAGCUGGCAUUGCCCAAAUGCACCAUUGCUCCCCAUCAACCCCCCCCCCACUCCAAUCACAUUCAAUUUCACAAAGCUUUAUUAGCAAAGCAUUUUCAUCAUGUUAUAAAGUAAAUGCUCCAGGAAAGCUUACUGCAGCUUGUCUAUGUCAUACUGAUGAUCCACUUGCAUUAGUUUCAGAGUCUCAGUAAUGACUCCGGUGUUUCAGAUCACUGUAUUAAUUGUGACUCUGAAACAUAUCUGGUGAUGGGGGAGCACGCUGAGUGUGUAUGUGUGUGCGCGUGCGUACCUGUGUGUGUGUGUGCAUGAGUUCGUGUUUGUGUCUCCCUCAGGCAGUGAUUGACUGGUGUGCUCCACACACCAGUCCUCCCUCUCAUCCAUCUUCUCUUCCUCCCUCAUUUUGUAAGAAUUUAGGGUGAUUUGCUGCUCUGUUCUAAAUGUAGCGUAAGAUAGACUGACAUUCUCUCUCCUCAUCUCCCUCCUCAUCUCUCUCCUCUCCUCCACAUUUCUCUCCUCCUCAUUUCUCUCCUCCACAUUUCUCUCCUCUCCUCCACAUUUCUCUCCUCUCCUCCACAUUUCUCUCCUCUCCUCCUCAUCUCUCUCCUCUCCUCCUCAUUUCUCUCCUCUCCUCCUCAUUUCUCUCCUCUCCUCCACAUUUCUCUCCUCUCCUCCUCAUCUCUCUCCUCAUCUCUCUCCUCCUCACUCUCUCCUCCUCCUCAUCUCUCUCCUCUCCUCAUCUCGCCCCCUCUCUGCCAGACAAAGAGACAGUAGUGUUCUGUUGGCAGAUUAUUUAUCCUCAGGUGUUUAUUGACCAGCUCUCUCUUCCUCCUUUGUAUCCAUCCAUCCACCCAUUCAUCCAUCCAUCCCUCUAUUCACAGCCCUGCCAAAACUCCCUUACAUGCUGACUACACCAGGCAUGCACGUGCCGGGCAAGCUAGCUAGCUUGCUGUUGCUAGCUAAUUUGUCCUGGGAUAUAAACAUUGGGUUGUUAUUUUACCUGAAAGGUCCUUUUUUUUCCUGGAUCUUUGUAGAAUUUGACCCAUUUUCAGUCACACAAAAUCGUGUGUUCUCUACUCUGACAAUUAGUCCACAGAUAAAAGGCGACAUUUAGUUAGUUUCUAGUAAUCUCUCCUCCUUCAGGCUUCUUCUUCUUCUGACUUGAAAUGGCGGUUUGCAACCAACUUUAAGGUGCAUUACCACCACCAACUGGACUGGAGUGUGGACCUCAGUUCAGCUUUCAAAUAGCCACGUGGGUAUAUGCUCCUAAAAAACAAUAAGGAGAUGGGAGAGGCGGGACUUGCAGCGCGUCAAGCAUCACAAAUAGAAGCAGGUACUAUUUUAACGCCUGGCUACGCAGACGCUCGUUGACGCACGCGAGCAGUUUGGAUGAAAUUAUUGAAAACAUGUAUGUGUACAUUUAUUUUGCAACACUCGCGCACGUAACGCGAGCGGUGUGGUCAGCAUGCUAUGCACUCGUUUGGCAGAGAAAGUCCAUGUUGUUAUUGCUGACACCUGGCCUACGCUGGUGGAAGAGAAAGAGGGGGAGAGAGAAAGGAAGGGAGUGAAAAAGAGAUUAAGGAGAGGAAGCAGUGCGAUCUCUGUUUGUAGCAGGCUGCCAAUACUUUGGUCUGACAGAUCCAGGAUCAGUUGCAGUCAUGGUUGUGUUGUUGGCUCGUCAACAACUAAAUGAUUAGUUUCUCUGUCUAAAUCAAAUCAAAUACAAUUUUAUUCGUCACAUGCUUUGUAGACUAACAGUGAAAUGCUUACUUACGGGCCCUUCUCAAUAAUGCAGAGAGAAAGAAAAUAAGGAAAUAAUAAGAAAAGUGAAACUCAUCAUAAUAAAAGUAAUAAUAAAUACACAAUGAGUAACGAUAACUUGGCUAUAUACACAGGGUACCAGUACUGAGUUGAUGUGCAGGGGUAAGAGGUAAUUGAGGUAGAUAUGUACAUAUAACUAGGAAUAAAGUGACAGAUAGUAAACAGCAGCAGCAGCGUAUGUGAUGAGUCAAAAAAAUGUUAGUGCAAAAAGGGUCAAUGCAGAUAGUCCGGGUAGAUAUUUGGUUAACUAUUUAACUAACUAUUUAGCAGUCUUCUGGCUUGGGGGUAGAAGCUGUUCUGGGUCCUGUUGGUUCCAGACUUGGUGCAUCGGUACUGCUUGCUGUGCGUUAGCAGAGAGAACAGUCUAUGACUUGGGUGGCUGGAGUCUUUGACAGUUUUUAAGGCCUUCCUCAGACACCGCCUGGUAUAGAGGUCCUGGAAGGCAGGGAGCUAGGCCCCAGUGAUGUACUGGGCCGUCAGCACUACCCACUGUUGCGCCUUACGGUUGAAUGCCAAGCAGUUGCCAAACCAAGAGGUGAUGGAGCAAGUCAAGAUACUCUCAAUGGUGCAGCUGUAGAACUUUUUGAGGAUCUGAGGGCCCAUGCCAAAUCUUUUCAGCCUCCUGAGGGGAAAGAGGCAUUGUCGUGCCCUCUUCACGACUGUGUUGGUGUGUGUGGACUAUGAUAAAUCCUUAGUGAUGUGGACACAGGAAUUUGAAGCGCUCGACCUGCUCCACUACAGCUCCGUCAUUGUGAAUGGGGGCGUGCUUGCCCUCCGUUUCCUGUAGUCCACGCAGUGGUGUAAAGUACUUAAGUAAAAAUACUUUAAAGUACUACGUAGAUCGUUUUUGGGGGGUAUCUGUACUUUACUUUACUAUUUAUAAUUUUGACAACUUUUACUUCACCACAUUCCUAAAGAAAAUAAUGUACUUUUUACUCCAUACAUUUUCCCUGACACCCAAACGCACUCGUUACAUUUUCAAUGCUUAGCAGGACAGGAAAAUGGUCCAAUGCACACACUUAUUAAAAUAACAUCCCUGGUCAUCCCUACUACCUCUGAUCUAGGCGGACUCACUAAACACAAAGUAAGUCCGCCAGAUCAGGGAUCUUCAUUUGUAAAUUAUGUCUGAGUGUUGGGGUGUGCAACUGGCUAUCCGUACAUUUUUAAAAAAUAAAUAAGAAAAGGGUGCCAUCUGGUUUGCUUAAUAUAAGGAAUUUUAAAUGAUUUAUACUUUUACUUUUGAUAAUUAAGUAUAUUUGAGCAAGUACAUUUACUUUUGAUACUUAAGUAACUAUUUAUACAAAAGUAUGUGGACACCCCUUCAAAUGAGUGGAUUCAGCUAUUUUAGCCACACCUGUUGGUGUAUAAAAUCGAGCACACAGCCAUGCAAUCUCCAUAGACAAACAUUGGUAGUAGAAUGGCCUUACUGAAGAGCUCAGUGACUUUCAACGUGGCAACGUCAUAGGAUGCCACCUUUGCAACAAGUCAGUUCGUCAAAUUUCUGCCCUGCUAGAGCUGCCCCGGUCAACUGUAAGUGCUGUUAUUGUGAAGUGGAAAUGUCUAGGAGCAACAAUGGCUCAGCCGCGAAGUGGUAGGCCACACAAGCUCACAGAACGGGACCGCUGAAGCGCAUAGCGCAUAAAAAUCUUCUCGGUUGCAACACUCACUACCGAGUUCCAAACUGCCUCUGGAAGCAACGUCAGCACAAUAAUUGUUUGUCGGAGCUUCAUGAAAGGAGUUUCCAAGGCCGAACAGCCGCACACAAGCCUAAGAUCACCAUGCGCAAUGCCACGCUACCUGCCCCAAUGCAUAGUGCCAACUGUAGAGGUUGGUGGAGGAGGAAUAAUGGUCUGGGGCUGUUUUUCAUGGUUCGGGCUAGGCCCCUUAGUUCCAGUGAAGGGAAAUCUUAAUGCUACAGCAUACAAUGACAUUCUAGACGAUUCUGUGCUUCCAACUUUGUGGCAACAGUUUGGGGAAGGCCCUUUCCUGUUUCAGCAUGACAAUGCCCCCGUGCACAAAGCAAGGUCCAUACAGAAUGGUUUGUCGAGAUCAGUGUGGAAGAACUUGACUGCCCUGCACAGAGCCCUGACCUCAACCCCAUCGAACACCUUUGGGAUGAAUUGGAAUGCCGACUGCGAGCCAGGCCUAAUCGCCCAACAUCAGUGCCCGACCUCACUAAUGCUCUUGUGGCUGAAUGGAAGCAAGUCCCACAGCAAUGUUCCAACAUCUAGUGGAAAGCCUUCCCAGAAGAGUGGAUGCUGUUAUAGCAGCAAAGGGGGAACCACUUUCAUAUUAAUGCCCAUGAUUUUGGAAUGAGAUGUUCGACAAGCAGGUGUCCUCAUACUUUUGCUCAUUUUGUGUAUAUUUAAAUCCAAAUACUUUUAGACUUUUACUCAAGUAGUAUUUUACUGGGUGACUUUCACUUUUACUUGAAGUAAUUUUCUAUUAAGGUAUCUUUACUUUUACUGAAGUAUGACAAUUGGGUACUUUUUCCACCACUGAGUCCACGAUCAGCUUCUUUGUCUUGCUGACGUUGAGGGAGUGGUGGUUUUCCUGCCACCACACUGCCAGGUCUCUGACCUCCUCCCUAUAGGCUGUCUCAUCGUCGUCGGUGAUCAGGUCUACCACCGUUAUGCCGUCUGCAAACGUAAUUAUAGUGUUGGAGUCGUGCACGGCCACACAGUCGUGGGUGAACAGGGAGUACAGGAGGGACUAAGCACGCACCCCUGAGGGGCCCCCGUGUUGAGGGUCAGCGAGGAGGAUGUGUUGUUGCCUACCCUCACCAGGAAAUCCAGGAUCCAGUUGCAGAGGGAGGUGUUCAGUCCCAGGGUCCCUUAGCUUAGUGAUGAGCUUGGAGUGCACUAUUGUGUUGAACGCUGAGCUGUAGUCAAUGAACAGCAUUCUCACGUAGGUGUUCCUGUUAUCUAAGUGGGAAAGGGCAGUGUGGAGUGCAAUAGAGAUUGCAUCAUCUGUGGAUCUGUUGAGGCGGUAUGCGAGUUGGAGGGGUCCAGGGUGUCUGGGAUGAUGUUGUUAAUGUGAGCCAUGACCAGCCUUUCAAAGCAUUUCAUGGCUACAGAUGUGAGUGCUACGGGGCAAUGGUCAUUCAGACAGGUUAACUUGGCAUUAUUGGGCACAGGGACUAUGUUGGUCUGCUUGAAACAUGUAGGUAUUACAGACUGGGUCAGGGAGAGGUUGAAAAUGUCAGUGAAGACACUUGCUAGCUGGUCAGCGCAUGCUCUGAGUACGUGCCCUGGUAAUCCGUCUGCCCCUUCGGCCUUGUGAAUGUAAACCUGUUUAAAGGUCUUAUUCACAUCGGCCACGGAGAGCAUGAUCACACAGUCGUCCGGAACAGCUGGUGCUCUCACGCAUGGUUCACUGUUGCUUGCCUCGAAGCGAGCAUAGAAUACAUUUUGCUCGUCUGGUAGGCUUGCGUCACUGGGCAGCUCGCGGCUGGGUUUCCCUUUGUAAUCUGUGAUAGUUUGCAAGCCAUGCCACAUCCGACGAGUGCCAGAGCCGGUGUAGUAGGAUUCGAUCUUAGUCCUGUAUUGACGCUUUGCCUGUUUGAUGGUUCGACGGAGGGCGUAGCAGGAUUUCUUAUAACUGCAUCUCUGUCUGUGUCUAGCUACAUGUAUUACUGUUGCACAGUAUCAAUACAGUUUAUUGUAGACACAGUCCAGUGAGAAUAAACCCACUCUGUCUCAAGGUCAAUAGGAGAGUCCCUAUUCCUGUGCCCCUCCUACCUGCUUUACCGGCUUUCACUGAGCAGCACAACAUAAGUAAUAUGUUAAUUAUUCUAUAAAUACUAUUCCCUUCCUCUCUCUCCCUUUCACACACACACUAGUCAGUCUGCACGCACACACAUCCAUGUUAUAUAAUUAGCUAGGUCUUCUUUCCCCUUUGAACAGAGUGAUGUAUCUAUCAGAGAGCUGUGUUGUAUAAUUUGGCCUGUAUUGAGAUGGGUGUAUAAAUAAGAUCCUGUCAGUCAGUGUAGAGGGGGUGUCAGGACUUCCUGUGUCCUCUAAUCUCGUUUGUCUCCUCUGUGAGUCAGAUACAUGUGUUAGAUUGGAGGGAUGGAGGACACACAAAUAGAUAGACAGCCAUCACGGAGGGAGGCAGGCAGGGAGGGAGGAUAGAGAGAGAUGAAGGAAGGUAAAGGAUGAAUAGGGUAAUAAUGGCUCAGUGGGAAGGCUGUUAAAGAGGGAGAGAAUGCCUGAGUGAAGAAGACAACAGAAUGGGCAGUCUCAGGGCAGAAAUAGGUGAGGCAUGUAGUGUGUGUGUGUGUGUGUGUGUGUGUGUGUGUGCAUGCUCAUUUGUACAUUUUCCUUCCGACCGUAUGUCGUGUGUGUUGCCAUGUUAGUGCUUUUCCUUGUGUGUGUGUGUGUGUGUGUGUUAGGCUGUGUGUGUAGAAUAGACAACAAUUCAAUGUCCUCACACCUAGAGAGAGAAUUUUCAAUGGGCCUGGGCGAGCGAGAGAAAAUGGAUGAAAGAAUGGCAUAGAAUGCAGUGAGGAGAGGGAGAGAGCUACAUGAGAAAGUGGAGUCUAAUACCAUAGCUGGCCUUUCAAAGCCUCUCUUACACUUUCUCUCUUUCUGUAUUAUUUAUCUCUCUCUCAUGCACUUGUGGUAGGCUGGGUUUGAAAUCAGGUCACCUGCAUGCCACAUGACUGUGUUAGCCCGCUGAUCUAAAGCCUAGGCAUGAGCUUGAGGAGCUAAGUUGUCACCAAACUACCUCCAUCACAUGUUUACUAACCGGAGUUGCCUCAAUGAAAUGAUCUAACUUUGAUAAUUGUAUGAGAUGGUAUGGACAAAGGGUCUGUACUUUCAUUGAUGUAUGUGUAUGUUUCUCCUGCUGCUUCCCUGAAACAUAUUACCCUAAGGGCAUGAAUAAUGUUGUGCUAUAUUACCUUGUAUGAAACAUAAGAUGAGACUGAAGUGUGUGUGUGUUGCAGGCGGAGAUUGUGAAGCGUCUCAGUGCCAUCUGUGCUCAGAUCAUCCCCUUCCUAUCUCAGGAGGUAAGUAUCACUGACACACAUACACACAUCUUUAUAAUGGCUAACACAUGGUCAAGACAUAUGAACAUAUUGGUCUGUGUUUGUCAAGACAUAUGAACAUGUUGUUUCCAUAAUUGUAAUCUUUUUUUUACUAUUCAUUUAUAUUAGCCAGAUUGCCUUUUAAAUGUAUACACUGUUUUUGUGAAUGGUUGAUUGCCCUUUUGUUCAAUAACUCAUGGUAGUUAUUUGAUCUAUCAACGCAUAUACAAUGACCCAAAUCAGUUUCUUACCAUGUUAUUUUGACUGGGGUUAAUAUGUUUGACCCAAAUCCCAUUGACUACAAUGUUUGUGACAAAAAUGUGGUGAUUCAACAAUUGUUGGUAAAACCUGGCUGCACUGGCCUUAUAAUACAGUGUUUGUUUGUUUGCGUGUGUGUGUGUGUGUCCACUGAAGGGAAGGUCACAGAGCUGGCGACUGUUUUACCUUGAUCAAUACUGCCUCUGUGUGUGUAUCCUCACUUGUGUGUGUGUUUACGCAGUGUGUGUGUGCAUUUGAAUGAGUAAAUAGGUUUUUGGGUCGUUUGAGUGUGUAGUCCUGCUGCGUAUGUUUGUGUGGGUAUGUGUGACUUUGUCCGUGUGUGUGUGUCUGUUAGCUCAAUCAGUGCAUACAUUUGUACUGCAUGUGCGUACAGUUUGUUUUCUUGUGUGUGUUUUCUUCAGCGAGUGUUUGUUCUGAUAUUUGUAUUAUGUGAACAGUAUGUGGCAAAUGGUGUGUUUGUAAAUGAGAUUACAAAACAUAUGUCAGGUAAAUUAUACACUAUAUUACCAAAAGUAUGUGGACACCUGCUCGUCGAACAUCUCAUUCCAAAAUCAUGGGCAUUAUUAUGGAGUUGGUCCCCCCUUUUGCUUCUAUAACAGCCUCCACUCUUCUGGGAAGGCUUUCCACUAGAUGUUGGAACAUUGCUGCAGGGACUUGCUUCCAUUCAGCCACAAGAGCAUUAGUGAGGUCGGGCACUGAUGUUGGGCCUGGCUCGCAGUCGGUGUUCCAAUUCAGCCCAGAGGUCAGGGCUCUGUGCAGGCCAGUCAAGUUCUUCCACACCGAUCACGACAAACCGUUUCUGUAUGGACCUCGCUUUGUGCACAGGGACAUUGUCAUGCUGAAACAGGAAAGGGCCUUCCUCAAACUGUUGCCACAAAGUUGGAAGCACAGAAUCAUCUAGAAUGUCAUUGUAUGCUGUAGCGUUAAGAUUUCUCUUCACUGGAACCAAGGGGCCUAGCCGAACCAUGAAAAACAGCCCCAGACCAUUAUUCCUCCUCCACCAAACUUUACAGUUGGCACUAUGCUUUGGGGCAGGUAGCGUUCUCCUGGCAUCCGCCAAACCCAGAUUCGUCCAUUGGACUGCCAGAUGGUGAAGCGUGAUUCAUCACUCCAGAGAACGCGUUUCCACUGCUCCAGAGUCCAAUGGCGGCGAGCUUUACACCACUCCAGCAGACGCUUGGCAUUGCGCAUGGUGAUCUUAGGCUUGUGUGUGGCUGCUCGGCCAUGGAAACCCAUUUCAUGAAGCUCCCGACGAACAGUUCUUGUGCUGACGUUGCUUCCUGAGGACAUUCUGUGAGCUUGUGUGGACUACCACUUUGCGGCUGAGCCAUUCUUGCUCCUAGAAGUUUCCACUUCAUAAUAACAGCACUUACAGUUGACCGGGGCAGCUCUAGCAGGGCAGAAAUUUGACGAACUGACUUGUUGGAAAGAUGGCAUCCUAUGACGGUGCCACAUUGAAAGUCACUGAGCUCUUCAGUAAGGCCAUUCUAUUACCAAUGUUUGUCUAUGGAGAUUUCAUGGCUCUGUUCUCGAUUUUAUACACUUGUCAGCAACGGGUGUGGCUGAAAUAGCCGAAUCCACUAAUUUGAAGGGGUGUCCACAUACUUUUGUAUAUACAGUCGUGGUCAAAAGUUUUGAGAAUGACACAAGGAUUGGUUUUCACAAAGUUUGCUGCUUCAGUGUUUUUAGAUACUUUUGUCAGAUGUUACUAUGGUAUACUGAAGUAUAAUUACAAGCAUUCCAUAAGUGUCAAAGGCUUUUAUUGACAAUUACAUUAAGUUUAUGCAAAGAGUCAAUAUUUGCAGUAUUGACCCUUCUUUUUCAAGACCUCUGCAAUCUGCCCUGGCAUACUGUCAAUUAACUUCUGGGCCACAUCCUGGCUGAUGGCAGCCCAUUCUUGCAUAAUCAAUGCUUGGAAUUUGUCAGAAUUUUGUGGUUUUUGUUUGUCCACCCGCCUCUUGAGGAUUGACCACAAGUUCUCAAUGGGAUUAAGGUCUGGGGAGUUUCCUGGCCAUGGACCCAAAAUGUCGAUGUUUUGUUCCCCGAGCCACUUAGUUAUCACUUUUGCCUAAUGGCAAGGUGCUCCAUCAUGCUGGAAAAGGCAUUGUUCGUCACCAAACUGUUCUUCGACGGUUGGGAGAAGUUGGAUGGAUGCUCUCGGAGGAUGUGUUGGUACCAUUCUUUAUUCAUGGUUGUGUUCUUAGGAAAAAUUGUGAGUGAGCCCACUCCCUUGGCUGAGAAGCAACCCCACACAUGAAUGGUCUCAGGAUGCUUUACUGUUGUCAUGACACAGGACUGAUGGUAGCGCUCACCUUGUCUUCUCCGGACAAGCUUUUUUCCGGAUGCCCCAAACAAUCGGAAAGGGGAUUCAUCAGAGAAAAUUACUUUACCCCAGUCCUCAGCAGUCCAAUCCCUGUACCUUUUGCAGAAUAUCAGUCUGUCCCUGAUGUUUUUCCUGGAGAGAAGUGGCUUCCUCGCUGCCCUUCUUGACACCAGGCCAUCCUCCAAAAGUCUUCGCCUCACUGUGCGUGCAGAUGCACUCACACCUGCCUGCUGCCAUUCCUGAGCAAGCUCUGCACUGGUGGUGCCCCGAUCCCGCAGCUGAAUCAACUUUAGGAGAUGGUCCUGGUGCUUUCUGGACAUUCUUGGGCGCCCUGACGCCUUCUUCACAACAAUUGAACCUCUCCUUGAAGUUCUUGAUGAUCCGAUAAAUGGUUGAUUUAGGUGCAAUCUUACAAGCAGCAAUGAUGACGGCACGUGUUUCCUUGCAGGUAACCAUGGUUAACAGAGGAAGAACAAUGAUUUCAAGCACCACCCUCCUUUUAAAGCUUCCAGUCUGUUAUUCUAACUCAGUCAGCCUGACAGAGUGAUCUCCAGCCUUGUCCUCGUCAACACUCUCACCUGUGUUAACGAGAGAAUCACUGACAUGAUGUCAGCUGGUCCUUUUGUGGCAGGGCUGAAAUGCAGUGGAAAUGUUUUUUGGGGAUUAAGUUCAUUUUCAUGGCUAAGAGGGACUUUGCAAUUAAUUGCAAUUCAUCUGAUCACUCUUCAUAACAUUCUGGAGUAUAUGCAAAUUUACAUCAUAAAAACUGAGGCAGCAGACUUUGUGAAAAUUAAUAUUUGUGUCAAUCUCAAAACCUUUGACCAUGACUGUAUAGUGUAUGUGUAUAGUGUAUGUAUAUGUAAUGAGCAGCACACAGCGGGAUAAAUAAUGUUUGUGUGUGUGUGUAGCAUCAACAGCAGGUGGUCCAGGCAGUGGAGAGGGCCAAGCAGGUCACUAUGGCCGAACUCAACGCCAUUAUCGGGGUGAGUCACCUCUGGUCACCUCUUGUCACCAUGACAACCCUCACACCCCCAACAGCGACACUAUCAACAUCAUCACACACACACACACACACACACACACACACACACACAAAGACACAGUCUACAGGCAGUGGCAUGCACACCUCUCUCUGCAGUGUUUAAAGUGCUGGGGUGUAAGUAGAGUGUAAUAUGAUCAGAGCUCAGACAAGCUCUCACCGGAAAGCCCCUCCACUGUAGCUCCCACACACACACACACACACAAACACACUCACACACACACAAACAAGCUGUAAUAAGACCCAAGGAAAAUAGCCUCUCUUUAUCUGUCUGUACCCCCCUCCUCUCCUCUCCCUCCAUCCUUUCUCUUUUUUUCCCUCUGCUUUGUUCUCUCCCUCUGUCUACUAAUUUAUCUCUCUCUCUUAAUCUCUCUGCCCCACUCUUUCUCUCUCUCUUUCUGUUGCUCUAUCUUUUCUCUAUUUUUCUAUUCCUACUCCCGGUCUCUCUCCCUCCUCCUGUCCUCCCUCUCUCUCCAUCUCUCCCCCGUCCUAUUUUCUUCUCUCUGCUCUACUCUCUCUCCAAUCUUUCUCUCCCUGUCCUCUCUCUCUCUCCCUCUCUCUUUCCUCUUUCUCCCCCCUCCCCCUCCCCCUGCCCUGUCUCCCUGGUGUACAGCAGCAGCAGCUCCAGCACCUGUCUCACCACACCCCAGGUAUUCCCCUGACUCCCCACCCGUCAGGCCUCUCUCUGGGGGGAGGCUCAGGUCUGCUGGCCCUCACUGGAGCCCUGGGGGUCUCAGCCCACCUGGCCUCCAAGGAUGAACGCAACCACCUGGACCCUGAGCACCUAAGAGGUACGACUCACUGACUGACCUCCACAUGAAGGACACUGGUGAAGAACUGUAGUACUGGAAUAUCUCAGCUUUUGAUACAAAAUAACCACUUGGUUGAAGUUUAUUGAACUCAAGGGUGGCGGAACAUCUUGAGGAACAACGCUCAUUAAACAUAGAACAACUAACAAAUGUCACUCUGUUGCCUGCAAGGCCGUAUAUUGAUGGAGGGUGGCUAGAUGUUAAACCUGUAGGACCCUGGUGUAGAAAAAGAAUGAGAGAGAGACUGAGCAGACAGAUGAGUGCUGAAUGAAUGAAUGGCAAGAUGGAAAGCAUUGUGUCUCAGAGGAGAGGAGACAGAGACAGAGAGGGCAGCGCUGCAGAUUGGAAACAUGUACAAUACAAAGCUUGUGUUUUUAUUGCACUGGGACAGGCCUUUUUCAGGUUGACCUUGGCAUGCUGUGGGGCUGUUGUUAUUAUUAUCUAUACUGACGUCAAUCCCCCUCUACCCCUCCUCCCCUCUACCCCUCACCCCUCCUCCACUCUACUGCUCACCCCUCCUCCCCUCUACCCCUCUAACCCCUCCUCCCCUCUACCCCUCACCCUCCUCCGCUCUACUGCUCACCCCUCCCUCCCCUCCCUCUACCCCUCUAACCCCUCACCCUCCUCCCCUCUACCCCUCCCCCUCCUCCCCUCUACCCUCACCCUCCUCCCCUCAUACCCUCACCCCUCCCUCCGCUCUACUGCUCACCCCUCCUCCCCUCUACCCCUCACCCCUCCUCCCCUCUACCCCUCACCCCUCCUCCCCUCUACCCCUCACCCCUCCUCCGCUCUACUGCUCACCCCUCCUCCGCUCUACUGCUCCUCCCCUGUCUCUGUUCCCUCCACAGAGGCUGCACCCAGCAGGGUAAGUAACCCCAACGUGUGUGUGUGUGUGCGUGCGUGCAUGCUCACGUGCGUGUGUGUGCAUGCCGCGUGUAUGCUUCUGUGUUUGUGUGUGUGUGUGUGUGUGCUUGUGCGUGCAUGUCACACGUAUACAUUCGUGCGUGUGUAUGUAUGUGUGAGUGAGUGUGUGUUUAUGUGAAAAAAAAAGCAGACGCUUUUAUCCAAAGCGACUUACAGUCAUGUGUGCAUACAUUUUUACGUAUGGGUGGUCCCGGGGAACGAACCCACUACCCUGGCGUUACAAGCGCCAUGCUCUACCAAUUGAGCUACAGAGGUACUCUAAAAGGGUCUGUUUUGUUGGAGAGUUUCCAUUAAUAGGACCAGCACUAGAGUUAGUAAAGCAAGUACAACAGUAGAACCGUACAACAGUAGAACCUUACAACAGUAGAACAGUACAACAGUAGAACAGUACAACAGUAGAACCGUGCUGUUGUUCCAUAACCAAGGCCCAAUAGUAGGGUUACAAAGAGAGGGUAUAUUACUGGAAACUUUCGGAGUUUGGCAGAAUUUCACAGAAUUUUGGUAUCUUUCAAGGAUUUUAUAUAAUGUAUCACAAGACAUCUAGUGGCCCUUUUGGGUACUUCAGAUUAUCACAGGUAUAUGUAAUUAUCUCUGACCUAUAUGAAGUAAUUAAAUAAGAUGAUGAAAACAAAACAAAAAUCUAAUGACAAAGCUGUAAAACAUUGUCCUAAAUUUAAACCAUCAUCUUAGUGAAUACCAUUGGUGUUUAAUAUGAGGGUUUCAGCAUGAAGUAACCUUUUUUUUACACACUUAUUUAUUUCACAAUGUCAAUAUGUAUUUGUUGUCGAUGUUUUGGCGUUAAACUGGUGGCAGUUGUGAAAAAAGUCAAUAGUUGGACGAGUUGCAGAGGUCAUUGAAAAUAAUGCCAUUGUUGAUUAGAUGCAUUUUUCAUUAAUUAGGCUAUUUUUCUCUUGAACCAUAUGAUGUAUCUACUAGAAACUCAUGGACAAUGUGGACAAUAAAAAAUUUAUACCAUAUGAAUACAUUUUUUAAAAGUUAUUCAAAUAUAAAUUACCAAAGUUACGAUAAGUUGCCAUGGAUUUACUGUUAAUUACGAAAAUUACUGAAGAUUCCGGUAACAUUGGUUAAUGACCGGUAGCUUUGCAACCAUGCCCAAUAGAACACUGGUCAGUUCUAUGUAGACAAUAUUAUGGUGGUAUGGGUCUAGUAGUAUGGUCAUCUCUUACUCUGUGGUUGAAUAUAACCUUGGUGUGUUGGAACUGAGGGAACAGACAGACCAAUAGACUACUAGACAGCUGCCCUCCCUCACACUCACUCUGAUAACAACAGAAAGUGGGAGGAGAGGAGAGAAUAAAUAAAUAAAAUAGGGAGCAUUCUCUAUAGUGAAGGGAGUAAGUAAAAUGGGAAACUUUUGACUCUUUGUUUUAUAAGAAAGGGAAAAUGAAUGAAGUUUGCAAUAGCCUUUUCUUUCUUUCUUUUUAUCUUUUAAUAUGCUCGAUUGACGCACAUUGAAGCACUGGUGCGUCAGUCUAAGUUACUUUAUUUUAUUUUAUCCCCAUCAAAAUCGGUCAGUUUAAGCUAGAGGUAUCUGUUUUUUUUGCAUUGGAUGCGUCUCAAUCCACCACAUCCCCCAGUGUCGCACUUCUGCAUCUGUGGUGAAAUGUGGCAGAGCUAGAGCGGUGUUUUUCAGACCAAGAGACAUCCAGAAAAUCGAUCUUCUCACGAAAACGUCUGUAGCGUCCGAACAGUUAUGACCACUCUAUGGAAAGGGGAGACUCUCACGAACACAAUGGUGUUCUCUGUUUGGCUCUGCGACCCCCAUAAGUAUCAGGGGACUUGACUGAAGUCGGUACCGUUGAUGUGCCAAAUUCUGUUUGUAGUGUCCGAAACGUUUGGGCUACAAAAUAAUGUGACCCCACUGUUGAAAGGGGAGAGAUUCUCAUUCUCUCCGUUUUGCUCUACGUCCCCCACAAGUGUCACAGGACUUGUCUGAAGAUAACCGAUACCGGUUUUAAAAACUGUAUGGAAGUAUGAAGGUAGUGUUGUGCCUACCCAUAAAAAGGGGUUAAAUGUGUUAAAAAAAAUAAACAGAUCUGGAUCCGUCACUACAGAUCCGGAUUCGAUCCCGGGCUGUGUCGCAGCAGGCAGCGAUCGCGAGACCCAUGAGGCGGCGCACAAUUGGCCCAGCGUCGUCCGGGUUAGGGGAGGUUUUGGCUGGCUGGGAUGUCCUUGUUCCAUCGCGCUCUAGCGACUCCUUGUGGCGGCCGGGCGCCUGCAAGCUGACUUCGGUCGCCAGCUGCAUGGUGUUUCCUCCAUCACAUUGGUGCGGCUGGCUUCCGAGUUAAGCGAGCAGUAUGUCAAGAAGCAGUGCGGCUUGGCAGGGUUGUGUUUCGGGGGACGCAUGGGAUUCGAUCUUGGUCUCUCCCUAGUCCGUACGGUAGUUGCAGUGAUGGGACAAGACUGUAACUACCAAUUGGAUAUCACAAAGAUGGGGAGAAAAAGGGCACAAAAAAAAAGAAUAAAACAAAGUAUUUUUUGACUGUCUUUUUUAGCCAUUUAUGAAUUUGUUAUUCAAUGUGUUUCUCUGGGCUAUAGUAGUAAAGUCCAAAUUCAAUAUUUUAUCAAAUAAUUUAUUUAUAUAUUUUUUAUAUACCUGAAGGGGACCAAAAAUUCUAAAUCAAACAGCUAAAUGAUCCAUAGUAUGACCAUCUUAAAACAAUUCCAUAUGUAAUCUUAUAACCCCCCCUACCAACGGUACUGAUCUUAAAGACCAAUCUUUAAGAGGUCGGGUUUGUGAUAACAUCCUCCAAAAUAUGGACGGAGGAAGGGAGGGAGGAAGGAAGGAGAGAUGCAUAUCAAUUGGUAUUUGUUAAGUCCUGCCAAUAUUACAUUUUUUUAUUUUAAAUAGAGAGGAAUAAAGAAAAAGAGAGGGAGAGAAGAGAGGGGGGACAGAUGGAGGAGAAGACUGGGAGUUUGUUGAGAAAACUGUGGUUCUUUGUGUGUUCUGGUCUCAUCCGUCCAACCAGCUUCCUGCCUGUGUCCUCCACAGUUCGCAAGAACAGAACGUUCCGUAGGAGUCAACCGAUGAAAGAGAAUAGAGUUGGCCCACAUAGACCCCAGAAAUAAUACUCCACUUUGAUGUUUUAUUCCUCUGUUAUGGUGAUUACCACCAUGCUCUUUCUAGUAUAAAUAGCCAGAAAAUGGGCUUCUUGUAAAAUGAUCAGUCAUAUUUGAGUCAUAUUAACUUUUCUGUGUCAGGGAGGAAGUUAAUUCACUUUUUAUAUGUUGUUUGAUUGCAUUUUCUGUAUGACUUACCUGCUGUGUGUCGGCUCUCUUUUAUGCGUGUGUUUGUGUGUGUGUGCAGAGUAAGUCUGUGUCGUCGACAGACAGCCAGCCAGUGGAGGAGCGCCAGGGCCCGUCGGGAGGGUACUCCUCCUCUCAGGGAGGGGGCGACACCAAGAGGAGGCGCUGUGAUGACAAGGAGCCCCUCCCACCUCACUACGUACGUACCCCAUUCAAUUAAACCCGCACUGAAGUAUUAAUGCUGUAUCAGUCCCAAGUCUCUGACAUCACAGGUCAACCAGGGGUCACAGACAUUAUGCUAGCUUGGAAGUGUAAGACAUGCAAUGACGAUGGCCAAAAUAGAUUACCCUAGUGAACAUGAUCUCUCUCUGUGGAGUGAGUAUUCUGAUUGACAUAGCUCCUCUAUGAGAACUGCCUCAAACAUCACAUCAAUGUAGCCUCUCGUGAAGGGAGGACAGGGAGCUCUGUUGAUCAUCAGCCUCUCUGUACUACAUUAUGUAAUGGUUGUUUUUCUCCUAGCUCCGAUCUGUCUAUGUCCAGGAUGUUUUUCUCCUAGCUCCGAUCUGUCUAUGUCCAGGAUGUUUUUCUCCUAGCUCCGAUCUGUCUAUGUCCAGGAUGUUUUUCUCCUAGCUCCGAUCUGUCUAUGUCCAGGAUGUUUUUCUCCUAGCUCCGAUCUGUCUAUGUCCAGGAUGUUUUUCUCCUAGUUCCGAUCUGUCUAUGUCCAGGAUGUUUUUCUCCUAGCUCCGGUCUGUCUAUGUCCAGGAUGUUUUUCUCCUAGCUCCGAUCUGUCUAUGUCCAGGAUGUUUUUCUCCUAGCUCCGGUCUGUCUAUGUCCAGGACGUUUUUCUCCUAGCUCCGAUCUGUCUAUGUCCAGGAUGUUUUUCUCCUAGCUCCGGUCUGUCUAUGUCCAGGACGUUUUUCUCCUAGCUCCGAUCUGUCUAUGUCCAGGAUGUUUUUCUCCUAGCUCCAGUCUGUCUAUGUCCAGGACGUUUUUCUCCUAGCUCCGAUCUGUCUAUGUCCAGGAAUAGUCUCCUCUCCUCUCCACCAUGGCCCUGAUCUGGCUCAAUAUAAUUAAGGGGUGAUGCCACUCCACCGUGAUGUCAAUGGAAAUAUCAGGCCAUAAUCACAUCAACGCACUGUUGCCAUGGUGACUAAGUGCCAUCCAUGUCACCACAAUUCCCAGAGAGAGAGGGGGAGAAAAAGAGAGGGAGGGAGCGAGAGGAAUAAAGUAGUGAUAUGGCCAAACAGACAGAGGGAGAGAGGGAGGGGUGGGCAUAUCUGUGUAUGGGUGCAAGCCUGGGUGUGUGUAGUGUGUGUGCAUGUGUGUGUUAGUCUGUGCGUACGCCUGACAGAGGGAAGGAGUGAAGGGUGGGCAAUGAUGUUUAUGUGAGAGAGAGUGUGUGCCUGACCUUCUCUCCUCUGUGUCUCAUAGGACAGUGAUGGGGACAAGAGUGAGGAUAACCUGGUGGUGGAUGUCUCUAACGAGGUAAGAAUAACCAAGUCGCACGUAGGCACAGAUCUAGAAUCAGCUUAUCCUCUCCCAAUUCUAACCAAACCCGUCAGAGGGAAAAGGCUAAACUGCCUUAGAUCAGCACCUACUACAUGCAACGUCAUCCAACCCCAUGUAACUGCUGGAGCAAAACAAACAAUGAGUCAUAGUAGGGAUGUAACAAUUCACCGAUACGCAUGGGUCCCCGAUUAAAAUGUUUAAGAUACAAGUGCAUCAUCGGUCCGCAGAACCCAAACUGAUCCAAAUGUAGCAUGCAUCGGUCAGAAAAUCGAUUCAAACAUUACGAAUUGCCAGUUCACUCAAAUGAUUUGCUCAUAUUACGUUCUUUGUCAAAAUUGCCUUUAUUAAUAUAUACGCUCCAAAUUCAUAUGAUCCUACGUUUUUUGAUACUCUGAACACCAUAUUGUUAGAAUUACAGUACCAGUCAAAAGUUUGGACACACCUACUCAUUCAAGGGUUUUUCUUUAUUUUUACUAUUUUCUACAUUGUAGAAUAAUAGUGAAGACAUCAACACUAUGAAAUAACACAUCAUGUAGUAACCAAAAAAGUGUUAAACAAAUCAAAAUAUAUUUUAUAUUUGAGAUUCUUCAAAUAGCCACCCUUUGCCUUGAUGACAGCUUUGCACACUCAUGGCAAUCUCUCAACCAGCUUCACCUGGAAUGCUUUUCCAACAGUCUUGAAGGAGUUCCCACAUAUGCUUAGCACUUGUUAGCUGCUUUUCCUUCACUCUGCUGUCCGACUCAUCCCAAACCAUCUCAAUUGGGUUGAGGUCGGGGAAUUGUGGAGGCCAGGUCAUCUGAUGCAGCACUCCAUCACUCUCCUUCUUGGUCAAAUAGUCCUUACACAGCCUGGAGGUGUGUUGGGUCAUUGUCCUGUUGAAAAACAAAUGAUAGUCCCACUAAACCCAAACCAGAUGGGAUGGCGUAUCGCUGCAGAAUGCUGUGGUUGCCAUGCUGGUUAAGUGUGCCUUGAAUUCUAAAAAAAAUCACAGACAGUGUCACCAGCAAAGCACCCCCACACCAUAACACCUCCUCCUCCAUGCUUUACGGUGGGAACUACACAUGCGGAGAUCAUCCAUUCACCCACACCACAUCUCACAAAGACACAGCGGUUGGAACCAGAAAUCUCAAAUUUGGACUCCAGACCAAAAGACACAUUUCCACCGAUCUAAUGUUCAUUGCUCGUGUUUCUUGGCCCAAGCAGGUCUCUUCUUCUUUUGGUGUCCUUUAGUAGUGGUUUCUUUGCAGCAAUUCGACCAUGAAGGCCUGAUUCACACAAUCCCCUCUGAACAGUUGAUGUUGAGAUGUGUCUGUGACUUGAACUCUGUGAAGCAUUUAUUUGAGCUGCAAUUUCUGAGGCUGGUAAAUCUAAUGAACUUAUCCUCUGCAGCAGUGGUAACUCUCUGGGUCUUCCAUUCCUGUGGCGGUCCUCAUGAGAGCCAGUUUCAUCAUAGCGCUUGAUGUUUUUUGCGACUGCACUUGAAGAAACGUUCAAAUUUCUUGAAAUUUUCCGUAUUGACUGACUGAAUCAAAGAUGAUCCCGCUUCUAUAAAGAACUGUACACCUCUGAUUGUAAAUCCACACCAUGUCAGACUAAGUCCUUUCUAACAUAAUUAAGAACUCCUCUUCUCUCAACAGAGGAAGCCACCUCGCUGGGACCCCAAAUCUCUCUCAAUGAACUCAAAAGGGCAUUGGAUAGAAUAAAUAAAGGCAAAUCGCCUGUAUGGGUUGGUAUUCCCCCUGAGGUCUAUUUAACAUUUAGAAAUCAAUUAGGUCCACUAUUGCUCGAAAUGAUUAACACAGCUGUUCACAAAGGUUCAUUUGUGAGAGAUGUGAAUACACCACUAAUUUCACUUUUAUAAAAGAAAGGUAAUGAUGCCACCCAGUGUUCUCACUAUCGUUCCCUAUCUUGAUAAACACAGAUAUCAAACCGUUUUCCAAAAUGUUGUCGUCAUGUGACUUACUUACCCAAAUUGGUCCACAUGGACCAAAGUGGGUUUGUUAAAAAAAUGUUUAUCCUCGGAUAACCUCUGUCGACUAUUACAUAUCUUAAAUGCUUUAUCAGAAACAACAGCUCCUUGGGCUGUUUUAUCUCCUGAUGCAGACAUAGCUUUUGAUAAACUAGAACGGUCAUAUCUCUGGUCUAUCUUGGAACAUAUGGGAAUUGGCUCCAAUUUCAUUAAUAUGAUUAAAAUACUAAAUAUGCCAAUUCCUCAGCCAUAAUUAUAACAGGCAAUAUCUGCUCUGAUCCAUUCAGAAUCACUUUAAGCAGCAGACAAGGCGAUCUGAUUUCUCCUUUGCUAUUUGUAUUAUCCAUGGAACCCUUGGCCCAGGCAAUUCGUCAAUCGAAGUAAAUAACACCAAUUUCCCUGAUCACUUCAUCUCAUUAUACGUGGACGAUAAUUUACUAUAUCUAGACAAUAUAUCUCAAUCGCUCCCAAAUGCAUUGAAGAUCAUAGAUAAAUUCAGCUUCAUCGCUAUUAAAUUAGUCUAACCAAAUCAGACCUACUGCCUCUCAAGACCCCGAUGGAGGACUUCAUCUCUACUUAUGGAAUCCAAAUCGUUUCCCAUUUAAAAUAUUUGGGUGUAAUAUAUUUCCUUCCUUAGAGAAAACCAUUGCUAGAAACUUUAACAGAAUGUUCAAAUCAAUUAAAUUCGACCUCAGUAGAUGGACUAACAUCCUUAGUGCGAUUAAAAUCCAUAGUGCGAUUAAAAAAUAUAUAAGGCAACGUAAGCGAUCCCGGAUAAAAUGAAGAGGGAAAGAAGUAGGAGGCACUAGCAUUUUGCCCCAUCCUAAAUAUGUUUAGAAAUGAUUCUUCCGCCCCCUGACUGAGUAUAGAGAGAAAUAUGGAUUCAGUUACUAUUAGAAGUUAUAACAUUAGAAUUAUCCACAGCCAGAAUCAAUGGUGUUAGUCAAGCAACAAUUGAGGCCUGGACAAAUACACUUGACUCUGUAAAGAAUCAUCUCUGUUAAAGCCCAACACAUUCAAAUAAACUAUAUAUAUAUUGGUUGGGGAGUGGUGGAAGACAUGGUUGUUCUUUGGAGGCAUGUUGGAUGGGUGGGGUUGGGGGACUGGGAUGGGAUGGGAGGUUGGGGGACUGGGAUGGGAGGUUGGGGGACUGGGAUGGGAGGGGUUGGGGGACUGGGAUGGGAGGUUGGGGGUGGAGACUCACUUUUGUUUUUAUUUUCCUUUGCAUACUGGGUUUAUUUUUACUUUUUGAUUCUGUAAUAUGAUCAAAAUGAUCAAUACUUUAUAUUUAUGUACCUAUUUUUUGAUGGCAGCCAACAGGAAAAUGCGAACGGAGUAUGAGAUUGUAUGAGUUUGUGUAGUGUACCUCUAGCCCUCCCCAAAGGAAAAAAUUACAAAGUAAACAAACAUUUUGUCACAUAAAAAAUUAUCUAUCUUCUGAAAAUACCUCAUAUUUUUUGUGACAACUAAUGCGUCCUCUCUCCUUCAGUGUAAGUGAAAGUGUUGAGUCAUUGAUCUACAAGUAAUUUUGCAUACCGAAUAACCCCAGGCAAUAUUAGUAGCCUAGUCAAAUUGCGCACUGUGCCCAGCUUCGCGCACUGACCAACGCGAGGUAGGCUGCCUGUUGCUGAUCUUGCACAUCUGCGCAGCACCUUCAGCGUUCAGAUACUAAAAUGGCUUGGGUGAUAUUAGGAUUUAUUAGUUGAGUUACAACCUAUGUAAUUUGCAAGGUUAUUGUUAUCUAUGCACUGUUGAAAAUGGUUUUUUACCGGAAUAAAAACGCGCUCUCGUAUACACAACUCUCAUCUGGUUAUAGCCUAACUGCUGAACGGGGCUUACAAUAUAAUUGAUUGUUCAGGUUCACCAUCAGCGAUAGUGUUGGUAGUUUUGCUUUAAACAAUCAGUGUAUAUGGUCAUUUUUAAAUGUACAGGGUAAAAUUGAUAAUUUCAUAACGAGGACACCAAUCACUUUAGAUUAUGGUGAGUUAGCUGCUGUUCGUGUCUCCUGAGUGGCGCAGUGGUCUAAGGCAACUGUGCCACUAGAGAUCCUGGUUCGAAUCCAGGCUCUGUCGCAGCCUGCUGCGACCGGGAGACUCAUGGGCGGCGCACAAUUGGCCCAGCGUCGUCCAGGGUAGGGGAGGGAAUGGCCGGCAGGGAUGUAGCUCAGUUGAUAGAGCAUGGCAUUUGCAACGCCAGGGUUGUGGGUUCGAUUCCCACGGGGGGCCAGUAUAAAAAAAAAUUCAAAAUGUAUUCACUAACUGUAAGUCGCUCUGGAUAAGAGCGUCUGCUAAAAAUGACUAAAAUGUAAAAAUGUAAAUGUUCGCUCCAUUCCUAGUGAGUAAAGUUUCUCCCUGUUGAACACAGCUCUGGAACAGACACAUAUAUGCUUAAGCAGGCACACACACACACACACACACACUUACACACACAGACACCCCUCCUCUCAUCAGAUAGCAGCAGGGUGCUUCCUUUAUUUAUGCCCUCAGAAUGUUUAAAUUCUUUAAAUACUUCAUGCAGUGUACCAAAAUAUGUUUUAUCCAAGCUUUCUGCAUUUGGUACUACGCAGCACAAUGCACAAAAGCGGGAAAGUCUCUUGUGUGAUUUUUGCAUACAGAACAAUUUGAGAAUUUGAUAAAUGUUCUUAAUGGGUGUGUGAGAGGGAGUGUCUCUGGUGAUUGUUCUAGUACAGUCUGUGGAUGUGUGUUCUGCACUGCUCAAACACAGCUACAGGAGAAGUGCUGACUGCAGCACACUGGGAGCAGAUGGGAAUGGUUUUAUUGAGGUGGCUGUGGCAGGGAGGUACCGUACAGGCCUCAUACACACUUGUGCUUCAAUCCAUACAGACACUAUAGUAAUCUAUAAUGUCUAUAAUCUUACAGCUUUAGAAAUUUUUUACAGCUAAUGUGAAGCUGCGGUCUUCAGUGGUUUUGGGGUGACCUGGAGUCCCUUAUCUGUCUAUGUCAACAGGAGCCCACGUCCCCUGCAGGCAGCCCCCCUCACUCCCCUCAUGGGAACGGUCUGGACCGGGCCCCCACCCUGAGGAAGGAGUUACCAGGGUCCCCCAGGAGUCCCGGGGUGGUCCCGUCCUCCCCCCUACCACGCAGCCCCACACCGGGCAAGGCCAAGGACCCAGCACAGGUAUUAUACAUUCAUUGUCAAGCAUUAUCAUGGUGCCCAACAUCAACAAAUUAAAGUACUCAUCACUUACUUAUCUGUAUGACGGUGUAUCAUGACUGUAUCUCUUUACCUCUCUUUAGAUGGAGAAGUCUGGGUCUUCGUUGUCUAAGUCGAGCACCCCGUCCCCGUCUCACCAUGAGGCUCUUACCCCCGGCCCCGCCGGCCCCAGUACGUCCUGCCUCCGCCUGGUCAGCAGGUCUGCCUCCUCCACUGACCCCCUGGGUGAGUCAGACACACCUGUCUGUCUGUCAUACCCUCUGUCUGUGCCCCUGUUAUUAUAGCACUGCUAUAACAUCCUAUUACCCUACUGUGAUCAUAUAGCCAUGUAAUACCAUAAUUAUACUUUUAUUCUGCUCAUAAUACCAUUAUAACUCACCCCUACUGUGAUAAUGUGCUCCUGUGGUACAGUCUAUGAGCCACAGUCUGCCUAAAGCAAUAAAGACAUGUUAUAGUAUAAGAAAUCAUCAACACAACUCUCCGUAGACCCCACCUCUCCGACCUCUCUGGUCCUCAGUGACGUAAAAUGUUCUCACCCACCCUCUCUUCACCCCCCUCCCGCCAGCUCUCCGCAGUCCUCUGUCUGUGCCCCCCAGUUUGUACCCGGCUCAAUUUGGGGUGGUGUCACACGCAGGCCUCAAUGGGGAGCUAGCCAGUCCUGGGGGCUUCGGGGGCACCCUAACCCUCUCGCCCCAGAUCAGCGCCGUCGCCAGCGCCUACACCCGCAGCCCCUUGGUGAGUUAUUUACCGCGCCUCACUGGUCUCUCUGUUUAAAACAGGUGUCCACAACUCCAGACCUCAAAGUCAGCAUUGUCUAUAGUCUUCGUCUUUUCCUGGCACUUAAUUGAUCAAUUAUGUACCUAAUUGACCAGUUAGUGCACCCACCUGGUUGCCCAGGUCUGAAUCAAUUACUAAUUAUAAGGAAAGAAAGUAAGUCUGUAAACACUGUGGCCCUGAAGGAUGGAAGAUAUGCAUCACUGGUUUAAAACAAAACCUUCUGUUUUGACAAUGUUUCUGUAGUAGUAACUGGUUUGAAAGCUUGUGUUGGAUGAAUUGUCAAGAUUUCACACAAUUUGAUGAGAUUAGGAUUUACUGAGAAUAACACAGGAUGAUUAUUUUAGUAAUCAAAUCAAAUCAAAUCAAAUUUUAUUGGCCACAUGCGCCGAAUACAACAGGUGCAGACAUUACAGUGAAAUGCUUACUUACAGCCCUUAACCAACAGUGCAUUAUUUUUUUUAUAAAAAAGUAAAAGAAAACAACAACAAAAAAGUGUUGAGAAAAAAAGAGCAGAAGUAAAAUAAAAUAACAGUAGGGAGGCUAUAUAUACAGGGGGGUACCGGUGCAGAGUCAAUGUGCGGGGGCACCGGCUAGUUGAGGUAGUUGAAGUAAUAUGUACAUGUGGGUAGAGUUAAAGUGACUAUGCAUAAAUAAUUAACAGAGUAGCAGCAGCGUAAAAAGAUGGGGUGGAGGGUGGGGGUGGGGGGGGCAGUGCAAAUAGUCUGGGUAGCCAUGAUUAGCUGUUCAGGAGUCUUAUGGCUUGGGGGUAGAAGCUGUUGAGAAGUCUUUUGGACCUAGACUUGGCACUCCGGUACCGCUUGCCGUGCGGUAGCAGAGAGAACAGUCUAUGACUAGGGUGGCUGGAGUCUUUGACAAUUUUGAGGGCCUCCUAAUGUCUUGGUCCUCCUCCUAGGCUCUCCAGGUGGCGUAUGAGCCUCGGUCCCACCUCAGGGCCCCAGGGCUGUCCUCCUCACUGCCUGGUGGAUCCUCCGGGGGAAAACCGUACGUCACUCCUCUCCUCCAUCCACAUCCAUCCAAACAUAAAUAACCGUUGUUGUUGUUUUAGAUGGAGCAAAGCAGCAAGCUCUCCCAAUUUCGAUCUAAAAUUACACAACAACCUUGGCGUCGCUAUGCUAUUGAUCGUAGGACCGGGACGAUACCAUUAUCACAAUAUUUUAUUUUCAUGUCAAAAAUAAAAAUAGAAACAGACCAAAAUCUUUGGUCCUUUAAAAACCUGCUGUAUGUAAAAUAUUGUGUGUUAUAGCUUGGAAAAUAAAUAAAUGUGACUCUGGAUGACAACAUAAUUAUGUUUGUUUCCAACAUUAAGGCUGUUUUCCUAAAGAAGUUAAAUCCGCUUUGUGUUUUGUUUUCUUGCCACGAUAAUAACGAGUAUCGCUAUACUGGUAUCGUCCUGGCCCUAACUGAUCGGCCAUUGGAAAUAGCACUCUUACUCUGGCCCCUGUAAUACAAUCUUCCCUUUUGCAUUCUACCAAUGACUAUUGUGUAAAAAACAAUUGCCAAGGUUUGGGUGAAUAUUUCUCAAUUGCUAUUGCCAUUGCGGUGUUGACAGUCUUCAAUGCUUUUGCAUUACUGUUUGUAAUAAUAUACAGAUUUCGAUUUCAGUGGUUGGCACUCAUUCGAUUCUCUCCUACUUCCCUCCCUCUUUUUUUCCCUCCUCUCUCUCUCCAGUGCCUACUCUUUCCAUGUAAGUGCGGAUGGACAGAUGCAGCCGGUGCCUUUCCCUCCGGACGCCCUGCUGGGCCCGGGCAUCCCGCGGCACGCCCGUCAGAUCCACACUCUGAACCAUGGAGAGGUGGUGUGUGCCGUUACCAUCAGCACCUCCACACGCCACGUCUACACCGGCGGGAAGGGCUGUGUCAAGGUGUGGGACAUCAGCCAGCCUGGAAGCAAAAGUGCCAUGGCCCAGCUCGACUGUCUGGUGAGUGGACACAAACUUUAAAAGGCUUAACCAAUCAUAUUGCUUGUUUUAGCUGUUCAAUACAUAUGUUCUCUCUUUCCACCAAUCAGAACAGGGAUAACUACAUCCGCUCAUGUAAGAUUCUCCCUGAUGGGCGGACACUCAUCGUUGGAGGCGAGGCCAGCACACUGUCAAUCUGGGACUUGGCCACACCCACUCCCCGAAUCAAGGCGGAGUUGACGUCUUCUGCCCCGGCCUGCUACGCUCUGGCCAUCUCCCCCGACAACAAGGUCUGCUUCUCCUGCUGCAGCGACGGAAACAUCGUAGUCUGGGACUUGCACAACCAGACCCUGGUUAGGUAAGGAGAGGAGAGGAGGAGGAGAGGGGGAUAACGAGGAAGAUGAGGAGAGUGGGGAGAGGAGUAGGUUAGGAGGGGUAGAGGGGGGAAAUAUUGUGGUAAUGGACCUUCACAACCAGACCCUGGUCAGGUUAGGAGAGGUGAGGAGGUUAGGAGGGGUAGAGGGGGAAAAUAUCAUAGUCUGGGACCUGCACAACCAGACCCUGGUCAGGUAAGAGAAUGAGGAGAGGAGAGGGGGAGGGUAGGGCAGGAAAGGAGAGUAGAUGAGGAGGAGAGGGCAGCAGAGGAGAGGAGGAGGGGAGGAGGGUGGGGGAGGAGAGGAGAGUAGAGGGAGAGGGUAGAGCAGGAGAGUGGAGCGGAGGGGAGGAGGGGGGAGAGCAGGGCAGUGGGCUAUAUGACUAUGGCUGGGGGUUGAUGUUGAAUGUGUCUGUGCUCCCCAGGCAGUUCCAGGGCCACACUGACGGGGCCAGCUGUAUUGACAUCUCCAACGAUGGGACCAAACUGUGGACGGGGGGGCUGGACAACACAGUACGCUGCUGGGACCUGAGAGAGGGACGACAGCUGCAGCAGCACGACUUCACCUCACAGGUACUGAUGAAGCACCUGAGACGUUGUAAGACUAGCUGACACUAGCUAAGACCAACUCAGUACUGUCUUUCUGAGAAGACUGCACCUUAAUAUGAUACUGUACACAUCAGCCUCUAUCAGACAAGUCACUAUGCUCCUCUCUAUUGUAUCAUAUCUCACAUGAUGCUGCUGAUGAUCUUUGUCAGAUGAGCUCCAUUCAGUCGUGUAAUGAGCUUUCUCUCUCUCUCAUCCUCUCCCUCCCGCCAGAUCUUUUCUUUGGGCUACUGUCCUACAGGAGAGUGGCUGGCAGUGGGUAUGGAGAGCAGUAAUGUAGAAGUGCUGCAUGUCUCCAAACCAGACAAGUACCAGCUGCACCUCCAUGAGAGCUGUGUGCUCUCACUCAAGUUCGCCUCCUGUGGUACGUACAAGCUCAGAACUCUGACUGGCACUCACACACCACACACUCUCCUAAUGAGAUGUAUAGUGCUUGCAUACAUCAGCUAACUCUGAAGUAUAACGUGUGUGUGUGUGUGUGUGUGUUUCAGGCAAGUGGUUUGUGAGCACAGGGAAGGACAAUCUGCUGAAUGCAUGGAGGACUCCAUAUGGAGCCAGUAUUUUCCAGGUGAGAGAGAGAGGCAGUAUAGCCCUAUGGCUAAUACUCAUAUGGUAUUGUACCGUCAGUGAACCCAACACUAACCCUAUCCCACCCCAACUCAAUUCCUUUUCCCUAUCCCACGACCAACUCCAAUCAAUAGCCCAAUCUUCUAAUAUUCUCCUGUUCCCAUCAGUGUGAUGGUGUGAGUGUGUGAGUGUGUGAGUGUGUGAGUGUGUGAGUGUGUGAGUGUGUGUGUGUGUGUGUGUGUGUGUGUGUGUGUGUGUGUGUGUGUGUGUGUGUGUGUGUGUGUGUGUGUGUGUGAGAGAGAGAGAGAGCACUGGCGUAGCACAAACCCCCGCAGCCCCCUGGGGUGUUGGGGGACCCCUAGUUUUCUCUCAGACUGGUGGCAAAAUGUGUAGAAUUACAGGAAAUUAGCUUUAAAACGGCAACAUUUUCUCUCAUCCUCAUGGCAAAAUGUGUAGAAUAGCAUUAGAUCAGCUUCAGAACAGCAACAUUUCCUCUCUGCCCCAUGGCAAAAUGUAUAGAAUAACAUGAGAUUAGAACAGCAACAUUUUCUCUCUGCAACAUGGCAAAAAUGUAUAGAAUAGCAUGAGAUUAGCUAUAAAACUGCACAUUUCUCUCUGGCAAAAUGAAAUGUGUAGAAUUGCAGAAAGUUAGCUGUUUCCCACUGUGAGAGAGUGAGGGUGGGACAGAGGUUGAAAGACAAGUUGUUUAUCACAGAUAUGAUUCAAGGUGAUUUACUGGGGUUUAUCAGACAAAGAACAGACUGCAACACACACACACUUUAGGCUAUGUCUGUGCUGGGUAUGUAUGAGUGUGAUGAUGAGCUACAGGAAGACCAGUUAAAGGGGAGAUAUUGGGUUGUGUGUGGGAGGGAGGGAGGGAGGAAUCUGCAGUCUAGUGUUAGUGUCUCCCUAGGGCUCUGUUUGCUAGUCUAGUGCAGGGAGGGAGGAAUAUGCAGCCUUGGUUAGUGUCUCCCUAGGGCUCUGAUGAGCACAGAGGCUAUCUGCUUUAUUAUCCAAAUGCCUCUCAGUUCCCUCUGCAUGACGUCUCACACUCUCCCUCGCAUCUCUCUCUCUCUCUGUCUCUCUCACACUGUGAUACACCUUGAAAGCACCUCGGCUACGGCAUGUUUGUUUGUCUGUAAGGGUACAUACACUACAGCUUUUUAAAUGCAGACACGAAACCUUCUCUGGAGAUAGUUUCGAAGCGCCACUAAACUGACAUUUUACUUGUCUGUAAAGGAAUGCCACUUCUGAAGUGGGAUUAACAUCCAUCAUUAGGUGACCAGGACUGUCAAUCAAAUAAUCUUGAGCUGCCUGCACGCAUCCUGCCUGCCUGCGCGCAGACCACUCUCUCCUAAAAAAUGUUUUUACGUUUGUUAAAUACCGUGACUUACCAAGACAUUUAGUCGAAAGAAAACACAUCUAGCUGCCCUACCAUAAAAAACUGCAUAAAAACAACACAGCAAUCAGGAACAUUUAUUGUCGUCAGAGAAACAAUACAGAACAUUCUAUGCCGGAGCAGAAUUCUACUGUCUGAAAAAGUACAGACGCUUCUGAUGCUGCACUUUUUAAAAUUGUCUUAAAGAUUAUCAGUUGUCGCUAUCGACACGUUCUAUGUCUGUAAAGGGUAUUAUUCUGCUACUUCCUCUUGCUUUCUUUCUCUUGCUCGCUUUUACUCCCCUGAUUCAUCUCUCUCUCUCUCUCUCUCUCUCUCUCUCUCUCUCUCUCUCUCUCUCUCUCUCUCUCUCUCUCUCUCUCUCUUGUUCUCUCUCGCUCUCUCUCGUUCUCUCUCUCAUGUACACACAUACCCCCCUCUCUCCUCCCUCCAAUUACUCUCACUCAUCACUACCUCAUCCCCUUGUACCUCUCCCUCCUCUCUCCCUCCUCCCUGUCUCUCUCUCUGUAUUGUGAGCGUGUCUGUCAGUCAACAAGGCCUCUCUCACAAGUGACCUGCUGAUUGACAGCCCUGGUGACAUGAACCUGUCAUGUGGAGGAGGGAGGGGAUGCAGGGAGGAGGAUGAGAUUGAGAGAGGAGGGAGAGUGGAGGGAGAGAAGUGGGAGGAGGGAGAGGUAGAGGUUCAAAGGAGGGAUGGGUUGAGAGAGGAGCAGGGCUAGGGAACCAUCUGGGGAUAGGAUGAGAGGUCUGAUGCAGACAGACAGAGCCUGAGCCUGGUGGAGACAGAGAAUGGAGGUACAGUAGUAGGGAUUUUUUAUUCAGUUAAUGUAGAGAGAGUCGGAGAGAGAGUCAGCUCCCUGUGUUUCUGUGGUUCUGAAAGCUGUGAAACAUGAAACUCCUGUCAGUUUGAGGAUAGUCUAUGUUCUAUGAGUGGGUAAAAUAACUAUUUUCACCAUGAUUUCACUUCUAAGUCGUCCGUCUGUGAAAUCAGGAAAUCGUUUAGGAACUUGUCAUACCUAUAAGGUUCUCAUCACUGGAGAUAGGGGAUAAGACAAUAUCACAUUUCAUAACGCUUUAAAAAAAAAAUUAUGCACUAAUGUAAGUCGCUCUGGAUAAGAGUGUCUGCUAAAUGACUAAAAUGUAAAUGUAAAACAAUUACCUGCACUCCAGACCGCCAAGUCAGCCAAUAGAUGGUAUGGGCAUACUUGUCUAGAACAGGGGUUCUCAAAGUGGGGUCCGUGGCCAGAUCAAACGCAUUAAGAAGGAAAUAAAUUCCACAAAUUAACUUUUAACAAGGCACACCUGUAAACUGAAAUGAAUUCCAUUUGACUACCUCAUGAAGCUGGUUGAGAGAAUGCCAAGAGUGUGCAAAGCUGUCAUCAAGGCAAAGGGUGGCUACUUUGAAGAAUCUCAAAUAGAAAAUAUAUUUUGAUUUGUUUAACACUUUUUUGGUUACUACAUGAUUCCAUAUGUGUUAUUUCAUAGUUUUGAUGUCUUCACUACUAUUCUACAAUGUAGAAAAUAGUAAAAAUAAAGAAAACCCCUAGAAUAAGUAGGUGUAUCCAAACUUUUGACUGGGACUGUAUAUUUAUAUGAAUUUCACUGUGACAGUGCGACCUGCUGCUGGUGACUAUCAGGCAGUGAGGCAGGCUGUUGCUGAUUGAGUGGUGGGGAGGGAGGGCCGGAGAGGUGUGUGACACUGAAUCCCAAAUCAACCUCUUCCCCUUGGCCCUCCAUUUGCGCGUUCCCGCGUGUCUCCACUGUAUGCACAAGUGUCCCAAAGCUGGGGGAGUGAAAAUGAUGGCGGGUGUAGGUAGGGGCUAAUUAGACCCUACGAUAACCACUUUGACCGAGCCAGCAACGCUGACAGUUUCAGAGUGAAGUUUAAUCCCAUAAGGCUUCAGAGCUAAAUUUAAUCCCAUAAAGCACCAUGUUAUUUUUUGAGUUUGCACAAUGGAGAGUGGUGCUUAAUUAUAUACCAAGUGCAUUUGUUUGUUGGAUUUCGAGACUUGACAAAUGAAAUACCUCCCAAAUUAAAUGUUAUUAGCUGUUACUGAGGUCUAUAUCUUGCAAAACAACUGUUGAGAUUUGUUAAUUUGAAUUUAAUGCUUGUUUUAUUAUUUAAAAGUAGAACAUGAAUUGCAUCAUUCAAAUUAGGAGUGUGUCCCAAAAAUGGGCGGCAGGUAGCUUAGUGGUUAAGAGCGUUGUGCCAGUAACCGAAAGGUCGCUGGUUCUAAUCCCCGAGCCGACUAGGUGAAAAAUCUGUUGAUGUGCCCUUGAGCAAGGCACUUAACCCUAAUUGCUCAUGUAAGUCGCUCUGGAUAAGAGCGUCUGCUAAAUGACGUAAAUAAAAAAGGUUUAUUGAUCCCCUCCCCACUCUCUGGCAGUCACGCUCAGAGUUUCGUCAGCAACACGUGACACAGAGGGCCCUGUGAGCGAGUUGGUAGGGGCGAGGGGUUGGUUUGGGAUUCACAGUGUGUUGAAAGAGCAGUAUAGCAGGCAGCUGAGUCUGAGAGGAGCGCAGGACGCGCGCACGUCGUGACGUGAGAACAACCAACUGCACUAGCUAGCUAAUAUACAUCUAUUGGAUAAAUGUGGCAACUCCUCUCUUGCUGCGAAAAAUAAUAAUAAUUGGGCUCAUUUUCAGGCCUUGUGAUCAAUUGGGCUCGUUUUCAGGCCUUGUGAUCGGGUUUGAGUUGUCAUUCGCUGUAGAAUUUAGCUAGACCUGGCAACCCUGCACACAAUGCACCUUGUGUGUCUGUUGGAAAGGGCCGUUGUUACCAUAGCAACGUCUGCACCCUGCGCUCUGAGGUAGACUGAGACGAACUGCAAGUUGAACAUGGUUGAGAUUGUAGACUCCUAAAUUGCAGUUUGUUUAGGCGAUUUUACAGGUAGCUAGCUACUUCACAUGCUAAUAUUGACUUUGCUAUAUUUGUGUGUAGCUACGUUUGCAGACAAGUUGAUACCUAGCUCGCCAGCCGCCCAGAGAGAGCAUUGCAUUGUGGGUUUUGUAGUCGACUUGAUCUGAAACAGAUUUCCACAACGAUUUUCACAUGUUGCUACCAACCUUGUUAUAACGACAAAAUGAAACAUUUGUCAACAAAAAUAUUGUUCUCACAUAUUUGAGUUAUUUAACCCUGUAAAUCAUAGGAAUUGGUGGUUUUGGGUGGAUUGUUUAAGAACCUGGGUUGACAUCACUCUGCCUGUCAGACAUGAAGAAGAAGAAAAGUUACAGGCACCAUUGUCUGUUAUGAAACAUGUAUUGUGUAGCAAUUACCAUUACUGUGGGGAUCUAAAACCCUUGUAAAGUAGAGAAUGGUCAAUAAUACAUCAGAAAGACCAUAAUAUAUUAUUGACUAUUCUGAUUAUUGUGUCCAAACAAAAACAUUUUAUUUUGUGCCCUAUUUUGAUUCAAUUAAUACAUCUAGGCGGUAAUCAGUGAGGCUGGUGGGAGGAGCUAUAAAAGGACGGGCUCAUUGUAAUGCCUGGAUUGUAAUGUAUGGAAUGGAGUCAAACAUGUGGUUUCCAUAUGAUUCAUACUGUUCCAAUAAUCCAUUCCAGCCAAUACAAUGAGCCUGUCCUCCUAUAGCUCCUCCCACCAGCCUCCUCUGAUAAUACACGCUAGCGUUAUUAGGGCAUUUUGAGCUAUAAGGAGCCAACUCUGUAGUGGACCAACAUAGAGAUAAGCCUGGUUUAUACCUGGUGCUAACAUGCGUCCUUUGUCCAGAUAUUCUUUCAAAAUAAUAUGUAUUUAUUUAUUUUAAGACACGUUGAUGCCAUAAGUCAAUGGUGCCACAUGUCAAUGAUUUUAGAGGGCGGGAUAAUGUUGGUUUCACUGUCCACAACGUGUGUCUGACUACCUCAGGAGAUGGUCAGGAAGACCUGAUCACAAUCAGUUUACAAUGCAUCUUUUAAUUGUCUACACCUGUCUAAAAAUGUGGACACGUUUAGGACAAAGAACGCAUGUUAGAACCAGAUAUAAACGGGGCUCCUGUAUGCAGAUUAACUGACAGAUAUUCUUUCAAAAUAAUAUGAAUGUAUUUAUUUUAAGACAAUUAUUGAUGCCAUAAGUCCAUGGUGCUACCUGUCAAUGAUUUUAGAGACCGGCAUAAUGAUGAUUUAAAUGGUUUUACCAUCAAGAUUGGUUUACACUUGAUUGAUAUCCAGAUACAAGCUAUGAGGAGCCAACCUCCGGAAGUAGUCAGGAAGAUCUGACCACAAUCAGAUCACAAAGCGUCUUUUAAUCAACUACACCUGUCUAAAAAUGUGGGCACAAUCAGAAUGUGGACAGGAUCAGGACAAAGGACGCAUGUUAGAACCAGGCAUAAACGGCACUAUAGAGACAUGAGAGGCGAGUGAGACAUUAGCUUCCUGAGUAGAGCAGGGAUGUGUGGUGCAAUGUGGGACCCUCAGGGAGAUCUCUCCUAAUCACUGUCACUCACCCACCACUGUGGAAGUGUGUUCCUUCCCAGACCGAUCUGUGUUCCUGAGUAAACACACAUCUGUCUCUUACUGUACCUCUCUGUCUGUCUCAUACUGUCUGUGACUCCUUAUCAGUCUCUCUCUCUGUUUAAACUCAGUUUCACCCUCUUGUUUAAGACAUGUAGCUGUGUGCAGCUGAGUGUUAUUACACCUGCUGAUAAUGACCAGGCUUUGGCAGGUCCACGUCAGAGUUCAUGGAUGAGUCACUGAUGUGUAACAACUUUUUCCCUUCUUUCUUCCUCUCUCCGUCUCUCUUUCCCCCCUCCCGCUCUCCUCUCUUCCUCUCUCUCAGUCCAAGGAGUCCUCGUCUGUCCUGAGUUGUGACGUGUCACCGGAUGAUAAGUACAUAGUGACUGGUUCUGGAGACAAGAAGGCCACCGUGUAUGAGGUGGUCUACUGA